AUGAGUUUCCUCAGACAGGUCAGGCUUUUGCUAUGGAAAAACUGGAUACUGAGAAAAAGGCAGAAGGUAAGCCAGAGGGAAGGAGAGAGAGACUGCGUUUAGUUUGAGAAAAUGCAGUUAAUUUGCUCAAGAGAAAUUAAAAUCACUUUGGGAAAAUCAGUUCAUUUGCUCAGGGCUUUUGCUGAGAUGUGCUGAGUUAGUUAAUCCAUUCUGUUCCUAGGAUAUUUUUACAUUUUAGAAUCAGGUUCAUGGUGUUGAGUUUUCUGACAACAACAAACUCGACAUACUGGACUGUUUUGUCACUAAAAGUCUCAGUGAGGAAGAAUACCAGCCCCCACCAAAACAGGAAGUGGUGACUUGGAUUCACUUCCCCUUGAGGUCCAGCUAUGCUUACAUGAGAAUCUAGUGGCACACAGUACUAUGAAGACAAAAAUAAAUGGACUUUUGCUACAGGAAGCAAAUGUGCAAAAUACUUGAAAUCUUUUAUUGUGCUUUGGUUCUUCAAAGAUCAGGAACUUGCUACAAAAGCACCUCAACUCGAAAGCAGGCGUCCCGUGAGACUGUGGACUAAAUUACAGAACCCUCAACUGCAAAUGUUGACAAAUGUGCCCUGUUCCAAAAAGGGAAAUUCACACAUAGAGGGACAGCAUGUGCAUGCACGAUCUCUGUCCACAUCACAAUGUUCACCUGAGCCUCAUGGAACUAGCUAGAUCAGGGGUUCCCAGACUGGUGUAUGUGGACCACCAGUGGUCCACGAUUUUAAUUUAGAGGGCCUGCAGUGUGUUUGUGAUUUGUAACUGAAGACAGGGGGUGGAUAUUCGAUCCCUCACAUUGAAGAUCCAUAUUUAUUUUAAUUGCAUGGGAUUCAAAUGGUAAUACAAUAAAGCGCAACACAUAAGAAAAGAAGCAAUUGAAAAGCACGGAGCAUCUAGCAAUAGCACAUUACAAUGGCUACAACAGGCAGCAAAAUCAUCCCAUGGUCUGCCAAGACUCUUAGCAACUUCUAAGUGGUCCACAGGGAGAAAUGUUUGGGAGUCACUGAGCUAUAGGCAUUCUUUUAUGUGCACCCAGAUCCCCAUUGAGAGCAAUCACCUAAUAAUGAGCUUCCCACAGCUGGUGUUGUCAGAAAACUAGGAAGGCCAGGGUUAAAAGGAGGGUCGCUUUAUAGCAAACACGUGCCCUAUGUCAGAGAUGGGGGACCUGUGCCACCCCUCUCUCAGAUGCUGUUAGAUUUCAGCUCCCAUUACUUUUGUCUUUUGGCCAUGUUGGUUGGGGCUGAUGGGAGCUGGGAGUCCAACAACAUCCGUAGGGUCAUAGGUUUCCCAUCUCUGCUUUAUAUAUAGCAGAUUCCGGAUUGAGUCAUUCCUUGGCAUCACCAAUUUCAACAGCUCUUAAAUAGCAGGGCUUGGAAAGACCUCUGUUUGAGACCUUGGAGCAGCAAUCAGUGCCAGAGCAGAGCAGUCCUGGACUAGGUGAUGCAGGUUCUGGCUCAGUAUGUCAGCUCCACGUGUCCAAUAAACUUGGCUAUUUUGGAGAAGGCCUGCAAUUAAGUUAGCAGAACAGAUGCUCAGGAAUUUGAUUUCAGUGCCAGAACUGAUCCUUUCCUAGUCACCCCCUGCCCCCCAAAAUAGUUAUUCGUUUCAGCAGCCUAAUUGGAAAGAUAGAAAGAAAAGGUUGUUGCUGUCAUUUUAAAAACAGCACAUCGGAAAUCCUUGGUGCUUCAGCUGAGAUGGCUCAGCCAGUAGAGCAUGAGACUGUUAAUUUCAGGGUCAUGAGUUCGAGCCCCACACUGGACAAGAGAUUCCUGCAUUGCAGGGGGUUGUACUCAUGGCCCAUUCCAACUCUUACGAUUCUGUAAUAUCUUACAAAUCACACAGAGAGCUGAUCUUGCCUACUUUCUGCCCAUCUCUGCAAUAAUGGAUCUCCCGUGCAAAAUUUCAUUUAGGCCUCAACACAUAUUUAAUAGUGGUGUCCAAUGGCAGCUUAGAAUUCUGCAAAAUGAUUGUUUCUAGUAUUGUUUAGUCUCAAGCUCAGUAAGAUCUUAAACCAAAGAUUUCUCAUUUUGUGGAGUAGCAUUUAGCGGGCUGGGGUGUGGGCUUGGAAGGCAUGGACAAACAUAUAUAUAUAUAUAUAUAUAUAUAUAUAUAUAUAUACACACACACACACACACACACACACACACAUAACAAAGUUGAAACUUUAAAAGUGGAGAAGGAAGGGAGCCAUCUUUCUUUUCUUUUCUUUUUUGUAAAGACUGCUCAGAAUUUCUGAUCAUGCUUCCUGGUGAUACAGUGUGGAAAGCAAUGACAAGCAGCAUUUCCAAGAAGCCUCAAGCUGUUAACCUCCCUCCUUUCCCCUCUUCCAAAAGAACAUUUCAAAUUCCUGGCCUUGACCUUAUUUUUUCAUCAAGAUGACCUUUUUUGUGUGUCUUGAGAUGUUUUAAGAUACUGGAUCUGAUCCAGAAAAGUCACUGGGUUCUGGCAUUUUGCUGAAUCAGGCGGGAAAGCUCAGAGCACCUUUCACAGCGCCAGAGCCUCCAAGGUUUAUAUUAUAUGAGGGCAUUCCAAUUACUGUACGUGAGAAACACAGCGAAGAGGAAGUGAUUCUGAAUGGGGCAAUUUGAAACACUGCUCUUUUGUUUUUUUCAUCCUGAGGCAUCGGGAAGAAGGAUUUCUGUCUCCAGUUAGAACAUCUGGGUCCUUUCAUUCAAAGCCCCCAAACUCAAAACACUUGCUGAGGCAUUUCCAGGGGGUGGGGUAGAGGAGAUUAGAAAGCCUCGGGCAAACAUUGCUGCAAUUUUUUUAAAAAAAUCUGAUUUAUGUGUGAGACUUGCUGGGCCCAUCUCAUCAUAGUUUGAAGUGAAGUGAUAAUAAUAAUAAUAAUUAAUAAUAAUAAUAAGGCAGGAGGGAUUGUUGAGCAUGACAGCAGGCAUUGACUAGUUCUUUAAACAGUGGCUAACAGCACAAUCUUUUGCCAUGAUAGCUAAUGAGUAAGUCCCACAUUCUUAAAUGGGAACUACUCCUUAAUAAGUGUGUUUUGAAUUGAAGAGAACCCUAAUGCAUACUUAUGCUAUUGAUAUGAUGGACACUUGGAAAUAAUUGCUACUAAAUUCUAUUGGGCUGAACAUGUAAGUAUGCAUAGGAUUUAAACCUACGUAGGAGAUACUUCUGCGUAAGAAUGCCUUGGAUGAGGCUGCAUCCUAGACCUUAGGUCAACCCACCAGAUUUCCAUCCACAGCAAAAGGGCCAUAGCUCAGUGGUGGAGUUUACUUUGCAUCCAGAAGAUCCCAGAUUUGCUCUCUAGUAACGUGGACAGGUGGCCAUAAUUCUAGGACAGCUCACCUCACCAUCCACCACCCAUGUAUGGCAGCAUAUCAGUGGCAUUGUAACCUUAUUGUGCACUGGUUUGUGUGUCAAGGCCUGGUCUAACUUUUCAGUGUUGUGGUUAAGGAACGCAUAGGGUGGUAAUUAGUGGGUAUUCAGUGUAGCAAGAUAACCUCAGCAUGAGUAAUUAUCAUUUAUGUGUCGGUGGGGAGGCAAAGAUCUGAAUAUGGUUUGCCAAAUGUCGUGGCAGCUUUGUGUAUUAAUUCCCUCAAACUACUUUAUAGCUUCUUUUAAUUUAAGAAAUAAUGUGAGCAUUUCUUUUCCUUUUUUACCUUGCUGCUUAAAAUAAUAGAAUACAUAAUGAUGUAUGAAAUAUACUCGGAGUCGAGAGUGGAUUUCAUGCUCUUUAUUAGUGAUGAGGAGGAAUGGAAGUUCCCCCAGACUGUCUGCUUUAUAUACAUUAUUUACAUAAUGGGCCCCACGUGAUUGGCUAAUUCCGGGAUUCUCCUGUAGGCCAAUCAGGUUGCGGAUUCCCUUCCACUUGGAGCUGGGUUGGGUGGCUCCUGUGGACCAAUCAGACUGCUGCAUUCUGGAUCCUAUUCAAUUCAGUACAUAACAAUGUAUAAAGCAAAAGCACACCAAUGUCACAUUGGAGAAGUCUUGAUGAAACAGCACUUGACCCAAUUCUACAAAAAUUCCACAAACAGCAAGACCAAAAGCUCGUAAAACAGCAAUAAAAAUGUCGGCAAGGGACAGCCUCAAUAAGACAAAAUAAAUAGUCAGCUAAAAGCUUUCUUUUAGAAAUAGAUCUUAAACAGACACUUAAAAUCAUUCAGCGUCAGGGGUUGGUGACUCUCGCCUGGAAUGCCAUUUGACAAGAUGGAUGCCACCAGAGAAAGCCCUGAUCCUUGUGACUGCUUUCCACAUAGGUCAGGUGCAUAGCUGUCAACGUUUUUCUUUUUUUAAGGGAAAUUCCCUUAUUCUGAAUAGGAUUCCUUGCAAGAAAAGGGAAAAAGUUGACAGCUAUGGUCAGAUGGUAGAUAGAUCUGGAGCAAGGCUAGAUGUGGGGGUGAACAUAAGGUGCUCCGUAAGAUAUCCAGGUCAGUUAGGGUUUGAAAGGUUAAAGCCAUCACCAGAAACAAACCAUGUUGGCAACCAACAUAGAUCAGACAAAAAAUGGGCAUACUAUGUUCUGAAUUCCUUAUUCCAGUUAAGAACCUUGUGGCAGCAUUUUGCAGUUUCUGGAUACCUCAAGGGCAAUCCCAUGUAGAGCAGAUUUCAGUAGUCUAACCAGGAGUUGACUGGAGCAAAAAUAACUGUAGUGAGAUCCAGUUGCAUUCACACAGUCAGUGUCAUGUCUAGUUUUAUUCAAAGACAGACACUGAACUAUUUUUCUUUUUGUGGAAUAUUCAUUUGUUUUCUAAUCCUUAACGGACUAGUGUUAAUAUAAUAACCUUUUUAAUAUUCAAGAAUGAGGGGGUGAAAUGAUUAUGUAAGGCCAGCAUAGCUCUAAAAGCUUAUACACCUGCAUCCUUAUCAACUUUUGAGCAAAGAUAAUAUUUGUAUACAGAACUGAACUUGCUUAACUCAACAUAUAUAAAGCUGGUGAGAAAGAUAUCUGUACUGUGACAAGCUAGUGCUUGGAAUGCAGAGCACUUCCUUUUCCGGUGUGUCAUAAGGCUUGCUCUGUUCAUUUAAUAUACAUGGGGAAGAGUAUCGCUUCCUUAAGAUCAUGUCUUCCAGUAAUUUAAUAGUGGUGUGAAGUCAUUGCACACACCCUCCACAGGCAGUAACCAGUGAUGUAGAGAUGGGCUGGGAAAACCAUAACCAUGAGGAUGACAAAUUGUUCAUCUGUUUUAACUAUCUAUUACUUAGUGACUCGGAGCAGAAGGGUAGGGUGGCAGUAGCUACACAUUUUAAGUAAUAUGCAGUUUGCAUAUGAGCAAUUGAAAAUAGUAAAUUCCACACUAAGUUUUCAAAUGCAGGCACAAUUCUCAUCUUUAUAUUACAGUAGGAAGCUAGGAAACGUAUACCAAUGAAACCUAUAGUCAAAUCACUGUCAGUAGCUUUCCAGUGUUUCAGACUACGAGUUUGUUUAGUCUACCUAAAGAUGACAGGGAUUGAACCUGAAACCUUCUACAUGCAAAGCGGAUGCUCUAAGCUAAAGUCCUUUUCAAAGCCAUUUCUGCUUUUUUGUGAUGAUGUAUUAGGGCCAUCUUGUUCAUUAUACAGUGACAAACACAGGUUUAGUGCUAGGCAUGCUCUAAACAAGGAGUGCACCCAAGUAUGGCUUUCUGAUGAGUGACCCUGUAGAGAUAUACAUGUUUUCAGCAGCCAGUUUCUCCCAUUCAUGUUUUAUAUUUUAGGUGUACACUUAAAAUUUAUUAUGAAGCUUGUGAAGAGCCAUCAUAAUGAAGCUACCUGCAUUUUUCACAAUGGUUUUAUAAUUCCAUGGAUCAAUGGUGGCUGGUGCUUAUUGAUGGGGCAGAAGGCAAUCCAACAGUAGGUUGAGCCAGAGCCCGUGAGAAGUGGAGCCAGAACCCGUCACAGGCAUGGCCAAGCCAUUCUAUCUUUUGUCCCCAUCCUCCUUUCUUUUGACAUCUACAAUGGCAAAACCAAGACUAAGGAGAGGCACUGGUUAUAUGUAAGAAGGCAGAUGGGCUUGAAGGAAUCAAGACUGAGUUUCAUGGAGCAUUGUCCCAUCUGUCCUAAUGGAGCAGCCUCCAGUGUCAUGGAUUGGUCUGUCACUCAAGACUGAGCUAUUGAACAGGCUUUCCAGCUGUCUCAUAGACUUUGUUCUCCCAUCAAGCUAAGCCAAACGCUUAGUACAAGUGUACAGUCUUCCAGAGUGGAUCUUGCAGCUGCUUUGUUCUUUCCCAGACCUUUUUGCUGUUGCACCCUUCUGAUCUGAGCCAGGUUUAGCAUGUCAUCUAAAUCCUGGUUUGUGGUUAAGCUCUCUCCACAAUAAAUAUAAGUUAUAACCAAAAACAAACCUUGGUUACAGCUUAUGGUUAGUCUGGAGAGAGAGCUUAUCCAUGAGUCUGGGUUCAGACAACAUGCUAAGCCCAAACCUUGGCUUAAUUUAGCUCAGUGUACCAGCAAAAAGACCCAGGGAGGAGCCAAGGAGCUGCAAGCAGCCACAUAUUAAUACUUUAUUGUAUACUGGGAUGGCAGAUUCAUGUUUUAUCAGACUCUUCUGUGAUUGGUGAAAGUCACAAUGUCUUCAGAUUGCAUCAUUAACUCAUCCAUCUUUUUUUCAGCUUCGUCUUCUGGUUGAACUUGUGUGGCCUAUGUCCUUGUUUCUUAUCCUUGUCUGGCUGAGGAGCGCCAACCCACUCUAUCGCCAACAUGAAUGUAAGAGCAUCAUCAGUAAUGGAAACAACUUUUGGCAUGCAAUGCUCCUUGCUUGAGGCUUUGAGUACAAUGGUACCUCGGGUUAAGUACUUAAUUCGUUCCAAAGGUCCGUUCUUAUUUUUUUAAAAACAUAAUUUUUAUCAAUAGGCCAAUCAUAUCACAUUAUUUCCAAUCACAUUAAUUCCAAAUUAUACAGCCAAAUUUUUCAAUUUUGUUGGGGAUACCCAUACAUCAAGCUCCGAACGAGGAUCCAAACAUCACUUCUAUUACUGCUUUAAUUAAACAAUUCUAUCCAGUUCUAUCCAGAUAGUCUCUUUAUUACUUUCUUCAUCUUGUUGUUGUUGUCAUAUAUUCCUUUCUUUGCGAUCUCUGAUAUGUUCUUAACCUGAAACUGUACUUAACCUGAAGCACCACUUUAGCUAAUGGGGCCUCCUGCUGCCGCCGCGUCGCCAGAGCACGAUUUCUGUUCUCAUCCUGAAGCAAAGUUCUUAACCUGAAGCACUAUUUCUGGGUUAGCGGAGUCUGUAACCUGAAGCAUAUGUAACCUGAAGUGUAUGUAACCCGAGGUAUCACUGUAAAUCAAAGCGGCCUAGGUUUCUGUUACAUGCUUACAAGUUAGGUCUUGUUUUACCUGCUGGGAAGCAAGGAAACAGAUACAGCAACGUUUAUCUUGAGCCAGUCCUGCAUGUUGUGGGGACAGGGUUGAGUGCCACCAACCUGGAGCUCCCCAGCACUGUGCAUGUUGAAAGAAUAUGUUAGGUGGCAUCAUUAGGAUGGCAUUUGAUUUGCCCCAUGCCUGCUCUGAUUCCCUACCAUCGCCUAUCUGUUACUGGGGAAACAGAGGUUGAUGGAACCUAUCAGUCUUCCCAUGGCCUGUAGCUUGGGCCUUGAUAGCAAAUGUUUACUAGAAAGGUACAAUGGGCAUGAUAUAAUGUUUUUAAGCUUUGCUGAUGGAAGUAAUUACAUACUUUGCUAGAGCUCCCAUAAUAUUGCACCAGUAUACUACGUCUAGGGGAUUAAUGUGGAUGAAUCAUCUUGCCCUUGACUCCUACGCUUGUCCCUUUCUGCCCAUUUAAUCUGCUGUUGUGGUUUUACCCUCGUCACUGCAUCUCUUUGCGCCUGAAAGAGUUCCCUUCCACAUAAUUGGUGCAAAGUACUUGCCAGCUGAGCUCACUAACCAGCCUAUUGUCUUUGACCAUUGUCAGAAUGCAGUCUGGUUUGUUAUCAAAGGGAAGGAGAUGUCAAUCUGAUUUUUUAACCAUGUACUAUUUGUGGAAGUGAACCAUAAUAAUAAUAAUUUAUUAUUUAUACCCCGCCCAUCUGGCUGGGUUUCCCCAGCCACUCUGGGCGGCUUCCAACAAAUUAUUAAAGAUACAAUAAAACAUUAGAUAUUAAAAACUUCCCUAGUCUAGAGAUAGCACUCUUCUCCCUAAGCAUUGUAUUCUUCUUAUUUGUGUUGUCUGUAUCUUUAGUCACUUCAAAAGCUAAUAUUUUCCAAACCACUGGAGCUGAAACAAAGUUUUGCACACAUUUCUAGCUUGCACCUACAGUAUGUGUUUGAAAUGUUUUCAAAUUUCACUUUGCAGAAUACUUUUUAGUAACUUAAAUCUUGCCUUGCUGUUAAGGUAGCAAUGUUAAAUGCCAGCUUACCAAAUUUUAUGCCUUCCCCCACCCCUAAGUUCCUAAAUCAAACAGAAUUCAUAUGGUAAGCAAAAAUAUUCAGACGUAAGAGAAUAUAAAUUUGAACUUUUGCAAUCAAACACAAUGUAGAAAAACACUGGAAUAUUUCCCCUUUCACCAAAAUCCAUUUUGAAAAAUCCCCUCAUUCAAAAAUAAAUAGACGCCAAUCUUAUAGAGAUGGCACAUAUCAGAAACUUUAGCUCUGGCAUUCUAGCUUAUCAUGUGCAGGAAUUAAGUGGUGGUGGUGAUCACAGAAUGGGCUCCUUUGAGAGGGGGCAGGGUAUUAAAUAAAUAAAUAAAUAAAUAAAUAAAUGGUCAGCCUUCCCCAACUUGGUGCCUUCCAGAUGUGUUUGACUACAACUCCCAUCAGCCCCAGUUAACACAGCUGAGUCAAUGGGAAUUGUCCAAAACAGGCAUAGGCAAACUCGGCUCUCCAGAUGUUUUGGGACUACAACUUCCAUCAUCCCUAGCUAACAGGACCAGUGAUCAGGGAUGAUGGGAAUUGUAGUCCCAAAACAUCUGGAGGGCCGAGUCUGCCUAUGCCUAGUCCAAAACAUCUGGAGGGGCCUGUGUUGGGGAAGGUUGUGCUCUUCCAAUUAACCUUUUAAUAAAACUGAUAUGCCUUAAUCUAAUAUGCCACUGGAUAGCUCAGUUGGUUAGUAUCUAUGUAAGCAGUUUUAGCUAUGUUUAUUUCCUCCUUUUUUGUUUCUCAUAUCAAGGUCACUUCCCAAACAAGGCGAUGCCCUCUGCAGGAACUCUGCCGUGGCUACAGGGCAUCUUCUGUAACAUGAACAAUCCUUGCUUCAAAAGCCCGACCCGUGGAGAGUCUCCAGGUGUCGUAUCAAACUACAAUAAUUCUAUGUAAGCUGACAGCGUCUCUUGCAUCUUGGGGAGGGGGAGAAAUCUGCCCAUGUUAUAGGCUUCCAUGUUCUACUGUGAAAUUGUAGCUGAGGGCCGUACCUCAGUGGUAGGGCAUUUACAGAAAGUUCCUGGUGGUUCAAUCUUCAGCAUCUCCAGGGGAAUGGGCCAAUUAACUAUGAACCCCAAAAUUAGACAGAGAAUGUCCCCUGUCUAAAACCCUGGAGAACCACAGUCAGUCAGUGUGGACAGUACUUGGCUAGAUGAGCCAAUGCUCUGAUUCUGUAUAAGGCACCUUCCUGUGUUUCUGUGCUCCCUAACGUUGCCUCUGAUAUAUGACUGCAUGAAAAACAGCCCCCUGAUGAGCUCGCAAAGUGUGACCCAAUUUUGUGUUGUGAAAAAACUGGUAAAUAGGAGGCUAGGUAGAACUCAUGUGACACAGGUUUAUUUCUCUUAUUGUUUUUUUAUCAGUGACUUUAAAUAUUGUUGCUGCCCACUCUGUGAUUUAGACGAAGGGCAGGUUAUAAAUAUAUGUACGACUGUGUACACAGCAUACAUUUAAAUCACAUGGCCUCCCCCAAAGGAUCCUGGGAACUGUAGUUUGUUAAGGGUGUUGAGACUGUAGCUCUGUCCCCAGGAUUCGUUGGGGCUGGUGGAGAAUGUGGUUUUAAUCUCUUUUGAUUUUAUGGUGUGGAUGAGACCAUCAUGGUAAUGGGGUCAGGUGAAGGACACAGCCCCAUCACCAGGGUUGAAGUUAAGAGUCAACUGCUUGUCCAGUCACCCUGCUUGUAAAUGUAAGGAGGGGGUACUAUCUUGUCCUCAGGGUUAUAUGUCAUAUUUUUUCCAUAGCCCUGUUGGUGGGCGUAAGUAGAAAGGCAUAGCAUAGCUCACCCACAGGUUGGAGGGCUCCAGUCUGGUGGGAAAGGCGACUGGCUGCUGUGCUUACUUUCUCCGCACAUGUGCCCAGCAAUGCUGCCUGCCGCCAUGAUAUGGGGACCUCAUUUGGGAAAUGUAGCAAUCCAUGCUAAGCAGCCUUUCUCCUCCUGCUCCCCCACCACCUUCAGUUUAGCAAGAGUAUACAAAGAUGCUCAAGAACUAUUGCUGAAUGCACAUGCAACAGAACUGGGCCAACUCUGGGAAGAACUACGGUCCAUGACCCAGUUUAUGGAAACCAUGAGGACAAAUCCCGAAAGGAUUGCAGGUAAUAAUAGUUCUCUGGCAUUUGGAGAAAAGCUGUUAAUUAUUUCCUUGCUCAAAAGAUAAGCAGCGGUCAAACAUUUUCAACUUGAUUAACCUGCAGUUUUUGCCAGUGACACAGCAAUGAGACUCCCAGUCCCUCACUCCAGAUGCCUCUGGUCUCUGCUGUUUCCCUUCCCAUCUGCUAUCAUACCCACCUGCCUGUCUCAGCUCCCAGCUUCCACAAUUCACAUGGGCUCAGAUUCUCACUUGGGCUUGACUUUGCCUCUCGGUCAGUGGUGAAAGUCUGGUCCUCCCGGUGUUUUUGAGCCACACUUCCUGGCCCUUUGUGCUCUUAACCUGAGACCCUUCCACUCCCAUUCAUCUUUGCCAACAGCUUGUGCAAAUAUAACAGUAAUCCAUUCACUCAUUUGGUCAAUAGACACAGUAAUUUCUUUUCGGUUCAAUUCUAUACAUGGCUAUUGGGCUUAGGUUGGUUGGUGUGUAUGUAUGUAACAGGGAUGGGGAAAUUGAGGCUCUCCAGCUGUGGUAGAACUACAACUCCCAUGAUCUCUGACUUUGACUAUGCUGGCUGGGGUUGAUGGGCAGUGAGUCUGGAGGGCUGCAGGCUCCCCAUUCCAGUUGCACAGGCUUGCAGCCUUCAUCCACAAGUUAGAUUUUCUGGGUAAGUGACACAUUAAGUCCAGACAACUCUAUAGCACGCUGUCACAAUGCAGGUUACAGGAGACCCCAUUGUAACUCAUCAAGCCAAAGAGCACUUGGCAAGCCUCACCUUUAUGCUGCCUGCAGGGACUGCAAAAAAAGGGUAGGUGGUUCAGUGUCGUAGCUACCAGAGGGUGGAGAGCUAGAUGGUUGUUUUUGCCUCGGAUGAAGCCUCCAGAGGGGAGCUACUGAGGCUCCCAGCCUCUGUGUGUGUGCGUAAGCAAAUGUGCAUGCAGAGAGUGCCAAACUGGGUCUUUGACCCAGGUGAAAUAAAAUCUAGUUUCGCCCCUGGGUAGGUAAAGCUGGUGAGCUGCAUUCUGCUUGGUGGGUCACAAAUUGCAUAGGCCUUCAUGAGUUGGUUGAGCACCAGCACAAAGUCCAUGUCUGGUGAACCGUUCCCUAAGGACAUUCUUUUCUUGUUAAAGAGGUUCUUAGCCCACUUGCAGGCUUAUGAUCAAUGGUGAAAAUGACAGUACAAACGGAUUCUUACUAAUCUUUCAGUUCUGUCAGAGAUUGUGGCUGCUUACCUCUGUCCACUCUGAUGAGAGAGCAGAUGCAGAUAUUCUGAGCAAUUUUUUUUGUAGGAUUUUGAAGAAUUGCAAGGAGUAGGCUCCUAGGAAAGCUCCUAGAAAAUUAGGCCACAGCAGGUUCUCCUACUUGAUUGGGAGAAGUCUACUCUGUAGUUUACUUAGCAUAAUGAUUAAUCCAGCCCUGGUCAUGAGAAACUAAUUGGAGGAAUUCGGGACUCCCUACAAGGAAGCAGGUCUUUGGGAGGUGAACUGAAGAAAGAGAUUACAAAACCAUUUCUCCUUGAGUAAGUGACUGAAAACACACACACACACACACACACACACACACACACACACACCAAACUACAAAACACUAAAGAGCUUUGAAGCUCACACAGUUCAGGGCCACACUCCAGGCCUUUUUUUGGAACUUUCUUCCAUUCUUUGAAAUCCCAGGUCUGCAUUUUAUGAGCCCGCCAACCCCAUUCAACAUUCAGAAAAAUAAACAAGUGUGGUCCAAAUGCCAAGUCUCUUGUGUAAUGUGCAAUACAACUGUCAUUUCACAUUCAGGCACCUUUUUAAAAAUAAAAUAAAGAGUCUUAAACGCUGUUUGUUUUUAAAUGAAUGCAUUUCUUUUAGGCCAGUAUUUCCCAAACUUCUUAAGUUCACUCCCUGCCCUCCAUUUCAAACUUAUUCUACCUCCUGCCUCUCUCCCAAUCCAGCACUGCCUAGUACGAGUGUGGAGCAAUUCUCACAUGGUUCCUGCUGUGCAGUGAUUUUGAUGUGGAUAGGGCCUGCAUUGGCAUUAGGCAACGGAAUAGAGCAAAACGUUUCUGGCGCUUCCUAAAACGGCAUAUCAGGAAGCACUGUUGGAACAAAGCGGACGUUUCUUCCAAAUUUGGCUGAGAAUGAUGGGGCAAUUGAGGGAGCUGUCAGCCCCACAUGAUUCAGUGUUGAUCCUCUGCUAGAGGGCAUGUGUCACCCAUGCCUUGGCUGAUGGGGAGAAGAAAGCCUGUCUCAGCAUUUUAUCUCCCCUUUUGGGUGUCCCACUUUCUCCCAAGGGGACCCAACCCCACUAGUUUGAGUACUAGUGUUUUUAGACAAAGCUGAUGUCUAAUGCAGGCAGAGGAAUAGAGCAACAGCUCUGGGAAAUUAAUCUCUCUAUCUCGAUUACUUUUGUUCUAUGUAUGUCUCAACUCCUCAGUUGUAACUCCUCAGUUGUAACUUCUUUAAAUAAUAUUGUAAUAGGCAAUAUUUUCUGGCGGGAAAGGUGGGGGAACUCACCAUGAAAGUUGUUUGUUUGUUGCAGGCCCAGUCGCAGUGCCAUAGACACACACACACACACACACACACACACACACACAAAGAGGCAGUGGCUAAAUGUAAGAUGUGAUUAAUAACCUCAAGCAGACAAUGAUUUGGAUUAGAAAUGGCCACAACUUCAUUGAUUACAGAUUUUUUAUUUAUUUAUUUAAUUUUUUUGCUCAGCCAUUUGGGUGUAUAUCUAUUCCUGCCCCUGGCCCAAACAUAAAAUUAAUUAAUUUUUAAAAGGUAAGGGAACUCAGUGCCCUCCGAGUUCCUGCUCAAGAAAACCCCUUGCCUUUAAAGCAUAUUUCCCCCUCAAAGAAUUCUGGGCACUGUAGUUUUACCCUUCCCAGAGUUACAAUUCCCAGCAACCCUUAACAAACUACUGUUCCCAGAAUAUUGAGAGUGUGCUUUGAAUGUGCUUUAAAGGUAUAGUGGUCUACGCAGCCUUCAAAGCACUUGGCAUGCAUUAUCUCACAAUUUUUUUACCACAAUCUUGUGAGGUAGGCCAGUGGAGUUGGGUGUGUGCCCAAGAGUCAGAAACUGUGGUUUCCUUAAAGCCAUGGAAUAGAUUUGUGGUUCUAGCUCAAGCUCAACCACUGUACUGGCUUUCUUAAAGCCACCAUAGUGUACCAACUUUUAAUAGGCCUCUUGUCCUUUUUGUCUUCUUCACCCAGGAAGAGGCAUACGAAUCCAGGACAUCCUGAAAAAUGGGGAGAACCUAACUAAGUUUCUGCGUGAAGAUGCACGUCUUCCUGACAUGGUGGUUCACCACCUGAUGAAUGCUCAAGUGAGACCUGAACAGGUGAGUCUUGUAAAUAUUGCAGCAAACGGGCUCAUGUAAAUAUGUUGUCCCUAAAGCAGCCUAUCUCACUUUAUAGGUAGCCUCAAGAAUAAAAGAGCCCAUAUCUGACAACCCAAUAAAUCAGUUGACUCUAAGGUUUGACCAUUGUUAGUGCUAACCAAUUGCUGUUCUCUUAACCCUGGUUAAGAUCCCAGGUGUAUAGUAGAAGCCCAUAAAGCUUAGCUUAUCUUGCCUAUUUUUGUUCUCCGUCCCCCAAAAGGUGUGUGUAGGAGACCUGCUUUUCACUAUGCAAGCUGAGUGGAUGGAAAAAAUCUUUUAGCCAUGCCUCAGUCAUGUGGCUGGUCAGAGCAGAUGUUUACACAGCCACAGGGAACACAAGAUAUGGUUUGCAGACACUGUUUAAUAGUUUCUAGGUGAUCACUUAAGAGGAAAUACAUUGCCACAAAAGAGGAACUGUGUCCCCCCACAAGAGAGGGUACAAGCUUGUAUAAAAUUUGCACAUGCUAAUUUAUGUGUGGAUGCAAAUACAGAAAUAAUUGCUGUAAUUUAAACAAAGUAAAAUACAUCUUAGCAGUGGGAAACACUUUGACCAGCAAGUGACAUGUAUGCCUGCUCAGUCUACAGUUCAAAUGGCAGCUGCUGCUGAGCAACUUAAAAGCUAUAGACUUAGCUUGAAUAUAGUCAUGGCCACCUUAAACUACCCUAUUGGUUUCACAUCCUGGUUUGCAGCAAAUCUUUAACCAUUGGUUUGGUAAUGAGACAUAAUGCUUGGCCAUUCUUCCAUAGCAAUCCAUGACUAAGGCACAAGUAUUACCAGAAGUUGCCUUUAUUGCUUUUGAGGCCUGAAGAGGCUGAUGCUCAGUCAUGGAUACAUGCCCAGUAAGGAAAUUUUCAUCCAUGACUAGACCUGGCUUGGGCUCCUUCUGUGGUUGUCUAUGCAUCACUUUAUCUCAAUAGAAGUGUGAAUGGGACCCCAAUGCCCAUGUUAGAGGAAUGUUAAAAACCCACCACUCCUGAUGUCAGCGAGGGCAGAGGUGGAAGGGCAUUGUCAGGGCAUUGUUCCAGGUGAAUAGACUGGACCCUCGGAUGACAGAUCUCCUGUCUUGAAUGCUCACCAAAAUAAUAGCACUUUGGCCCCCCCAAAAAAUAUCCUUUGGUGGAAAAUUGCAAUCCCAGGUUAUCUCCCAGCAUUUCCUCCUCACAGAUAGUUUGUGUGUGAUUCAGUCCAGGCUGCCAUUGCCCCCUUCUGUCCUUGUGGCUUGGGAGCUGUGAGAAGAAUGUUGCGCUUUUGAAUGAGGCCGGCUGAAUCAGAUCUCUGGAACGAAAGCCUUUCUGACCGUGUGAGAGUGCAGGGAGAAGGAGGGAAGGACUCCAGCUGUCUGGGCACAAUCCCUUUUUCUUUAUUUCCCCCCUUUUUUCAUUUUUGCUGUACAGUGCCCAAAUCUGGGAAAUGUGUGUGGCUGUUUGUGGCCAGCAGGAGAUAGAAUUAAUGAGCUUGCUUUUCACUUUUCACUCCUUUGGGGUUUUGAAAAUUGUAGGUGGCUUGCAUGACCAUUUGCUGGAUUGUUCAGCUGAUUGGGUUCUGAGCAGAGCUGUAGGAAGCUCCCUGGCAGCUCUCUGAAUUGCACAGAAGAAAGCAUUUUAUUUUAUUUUUACCCCUGACAGCCUGGAUGUGUUCUAUGUGAUGUGAAAGCCAGCAGUCUUUACCAGCACAAGUGGUUUCAGUGAAAUAAAAUCCUAUCUCUCCCGCUCUUUUAUUUUAACAAAUAACAAAUCCUGCAGGGCCCAGUGUUGGUGACUUUGGGCACUCACCAGUCUUCUUUUGAUGGGUGUUGAAAAUCACCAAGGCACCAGUGUGUUCAAUGGCAAGACAGUCUUUAACACCCCACUAAAGAAACUGCAGUUGAGUUCUCCUGAGAAUAGCAUGUUGGCCAUCUCAUCAUGUAUUCUUGUAAGGGUGCUUUAAUUAAUUGCGGUGAUCUUACUUGGCUAAAAAUCAAACGGAUUUCAGCACCUGAAUAGUGAAGUGGAGUUCUUGAUCAUAAUUUAUCAGAGUGUGCUUGUACACACUAAUGAGUGUGAACCCUCAUUAAUACAGAGUAUACAUUAACCUACAUCCUAUUCCCUUGUCAAAGUGGCCCUUGGGUUGCUGACCCAGGUCUGCAGAUCUCCAUUGUGAUUCUUAGGGCUCAUCUACAUGCAGUCAGCCAUCCGAGUAAUAAACAUUUUCACGGACUGCAGCCUAGUCUAAAGAUGGGAUGAGGAGGUGGCAUGUUUCAGUAGUCUCACAUGAAAAUUCCCAAAGAUAGAAAAUUAGUAUGCCAGGGGUGCAGGUAAGGUAGAACCCUUCUCCCUGAUGCCUAGCUUUCUUUGUGCAGUAUUUUUCAUGUAAGAGGAAGCAUGCCGUCAUUCAGUCCUGUAUUCCCGCCCCCGCCCCCAUUCUGUAGCAGCAAAGCCAUGCCAUCUGCAAUUCAAUUUUUAAGACUGUCCGGUGUUCAUCUGGAAAUGCAUCUGAACGUACAGUGCAUAUUUCUAGUUGCAAAGCAACUUCCUGUUUCCAGUUGACCAGAAGCUGCUCUUGGAGCUACGCUUUGUGAACGGAUGUCAUUACCAUGGGAUGCUUUGAUGCUGCUUUGCCCACUGUUAAUCAUAUAUCCUGUUCACCUCCCCCUGUUUAAAUGCCAUUCUGGAGAAUGAAAAGAGGAUAGUGGUCAAACUAAGGCCUGUUUACGAGCAUCUGAACUUCUUUUUUCUGCAAAGGGUUGAGCACAGCUGAAGUGCUGACCUCACAGCACCCUGGGAGUGCAGGAAAUGACACACACUUGCUCAUGAAAGCUAAACCUAAUCUAGAGGCCACCUAACUGAGAAAAUAUUUUGUUCCUCAUCUCGAAAGUGCUCAGUGAACAAUGGCACGCUGAUAAAAUUACUGGAAUGUAUUUCUCAACUGCUGCUUUGAGGCUGCAGGGCAGAUAACAGGCAGCUUUUGACUCCCAGAAGAAAAAUGGUGUGUGUAUGUGGGGGGGGGGGAAGGUUGGCUGUAGUCAGAACUACCAGGAAAACUGUAUGGAGGGGUGUAACAUUUUUCUAACUCUGCUCUUCUGGGACAUUUUCUGAAUUGGGCCUCUGUUUGAUGAAGCUUCUGUACAUAAAGGACAUCUUAUGGGCUUGUGGUUAAUUUCAGUAAGCCGAUGUAUAAUCUUGUUUUCAUUUCUGUGUCCUAACACAAGGUUGUUUUCUGAUGUCCUUGGCGCAUCCAUCAUGGGGAACACAGAUGUUAUUUAUUAUUGAUCUCAGUGCUUUUUAUCCUGCUGUUCUACACCAAAGUGUAUUUGUGACAAUCACAGCAGCUGCAAAUUAUUUCAGAAAAUAAAAACAUCAUAGAGAAAAACCAACAGUAAAACAAUAAUUGUUAGUGCCAUUCCGCCCGCCCCCCAGCAAUCUAAAAGAUAGCUGCUCGGGUUUCAUCCAAAUUACGCAUUAAAAAUAAUAAUAAAUCUUAGCCAAAAGUAAUACAAAUUCUGCAGCAAUAGUCUAUGACCUGUACAGACACUGAAAAUUAUGCAUGCUUGCAUCAUUUAUUUUAUUAUGCACCAUUUAUCCUGCAGUGUUUGCUAUUCUGCAUAAUUUAUACUGGCUGUAGUAAUCAUUUGGGCGGGGGACCAGGUGCCAGACCCUUUUAUUUUCCCAAGCUUCUUAAUCUGAAAUAUAUUUUUAGUACCUUUAAGUUCCAUUGUACAGACUUUAACGACAGAUAGGUCAUUCUCAGACUGCGUGUGCGUUAUUAGCUUAAAUAGUAGCUACGUUGUUUUUUUCUCUUUUUGGUUUAAAAGCUUUUUUGGGAGGGGUAAACGUAUCAAAACAUCGCAUUUCCUAAAAAAACUACAGGGUAGAUAUGGAUUGCAGCUAAUGUGUGUGUACACAACCCUCUGCUGCUUUUUUUAUUCUGUUUUAGGCUUAUUUUCAUAUUGUACUUAUGGUUUUGUUUUAUUUUUACUUGUAAACUUACAUAAGAAGAGCCUGCUGCAUAAAGCCAGUGACCCAUCUACUCCAGCCUCCUGUUACCACAGUGGCCAACCAGAUAUCUGUGGGAAACCCACAAGCAGAAUUCAAGCACAAGAAUGUUCUCCCCUCCUGUGGUUCCUAGCAAUUGGUAUUAAGAAGCAUUCCUGACUCCAACUGCGGAGGCAGAGCACAGCCAUCAUGGCUAGUAGCUUUCGACAGUCCUCUUCUCCAUGAAUUUGCCUAAUUCUCUUUUAAAGCCAUCUAAGUUGAUGGCCAUUACUGAAUCCCGUGUGAGUGAGUUCCAUAGUUUAACUACGCACUGCAUUAAGAAGAACAUUGUUUUAUCUGUCCUGAAUAUUCAACAUUCAAUUUCAUGAAAAGUUACCCAUGCACUUCGCAUGUCGAAAUCCCGAGACCACCCCCUCGAUGAAUGAGACACAAGGACACAGAUAUUAGGUUAAUGUUAUUGGGCAAAUUUAGGCCACAACUUUAUUGGUUACAGAAUGUGAGCGGUAUUGGCUUAGGCAUUGGAAUUGACUUGACGAUAUCUGACUCCUGCCUGUCAUGCAGGGGGUCCUGUAAGGGUCAACCACCAGUAGGGGGAGCCCCGUCGGUGCAAAUCAACCCGAGCUCCCCCUGGGUUCCCGACGGGGUCAUGGCAUGGACCUAGCCCCACCCCAGGCUUCGGACAAGAUCCACACACCCCAGAUUCCUUUAACAGAAUACCCUUUAGCUUGGAGGGGCAGGUGAUGGCCACACCUCCCCUCCCCAUCAUAAGAUCAACCAAUGCCUAACCGCCAAACCUUACAAAGCUGUGACGAUUGCUACGAGGUAGGCGAAAACCAAAUCGCCCAAGCCAAUUUGCCAAGUGGAAAAAUUCCUACCAGGCCCCUCAAUGGCAACCAACCGAGGUCCAUAGCAAGGCCAAUGUUGAGAACCUGAAGAUAGGGAGGACGGGCGGGAGAUCAAGGAAGCGCACCAGAAGGAAGUUAUCUGGCUCAAGCCUUGGUUUAAAUGGGUCACGACCAUGCCCCCCAGCCAGCUGAUUGGCUGGCUGGAUCUAUGACAAGUCUGGACCUCUGGGUGAUAAGGGACUCUGCCCCCACCCCCGGAGGGGAGUGGGUGGCCACGUAGUCCACCGCAAGUCCUCCCCACUGGGAAGUGGAGCGGAUUUCUCAACGCCAUGAAUUUUAUAAAUUCUAUCACGUCGACUCCUACUUGCCUUUUGUCUAUAAACUACAAAAUUUCAACCUUCUUUUAUAGGGGAGUUGCUGCAUCCCCUCAAUCAUUUUGUUCAAAGGGCCAUUCUGAGCCCUUUCCAACACUGCAAUAUCCUUUUUGAGGUGAGCGGUGGCGAAAAUUGCACACAGUAUUCCAAAUAUGGUCACACCACAGAUUUGUAUAAUGGCAUUAUGAGAUUGGCAGUUUUAUUUUCAGUUCUUCUCCUAAUGAUUCCAGGCAUGGAAUUUGCCUUUUUCACUGCUGCCACACACUGGGUCCUCAUCAAGCUAUCCACUAAAACCCCAAGGCCUCAUUCCUGGUCUGUCAAUGCCAGUUCAAACCCCAUGAGCUUAUAUGUGAAAUUUUAUUUUAUUUUUGCCUCAACUUGCAACACAUGCUUACAUUGAAUUGCAUCUGCCAUUUCCCCACCCAUUUGCUCAGUUUGAAGAGGUUCUUUUGGAGCUCUUCACAAUCUCAUUUUGUUUUGAAGGCCCUGAACAAUUUAGUAUAGUCAGCAAACCUGGCCACUUCACCGUUCACUUCUAAAUCCAUAAGAGCAGGGCUUCCCCCCCCCCCAGCCGGAACUCGCUGGAACUCAGUUCUGGCACCUCUCAGGUGGGCGCCAUUGCCAUUCUAAGAGAAUGAGGGAGGGGUUCAUGCUGAGUUCCGGCAACUUUUUAUCUAGAAAAAUGGCACUAGUUUAAGGACAAGUUUAAAAAAACAACACCACAGGUCCCAAUACAGAACCUCCUGGAGAACUUUUGUUGUUGGGCAGUAUAUAAGUAUUGAAAACAAACACAAAUAAAUAAAGGUCUGAGCUGUGCACUGAAGCGAACUUACAGCGAUUCUCCACAUUGAUAAAGAAUACGUAUGGUUUGUCUUUGUUUUUAAUAAUAAUAUUUAUUGUUUUCUAUUUUAACAAUCCAAUAAGACCACAUUAAACAUUCCAAAUUAUACAAAUUAUACGAUAAUCAAACAGUCCAAAUAUUGUGCCAGAUUAUAAAUUUUUGGCGGACUUCUCAUGCUCCAAGGUCGGGGGGUUCUAAUCUUGUAUGGUUUGUCUUUUGCCUACAGUUUGCCUUUGGCGUCCCAGAGUUGACUCUGAAAGAUAUUGCCUGCAGCCGGGCCCUGCUGAAUCGCUUCAUUAUCUUCAGCAGUCCAGGGGGCUUCCAAGCUGUGCACCAGGCAAUGUGUGCCCUUUCCCAGGAGGACCUGCAGAAGGUCGAGGACUCUUUGUACGCCAACACAGACUUCUUCAAGCUUUUCCAUUUGGUGAGUACUGGCUGCCAAAGGCUGAUCUUUUUAGAUAUGGUUACAUUUGUCUUGUUUUUCAAAAUUCUUGUUGCUUGGAUAGUAGUGCUGCUGCUGUAUUUGUCCCAGAGGAAGAGGUAAAAUGAUUGUUAUGUUGCUGGUCUCUGAGAAAAAGGAACCUUAGGUAUGCUAUACCUGUGGCCCAGCGCCAUGGCGGGGGUCCUGUGGAAUCCUGGUUAAGGAUUCCUGUGGAAAGGAAUGGCUAUCUUGGAAGCGGGCAUGGCUGACUGGCUAGAGUCCUGAACAGGUGCAUGCCAUCCUGCAGCAUUUCCCUGCAGGGCAGGCAAUCAAUAGCUCAGUUGGUUUGAACCCCACAUUGGGGAAAGGAGUCCUGCAUUGCAGGGGGUUGGACUUGAAGACCCUUGUGGUCCCUUCCAACUCUACCAUUCUGGGAUUCCAUAAGAACUGCUUGGUUUGCUAUCAUUUCAUUUUAAUUGCUCAAACUUUUGCAUAACUCUAGACUACUUAAUUGUAGGAUGUUGUCAUUUUGAAUUCAUUUAUGACAUCUCUUACACUUAGUCCCUUUCCGUGACACAUUUUUGUUUGUUUGGGCUUCAUUUCACACUUGAGAUUCUGCCAGUUUUAUCUUCGGUAUCCUUCAGCAUGCCUUGCCCUCAUGAGCUGUCAAGGUGCGGUUUAGCAGCGGUGGGACAAUAAAUAAAUAAAUAAAUAAAUCCGCUUGGACAUGGACCUAGAAAUCCCAGAGCUGUACCUAGAACUUGUGACACAAAAUGAAGUAUGGAUGAGCCUUGGGGUUGUGCAGGCACCCACCCCAUACUGUUAAUGCACAUGGCUGCCUCCAAAGGAUCCUGGGAGCUGUGAUUUGUUCAGAUUGCUGGGAAUUGAGUGCCACACAUGUAACAAACUGCUCACUAAAAAUGCACUAACAAACUUCCAUGCCAGCAGUGUCUGCGGGUUAUUUUUACUCAUUAGACUGUGGGGAGGUAAAGAACGGAAGGGGGAAUGGUUCAGUGCCUCCCUUCCUAUUACAGUUAACAUAAGACACCCCGCUUCCCCCUUCUUUAUAUGUGAAUGGGAUGGCCUGCUGAAAAAUACACAUGCGCACACCGCCAUUAUAUCUUAAUUGCCCCUUCAUGCAUAUCUGCCGAUGUAAUGUGGUUGAUGUGGGUUGUCGCCCCCACCCACCCACCGCAGCCUGCUGCCAGCCUUUCCGUCAUACCCUGAAUUCAAGGAGGUUUGGUGUGUGACGUAUCUGAAAGAUGAUAUGUGGUUAAACCCUUAAGGGUUUUCUUAAGGAGGGGAAAUUAAACAUUAAAAGAGAGAGCGAGAGCGCAGGGUAGGGCAAGAGCUGCAAAACUACAGGUGGGAGAAGGAAUGAGAGUUGGGCUGAUGAAAUGAAUAGUUGGGGUGGGUUUGCUGAUUGAGGAAGAGCCAGGGUGCGUCCAGAUGUGACUAUUGUGGAACUGGUGUUGCUUACACACACAAGUUUUUUUUUGCAGUGUCUUUGUGUGAUGUUGUUGUAAUCAUCAAUACAAUAGCUCAUACCUUCAGAAAACUUUUAAUCCGGAUUUCCUCUUUCUGUGGAAAAUCCAAUGAGUAAAAAUAACCUGUUAUAUUUUGGCAGCCACUUCUGGCAUGGAAGCUUGUUAGAGCUUUUUCUUUUUAAGCAAGUGGUUUGUCAUGUGUGUGAUGAAUGAUGUUUUAGUCGGUGGCCUCUAAUGAUAACAGCCCCUACUUCUGUUUUCUCCUCACCUGUAUGCAACCUAGUCUACCCAUGUUCAACACUCUAACCAUUUUGCAGAGGGACAAAACAAUGACAAUGCAGCAGAGGCAUUCUGUUAACUUUCGCCCACUUGGGCAUCGGCUUUUGUGGACAGCAAAUAGCAGACAGCAGUGAAUAUCCAUGACUGUAAAAACAGAAAUGAAUGGAAGUGAAUGCAUGAAAUGCACACACAGAAAAAUUGGUCCCAAAUUGUGAUAUGAAGCCCCUGUCAGUAAGGAGUCAGAAGGGGGAUGGAGGGGGAUUUCUACUAGAUCUUUUUGCUUGGGAAAAGUUUGCAAGAUCUUGUCGGCAGAUUAAUGUGAGGGUGAAGGGGAAGAUUUGGGGAGAAGGUUAUAUGACUGGAGUGUUCACUACACAUUCACACAGAGAGAAUAGUACAGUUGUGUGUGUGUGUGUUUUCUUUCUUUCUGGCAAAGCAAAGGGUAGAGCUGAAGGAGGAAAGGCUGUGUUUACAAUUGUCAGAGUCAGCACAUUCUUCAGAUUUCCUCCAGAAGUGUUCAGCAGACUAGUACCAGGGACGGAAAAUGUGGGCAGUGGGAAUCAGCCAAGGCUGCUAUGUGGAGGCCCAGGCAGAAUGUGAGGAGGGCAGAGCAAAACGUAUCCACAGGACCGCUUUCAUGUUUAUGUUGGAUGUCAUUGCGAGUUGCAAAACUUUUCAGGUGAGCAAAAGGCAUAGCAGAGUCUUAAUGAUCUCUCCAUCGUUCUGCCUUCAGAGGCUACAGAGAAAACAUCAACAGUGGCUCGGGGCUGUUUGGGUUACAGGCGUUCCUGUUCACUGUACACGACAGGUUAUAAAUACCAGCAUGUGUGCACCGUAAAACUGUCAAUUUGUCAGGUCCCUGACAGCCUGAGAGUGAUCUGUGCUUUUCUCCCAUUCUGUGUUAGUCUGCUGCCUGGAAGGAAUGAUGCCUUCAGCAGAAUAGCUAGUCCCCGCACAAACCUUUUCAACUUUCAAUCUGAUUUAGGGCUUUUUACAACUGUGCCCCAAGGAUAUGAAAUCUGAACUUUGCCUGCAAAGCAAAUACUCUGGUGUCAGAGUUUACAUCAGCCUACACUCGGGUGAACGAUUGUUGCCCCCUGGAAGGGAAUUCAUUGUUAUGGUUUGAAGGUAAUUCUGGCAUUGAUUUCCUAUCUUUAACCUCUGAGGUAAGAUAGGCAGGGCAUCAACAGAGAAACUGUGAAGAAAUUGACCACAGAUACUGGUGGGCCUCAGAAUAAGCUCACGAUUUGGCCAUCUCCUCAACUCUUCAGUCAUUUUGGAAGCUGCCUUAUACCAAGCCUUAUACCAUAUACCUCAUUAUAUGAACAUAAAAAGAGUCUGCUGGAUCAGGCCAGUGGCCCAACUAAUCCUGCAUCCUGUUUUCACAGUGUCCAGCAAGCAGAAUACGAGCACAAGAGCACUCUCCCCUCCUGUGUUUUCCAGUAACUGACAUUCAGUUGCUGCCUCUAGCUGUGGUCACAUGAAAAAUCAAAUUCUUCCGAGACGUUCUAAAGGAUGGUUGAAUAUUUUAACUAAUCCAAGUCACUGGUGGGAGUGUGGGAGUGUGUGACAGAGCAAGGAAAUGAACAGAGAGCAAUAUGGAUUAGGCAAAUUCUUAAAAUUCCUUGUUCGCCCUGCAAAAUCACUCACCGCAAAAUUUCCUGGUCUGACUGGACUUUCUCAUAAGGUGACAGGCCAUGAAUACUAGAGAGGCCUCCCUUGUAAUCUAUGGUAUGCGUGAUGCCACAGAAUGAUGCAUUCUGAAAUAAUUUCAGCAAGCCAGAAAGACGAUACCCGCAGGAUAAAAAGGGAGUGGAUCAUGUUUGGAAUAUGUGAUUCCCCACAGCCUGCAGGGUGGGAACAAAAGCAACACCGCUCAUUCUUUCUUCUUGCACAUCCAGGAAAAGAAGUGGAAGUCUUUCAGAUGUCGCAAGAUCUUGGCCAGCACCACAGGGUCCAAUCCACUUUGCCACAUCUAGAAAUGCUUGUCCCAUAAUAGGAUAGCUAUGUCGUUGGGUGGCAAGCAUGGCAUCGGGUCUGUUUCCAUUGCUUUCCAUAACAAACUCAAUCAUCUGAUCAUGGUCCUGCUGCUGUUAUCCUGGGUUCAUCACAUAUUGCUUGCUGGCUUAAUGGUCAGUAAACAGAAGCAGCAGUGGUGCAUGUUUUGGGACAGUGGCAAAAUCAGGGCUAUGAGUUGGCAUCCUAUGCUGAAAGCAGCCCUUGUAGAAAUCAGUAACCUGCUUGUAAACCAUGAGAUUUGAUGAAUGUGCUACAAAGUACAAACUUUAGAUACUCUGCAGAAUGUUGUCCAUUCGUGGAUGGUAUUACAUAAUGUACUGAACGAAGUCAAAUGAAAACUGAUCAGUCUAGGCAUUGUAUGCAAAUCCUAGGAAUUCUAUAGAUUUCCAAGUAAAAUCUAAAAUGUUUCGAAGUUACGAAACAUGAGGACACAUGGAAAGGCAUUGUGCUUUCCAUAGGCAUUGCGUCGUUCAUAGAAUCAUAGAACUGUGGAGUUGGAAGGGACCCUGAGGAUAAUCUCUGUCAGUGCAGAAAUCACAACUAAAGUAUUCCUGACAGAUGGACAUACCAACUUCUGCUUUAAAACCUCCAGCGAAGGAGAGUCCACCACCUUCCCAGGGAGUCUGUUCCACUGUUGAACAGCUCUUAUAGUCAGAAAGUUCUUCCUGAUGAUGAUCCUAGGAAUUCUGUGGUUGAGAUUAAAAAACAAGAAGUCAUGAUUAUUUGAGCCUGUAUGAAUUUUGUGUUCAGGGUGUGUUAGGGUGUUCAUGACUAACCCAAACCAUUUUGCUGCCUGAGAUGAAGGACAAGGUGGAGCCACCCCCCAUUCCAUGUACACAACCUGAUAGGACGAACAAUUGCAUCUUACCUUGAAACUCCUCCACUCGGGCCAAGCAUAGCAGGUUAGCUUAGGAAGUAUAGGGCAGGCCAUACAGAUCUAUCUGUUUCUUGCUCUUCAUCAUUUUUGGCCUGAGGAUGUUUCCUUGUAGUAGGUCUGGCCCUAAGGGGGUCUUUUCCCUGAUUAGAGAAAUGGCAUUGUCUUCUUGUAGAGAGUUGGAAAAGGGCAACUUGGAUGACCAAGGCAUUGAAGGUUUGGAAACACAGCCUAGGAGGCUAGCACAAGCUAGCUCCUGACUCUGAAAGCAUUUAGGUAGAUACUGGUCAUGUCUCACCAGCAUUCACUUUUCUUCCUUUACAGCUUCCCACCGUGUUAGACGGCAAUGCUCAAGGUGCUGAUCUACAAAUGUGGGGACGAGUGCUUUCUAAUGUGUCCCAAGCUGUGCAAGAGGUAACACUUUAGCAUUGUGGGGUAGGGAAAUGAGUGCAACUGGCAUAAAUAUUGAGUAAGGAACUUGUAAGGAAUUUGUGUUGGACACAGGCGGACAUCCUUAUGCAGUGAAUUUAAACAUGCCAACUGCUUGGGCAGUUUAAUAAUUUCACCCACUGGUUUUCCUUAAUGCUUGUUCCUACUGCCUGUGACUUAUUAAGAAGCCAUGCAUUAUACAGAUCUGCACCUUCAGUGUCCUGGUAACUGAUUGCAUAUUCCUCUAUGUUAAACAAACCUGCAACUAAAAAGCUAGCUCAGUAGGAAGAAGGCGAGGCUAGAAUCUUACCCCUGAUGUGCACUAGCUUUUCAUUUGAGCACAUUAUUUUCACAUGAGGUAGAAUUCCAAAAUGGUUUUCACCAUCUGAAGUUUGAAGUGGUGUACAACCUACAUUUCUGAAUUCAGCUUCAGACUGGCUAACAGUGAUUUCUAAUCUGAUAUAUCCAGAACCUAUAUAGGGCAUCUGAUAAUAUGCUGCUCUUUGUCUCCAUGUAUAAGGAUGCUGUUGCAGCUCAUUCUCUGCUGUUAUAUACCUUGCCUGACUUCCAAACCUCCUUUUGGGUUUGGUCUACAGAUUCCUUUGCUUAUCUCUGCAUGCCCACUUGAUGAUGAUUAACAAGCAGCCCUUAGUAAUGCACUCAGAUGUGACUAUCUUUAGUCUUCACAUUCCUGAUCAAACCUGCAUCUUGCUUCAGUGCAGCUUGAUACUUCUUUCAAACACCAUAAUACCAGUUCAACACCUUUUUUUUGUAUUUAAGAGGGGCAUAGCCAAAGAUGUCCUUAAUUAGAGUAGAAGAGAGCAGGAGCAGUGUUUGUUACUUUUAAAAAAGCAAAAUCCUAGAAGAGGGCAAGUUUGCUGUAGUGGGCAUAUUGUUCAGCUUUAUUAUUCCUUUCUGUUCUUAGUAUAACCAUUCAUUUAAAAAAUGCUUUGUAUCACUGCAGCUGGCACGUAGGCCGAGUGUUCAGGACCUUUUAUCAACCCUACAGCCGCUUCUGCGAGAUGGGGAGCCUGUGUCCUUAUGGCAGCUGAUGAGUUCUUUAUCCGAUCUUCUCUGUGGCUACCCAGAGGGAGGUGGUUCCAGAAUAAUCUCUCUCAACUGGUACGAAGACAAUAAUUACAAGGCCUUCCUUGGGGUUGACUCCACGAAGAAGGAAUCCAUUUAUGUUUAUGACAACACAACCAGUAAGUCCCCCACCCCCACCCCAUUGGCUGUGCUUCAUGUGGGCUUGUAUUAUAAGAUUAAGAUUGAUAAUGCCACUGUUACACCAUUAGUUGUUUCAGGAAUUUCGCCUAACAACUUAAUCCAUGCAAAGGCAUAAAGCAGCUGGAAUCAUUAGGGCAGGAACCUGUGUGUGUGUGUUUGCUAGCAAUGCAAGGUUGCUGUCAUUUUAAGAUUUGCCUACAUUACCUGAAAGAGACAGGCGCUUCAGUGAGAGAGACUCCAAAAUUGGCAUUACGGCCAGGGGUGGGGAAUACCAAUUCGGCCUUCCCGAUCUAUCUAGCCCCAUUUCCCCCAAAACUUGGGUCUCCAGCUGCUUUUGUACUACAGUUCCCUUCAUCCCUGAACACUGGUGUUGCUAGCUAGGGAUGAUGAGAGUUGUAGUCCAAAAACUGACCUGGUUCUUAGGAAUCUUCUGAGGCCAUAGCCACAGUCUCCUCAUUAGCCUUGCAUCAGGCUGGAAUGUGUCCUUGAGCUCUGAUUAUGCCUCUUGCUUGUCUGAAUGGACAAUACAGAGGUCCUCGCAGUUUGGAAGAAAGGAGGUGUGUGUGUGUGUAGAAACUCAGCUACUAUAAAAUUGACCUUUGUUGCUCCGUCCACUUUCACCUUGUUGUGAGGCUCUCAGAACGCUGACCAGAAAGGAAUGCUUCCCUAAGGUGGAAGAAGGUUCUCCACCCCUGCUACGUUAGGACAAGGGUGGGAAACCUUUUCCAACGUACCACAUUCCCCUGUGAAUAGCCAUCAUCAUCUGGAGUAGCUUUUCUCAACUGUUGGGUUCCCAGAUGUUGUUGGACUACAACUCCCAUCAUCCAUAGCCAGCAAGGACAGCAGCCAGGGAUGAUGGGAGUGGUACUCCAACAACAUCUGGGAACCCACGGUUGAUAAAGGCUGACCUGGAGGCCACCACCACCGCCUGGAUGGCACCAGUUUUGGAAAAGGCUGCUUAGUUCUGCUGCUGCCGUUGUACUGCUGCUGUAAAAUGAGCUCAAUAAACCCUGGAAUUUCCGUCCUUUAGAUUUCAGUCAAGUAGUAUUACACUGCUCUUUUAACUAAAGGCAUGGCGGCUGCAUAGAUGCAACCUGAACCUUUUUUGCUCUGUUUGCUGAGUUCCUAGAAACUGGUGUAGCUGCAAUUUUCUGUUGGUAAGAUGGAAAGGCUAGCCUGCAGAAUGUCGUGAACAAUUAAAAACUGGGCCAGUGUUAUAUAACGUAUCUCCUUUCCCCUCCCUCUCCUCCAACAGCUCCCUUUUGUAACACAUUGAUCCAGACUAUGGAAUCAAAUCCUUUAACCAAAAUAGCCUGGAGGGCUAUGAAACCAUUAUUGAUGGGGAAAAUCCUCUUUGCUCCAGAUUCACCUGCCGUUCACGAGAUACUGAAGAAUGUAAGUUAUUUUCUCUCUGCUACACCUAUGCACCUGCAGUGUUUAUAACAUGAGCACUUUGCAAGAGAGGUCCAUUGAACAAGUGGCAACCAAGCUGUUGCUGCAGGCAACAACAGACCUUUCCCCCCCUCAAGAAAAUGUAACGUGGCCUUUGAACUCAGGACUGGGAAGGAAAGAGGGAAGCCCAGCCUCUUUUUAGUUCUCUAAUACUUACCAUUCGGGUUUUUUAAAAAAAGAAAUCCAUGUAGCUACUAUAGCAGAUCUUUUUCUGCUUGCUGAUGCAAACCCAGGACUGCAAAAAUUGGAAUGAAGCAGAAUUGGUAUAAAUAAUACACAAGGCCACUUUUUAAUUUAUUCUACUGCACUGAUAUCCCAUGUUUUUUGGCCCACCCAGAAACCAUUUGCAGUAAUUAAAUAACAAAGCACCAAUCUAUAUCACAAUAACUGUUCAGGUUCUUAAGUUUCACAUGAAUUCACUAUCCCUGUUCAGGCAUUCUUCAAAAGUAUGGGGUGGGGGGGAAAUAAUGUGCAGAAUGUGGGUGCAGAAUGCAUGCCUCUCCCCCUGUGCCAAAAAACUUGUCCUCACCACCACCAGCCCCAACUCUUGCAGAUUGGGCAGGGCGGUCUGAAAGGGGGGUUAUUUGUUCAUUCCCCUGAACAUGCUUAGACUCCUCCCUACUGUCUGAGUUCCUGGCUGCAGAAGGGCUUCAAGUGCCUUCAGCCAAACACAUGAAAAAGAUCUCCCUUCAGAUAUUCCCACUCAAUAUGUGAGCGUUCAGGUGAAGCCACUGGUGAUAUUAGGGGCCAGGGUCUCAUUCCCAAGGCACAUUACUGCCACAUGAACAUUGCCACAUUAUCAAUAUGCAUUUGUAUUCUGAAGGCAGCAGAAAUACGUAUUUAGUGUUCAACUGUUCAGUAAUUGCUUAGGGAUGCUGUAUCUCUGGGUUUCCUGGGUUGAGGGGUUUGGACUAGCUGGCGUCUAAGACUAUCUCCAAAUCUUCUGUUUUUCCUAUGAUUAUUUCUUCCUCUCCCUUCUGCAACUUCCUAACUCAGACAAAUUCCACAUUUGAGGAACUUGUGCGCCUCAGACUCUUGGCUAAAGCCUGGAAGGAAGUGGGACCCCAAGUGUGGAGCUUCUUUCAAGACAGUGUGCAAAUGAACAUGAUCCGGGUAUGUGCAGGAUACCUUACUUGGUAUGGGAAGGGAACUGGAAUCCAUUAGGCAGAGUGAUGUGAUUGCUUCAAACAGCAGGUGCUGGGGUGGCAGCAAUCUCUCCUAUCCCCCAUUCCUAAUGGGACUCCCAAGCUAUCCUGCUGCCCUCAGGUACAGUGGAGGAUGCUGUCUUACCUGAAGGGUCAACUGUUAGUCCAGUCAGACUCUGUACUUCAAAUGGGAGGAAGUAUCUUGUCCCUUUGCCUCAGACAGCGCUAUGUCUUGAGCUAACCCCAGCUACAAGGGCUAAUAUAGUGUUGCCAAAGUUGUCGAGCUUUUCUGGGGGCCAAAGUUGUUGAGCUCAAAAAAUAAAUAAAUGAAGUUUUUGAGAGAUUUUAAAGGAAAUUUGCUACAACCUAAACUUCCAACAUGGGUUGCCAUACGUCCAUUUUCCCUUGGACAUUUCAGUGAUUUCCGCCUGGACACGGUUUCCGACUGCUGUAUUCUGGAUAUUUCUGGGAAAUUCCGGAUAUAUAGCAACCCAUGUUGGGUAUCUUUGGUUAUGACUGGUCUGGAGAAGGGGCUAUGCUGCCACACCCAUGUGUUCUAUCUACCUCAAAGCCAGUGAACACAAGGGCAGUUAAGGUUUAGCCUCUAAGUAGCUUGUUAGGAGGGCAAAGGGGUCAGACCUAGGCAGGGUUACGGUUUGGGUUCCUCUAUACCUGUGUGGAUGGUUGGUGUCUGAUUCUGACCUUUCCCCAGACUGAAUUAUCCAUGUAGGCUUAGUGGCAGGUAAUUCUUCCCUUGGAGUUACCAAGGUUGCAGUUUCCCAGGUAAUAGAAUACAAAUACAUGUACAAAUAUAAUAUGUUAAAUUAGACCUAAUGUUUCUUCCCUAGGACACUUUGCAAAACCCUACGGUGAAAGGCUUCUUAAAUGAGCAGCUGGGUUCUGAAGGUUUCACUGCAGAAGAUGUGAUCAAUUUUCUGUACAAUGGGCCACCAGAGAGAAGAAGGGAAGGCAUGGUGAACUUUGAUUGGAGGGAUGUCUUCAAUGUUGCCAACCAGGCUCUGCAUAUGGUCCACGAGUACCUGCAGGUAAGACUGGUAUCUUUUUCAAUAUGAGGAUGGAUGCUCAUGACAGUAUUAGAACAUCAAUGCUCAAACAUUUAGAAAAUAAGAAUUCAUAGAAAGCAUACAGGACACACAGACAAUGUUUGGAAGAUCUCUUUCCUAUAGUAAAGCAGUAGCUUUCAAUCCUUCCAGCCAGCCAAACUGCAGAGUUUUUAGGCUGUGUGUGUGCUGUUCAGGGUCAUAACUUUCACAAUCUAGGGAGCUGGCAUUGGGGAUGAUUUGGGCAAACAAUGUAUUUGCAGUUUUAAUUGAAGUUUACGGUCCACAAUGCAAAUUCUAAAAGAUGAAGAAGGAAUAAGCAUGCAGGCAUAAGUAAAAAAAACCUGGAAUACCAGUGCGGUGAUUUUUGAUCUGUGUUCUGCAAGAGACAUGGGGGCAUGAGAAAUAAAUUUAUUCAGUAAUUAAGGGCUUCUGUGAAGCCAAGGAGAGGCUGUCCACUCCCUCUUGGCAUGAUUCACUGCUCUGGUCUUGCUUCCUUGCAAUCAGGGUUUGUAGUUCUGCCACAGAUCCAUAUUGAGUGUGAUUGGAUCAUUUCUGAUGCAAGGCCGCUGCAAAAUUACCUGACCUCAGAGGAAAAUAACUAUUGUGUCUGCAUGAAUUACCUGCCUAGGCUUGCUCCUUCGAGCCCGGAGGUGCACCCAACAGUGAUGCACACAAAAGCAUGGGGGGUUGACUCCACUGCAGUGGGAAGGGUAAUUCUUAUGGGAGGCGCUGUGGUCUAAACCACUCAGCCACUUGAGCUUGCCAAUCAGAAGGUUGGCAAUUUGAAUCUCUGUGAUGGGGUGAGCUCCCGUUGCUUUGUUCCAGCUCCUGCCAACCUAGCAGUUCAAAAGCACACCAGUGCAAGUAGAUGAAUAGGUACCGCUGCUGCGGGAAGAUAAAGGCUGUUUCUGUGCACUCUGGCACUCAUCAGUGUCGCGUUGCACCAGAAGUGGUUUAGUCAUGCUGGCCACAUGACCUGGAAAGCUGUAUGCCGACAAACGCCCUCGGCCUGAAGCAAGAUGAGCGCUGCAACCCCAUAGUCACCUUUGACUGGACUUAACCAUCCAGGGUUCCUUUACCUUUUACUUUUUCUUACUGUAAUAAACUUGAGACCAAACAUUGGAUAUAAGCAUAUAAUAUGCCUCCAAUUUUAAUUCAGAUGAGGACUUACUUGAUGGAAACCUCCCUCAUGAGAAGAGCUCACAAGCAAAAAAAACCCCAAGCAUGUCUAAGGGAAGGCUAGGCUAGAAUUUGUCUCACUGGGUCUAGUUUUCUGUGUCUUCCAACUUCCAGAUCCUAUUGCUCCCAGGCCAAUUCCAUCUUCUUGGUCCCAUUGGAAAAAAGGAACAGAAACAUACAUUUUCUCCCAUGGGGUCCAAAGCAGCAAUUUGGAGGUUGAAAACCAACUAAUAGGGAAAGGUUAAGGCUUGGGUCCCAGUUUUACUGCUUGGGAGGCUGGUUUAGAUUUGAAAAGGAAAGGGGGUGGGAAAGAGAUUUGCAUGUGAUGUAUGAAGGAAGAGUUGGCUUAAAAGCAAGUAAAGUGGUACCUUGGUUCUCAAACUUAAUCCAUUCUGGAAGUCAGUUCCAAAACCAAAGCGUUCCAAAACCAAGGUGUGUUUUCCCAUAAAAAGUAAUGCAAAAUGGAUUAAUCCAUUCCAGACUUUUAAAAACAUCCCUAAAACAGCAAUUUAGCAUGGAUUUUUCUAUCUCACGAUACCAUUGAUCCAUAAAAUGAAAGCAGUAAAUAAUGUACUGUACUAUAAAAUGAAUAAAACAGUAUGGAAGAUGAGAAAAAUUAAAAUUAUUUUUUUUUCUUACCUGCACUGAUGAUAGUCAUUGUUUGGUUGGGGGACUUUUAUCCAUUUCCGCAGUCAAUCAAUCAAUCAAUCAAUCAGUAGCUGAACUGGGUUCCACAUGGUCACAAAAACAAAUUAACCAAAUAAAGCCUCAGAAACAGAAACAGAAAAAUAAAUAGCAAAAACAAAAGCACCAAACUUAAUCCGUUCCGGAAGUCCGUUUGACUUCUGAAAUGUUCAAAAACCAAGGUGCAGCUUCUGAUUGGUGCAGGUGCCCUGGGAACAAUAGCUGACAGCCACAUUGGACGUUCGGCUUCCGAAAAACAUUCAAAAACCGGAAAACUUACUUCCGGGUUUUCGGCGUUUGAGAACCAAGGCACCACUGUAUAUGAAUAGUCUGCUGAUAGUGUCCUCUUAUUUUGGAAUUGUGUAACUUCUCACUUCUUAUGUGUAAAAUUGUGGUACUCUUUUUUGUGGGGGAAGGUCCACAGUUAUUGGGCAUUGAUCUUGCUUGGGAUUGGGAGGAGGGAGGUCUUGCUAACGAAGCAAAAAGUAUGCUACAAAGAUGAACUUUUGGCAUGGAGCAGGAUGAGAGUUGAGUAGAACAAUGGCUUGAUUUCUUCCCCAGGGGUUUUAAAGAGAGGUCUUGGCAGGCAUUAAUUAUGGGCCCCAUAUCUUUCUGACUUAUGACUUUGGGCGAGGCAGACUUCACUUGGAUAAUGGGGGAAAGCAACUUGAUGCGAACAAUUGUUUGUAAGCAUUUGUUGCUAGCUCUGAUAGUUCCAACAGACUUGCGUUUUGUUUGGUCAUUCAUUUAUUUGCAUUUCAAAACUGAGCAUGCAAUGGUAUCCUGCUAGGGUCCAGAGCCUACUGACCGUCUAACUUGAUGGUUUCUCCUUACUGAAUUAUAAAUGCUAAGUGCUAUAAAAAACACUAAGUAUUUUUGUGGCUGUUUUAGUUAACUUCUAGUUAAAACUGAAAAAUAUAUAGGGAGGGGUUCAUCCAUAAGUUUCCUUUAUGUUCAGAAAAACCUGUAGUGUAGUAGUGUUGUACAAUUUUAUUUGCAAAGAAGGAUGCUUUUGUGAAAUAAUAAGUUGCCUACAGUUACUUCAUAUUGUUGCUGCUGUUAUCCUUGAACUAAACCACCAAUACUGUAUGCUCAAGGGGAUUUUGGGCUUCUGGUUUUUGAGCAGCAGCCUCUCCACACAAAGAGGCAAGCUAUUUUUUGAAUCUGAGAAGACUUUUUUUAAAAAAACCCCAGCCUGUGGCAUAGUAAGGGUUUUUGUUGUUGUUGUUUAAAGUCAAAAAUUUACUGGGCAUGCCGGCCCUAAUGGUGUGCCUAUAGUAGCGGGGUCUGAUCAGAGGCCUUCUGGAUGUUGUUGGACUCCAACUCCCAUCAGCCCUAGCCAUCAUGGCCCAUGGUCAGGAGUUAUGGGUAUUGUAGUCCUCUGGAGGGCCACAGGUUCCCCAACUCUGGCCUAAAGCAGCCUUCCCCUCCAUCAUCCCUGACCAUGGCACAUGUUGACUGGGGCUGAUGUGAGUUGGAGUCUAAAACAUUUGGAAGCACCAGGAUGGGGAAGCCUGGCUUUAAGUAACUCUUUGGAUCCUGGUUGUUGCUACUAUUAGACCCCAUAUCCAAGUUUGACUGGACUUAACCAUCUAGGGGUCCUUUAUCUUUACCUUUUUACUACUGUUAUGCAUGGGGUCUUAUGUUCAGGACAGUGUUGUUUCCUUCUGGGCCAGAAAGCUGGUUUUUCCUCCUCAGGGGAAAAGAUAAGCAACCUUUCCCCUCCCCUAGGUUGUCAUUUUGGAUUUUAAUAAAGGCUUUAGCAAAACAUAGUUGCAUCCGGUAAGACUGCAUAGAAGUCCGUCCUUUAUUUGAAAGGCUACGUCCUGCCCAAGUCUAGUGUAAUUUGCUCAUCAACAGUUAGCAGCCGGACAGUAUACUGAGCAGGACCACAGGUGUCUAUGACCAGUACCUACUGAUGCAGCUGGAGCAAGAACUGCAGGGUGGGCUGGACCCUAAGAAGCUCAACAGGGAGCUAUUAACCCAUCAAGCAUCCAGAGGAGAAUAUAUAAGGCAUAUAUCUUCACUGCCAGCUACUCCGCUUCUUUUUGAUGUGCUGCAUUAUUGUUUACAGCGAAGUCUACUCCAUCCUUCUUAGUGGAACCCUCUACUUGAAGAGACCUCUGGUGACAUAACCUUCUGGAGGCUCUGGGCUCCCACUGAAUCUGCUGCUGCCUUUCCUCUUGAAGUGCAGGUGACAAAGGUUGAGUAUUUAGGGUCAGGCCAGGCCUUGGCCUGUGCUCAGAUGGGUUAUCAGUGGGGCUCAGGUGAGACAUCCGUGAGCCGAAGCACUUUGGUCAGCCUUAGGACUUUUAAUGGGUCCUUCCAUGUCCUCAUGAGGUCCUGUGCCUCUUCCUCAAAGGAGGCCUUCUGACUGUGCAGGAUCCUGACAACUGUCACUUGGUCAGGCUUCCCCACUAUGGCGAGUAUUUCUGUUCAUAUUAUAGUUAUUACUUUCUUGAUUUGCAUCAAAAUAGAUGAAUUUUGGGCAAUUUUUGGUCAUAUUUUUUGUUAUCAGUGUCCACUUUUCAGUGAUAGAACUGUACAAUGUUCCUUUUUACAUACGAGCAUAAUUAUAAUACAGGUGGUUUAAAUACAUCGCUUUUUGUUGAUCAUCCACUAAAAAGCGAUAUAGCCUUGACAUAUUCUUUAAGUAAGGCGUAUUUUGGAACAUCAUCAGUUUAGUUAAAACAGGAUCCUUUCUAUUCAGAGGUGCUUCCCCCACCCUCCCCCACCAUUUAAAACAACAUAAGAAAAGUUUCUUUAGAUGACAAGGCCAAACAAAGGAGACUUUACAUUUCAGAGAAGUCUGCCUGUUAAAUCACAAGUUGUCUGCAAGCACUUUGAUGUACAGUAAUUGUUGGUUGUUGGCUUGCCGAAAAGACCAUCUAGAUAGAAGAUAAGAUCAAACAAUUUGGCUUUGUGUGGCAUUCUAUGAGGUGAGGUAAUUAAACACAUUUCUUCCUAGUCCGUUUAGGAACUGAAUGCUGCCUACUUACUUGCCAAGAUGAGACAAUGAUAAUAACUCACUGGUUUCGGAGUUAGGAAGCUCAAUAAAAAUACAAAUAUAUGGUUAUGUGUGUUUUUUUAAUUACUUGCCAUGCCACGUUUGCAGUUCCCAAUUGCUUUUUCUGUAACAAUGCACAGGAGUGUGGUCAAAUGUCAAUAUAUUAGCAGAUAUAAAGAUACAUUUAAAGCACACCCCCCCCAAAGGAAUCCUGGGAACUGUACAGGCAAUGACCAAUUAAUGUGUCUCUGAAUGAUGUGUGCUUGCGCAUGCGCGCAUGGCGCUGAACCCGGAAGUGACAGAAAACAUCACUAAACAUGUCCCUUAAAAGGUAUUUCGGGGCAGGGCACAUUUAUGUGUGCUCUGCCAACAUGCAUUGCAUCUAGGAAUGGAAGCUCCAGGCGAAAUGGUUGUUGACUGUAGUUGAAGGGUGUUUGGAAUUAUAGUUCUGUUGGGGUGGUGGACUACAGUUCCCAGAAUUCUUUUAGCAGGGGAAAUGUGUUUUAUGUAUAUCCCAUGUACACAUAGUGCCUUCUGCAGGGAUGGACUAUAUAGGAAAUGUGGAAUGGAACCCCUUCAUCACCCCUAACACUUUUAAAUAGACUCUGCUGGUCAUCAUAUAAUAAUAAGUUUGUGACAAUUUUCCGGUCCAAUAACUGUGUCUACCUCUGGAUUGCUGCCAUGGUUCCAUUCAGAUUUCAUCAUUUCUAUGUAUUCAUUGUGAAAGACAUGUUUUCAGAUGCAUCCUCAGCCCUCCUGCUCAUUCCUACUGGGCAUAUAUGCUAAGAACGCCUCCCGUUUUCACCCACAGCCCAUGAUUUCAACCCUUACACUUUUCCAAGCAUACAGAGUAAAGUGGAGGCAGAGUGAAGUGUUUACCCAUAGAGAAUUGUGUCUUGGUGCCUCCUCACUGCAGUGUGUUUUUUCUGCUGGAUGUGCUGAUGAGACACUUUCCUCUUGUCUCUACCUGGUGAUUUUGUUUGCUCUCCCAGUCUUAUUUUCCAGGUGGUGGGCUCACAUUAUCUUUUCCCUCUGUUUGUUUGCUGAGAUGAAGGUUUUGCUUUGCUGUUCUUCCUGGCUAGACAUUUCUUUAAUGACCAGGCUCCCAACUCUCACCCUACAAUUACUCCAUUCAGGCUACAAUCCUACACCCAUUGUAAUCCACAUUGAACUUGCGGUGGGGGGGGGGACCUCUCUUUUGAAUUAACCGUAUAUAGGAUUGUAUUGUCAGUCUCCACACAUUACAGGAUGGUAGGACAAAUGUUAGAUGUGGAAUAUUCUUAAGUUGGCCUUUUCGGUCUUUCCUUUUAUCUUUUAAUCACCAGUUUUUACAUAUCACUUUAGCAUGAGAAUAGGCAUAGAAGUCUUAAGGCGUGUCUACAUUAAAAUUUUAAAUUGGUUUCAAGUCUCAUGCAUUUCCCAACCAAGAAACUACUAGCAAUCCAAUUUCAAACUGGCUUCAAUGUGUUGUGUUGAUGUUGUUUUAGAGCAGGGAUAACCAAUAUGGUGACUUCGAGAUACUGGUUUUAUUCAAUUAUUUCAAUUAUUUAUUAGUCACUUUUCAGGACCCAAACCCACAGAAAAAUAAAAACAAUAAACCAUCAGGCAGAAUACAAAUCCCAUGGUCAGGGGUGAUGGGGAGUCCAGCAACACCUAGAGGGCGCCAUGUUGGCUAUCCCUGCCUUGGAGUAAGAAGCAAAAAAGUUAUAUUGAACCCAUUUGUGCUUAUGUAAUGCAUAUGUCCUUCUGUCCUACUUCAGUGUGUCUUCUACUUUUUGUACUCUCUCCAGUGCUUGGCUCUUGAUAAAUUUGAAGGCCACGCUGAUGAAACCCAGGUGACUCACCGUGCUCUUUCUCUUCUGGAGGAGAAUAAAUUCUGGGCUGCUCUCAUCUUUCCUGAUCUGGACCCAAAAACCAGACUGCUGCCGCCUCAUGUCAAAUUCAAGAUUCGCAUGGAUAUAGAUUCAGUGGAGAAAACGAACAAAAUCAAAGACAGGUGAUGGCAGUCUCACAUCUUGCAAUGUGUUGAAGGCUUGGCCCAAGCUUUGCCUAGGCUAUGGCUCUAGGCCCAGGUUGGCUGGAGUCAGAAUAUAAAUCAGUGCAGCCAAGGCAUUUCAGUGACCAAGACAGAAUAUCCUGGAGGUGAAAAUAUUAUAAUAAAAAGCUAGAUAAAUGAUAUUUUGCUACUCUUUGGGGGUUUUCCACCCCAAAUUCUGCCUAAUGGUAAUCCCUAAAUCAGAGGGUGUUAUGAAGCAGAUGAGCAGAUGCUUGAUAAUAUACAGCCAUCCUUUAUAUGAUGGUACAGUGUGGAAUGCACAUCCAGAAUUGGACCCCACAUUGUGUAGGCUGGUAACAGAAGAGAAGCCUUGAAAGCCUGAUUUACUCGGUGUAACGUAAUUUAUGGUAACAUAAAAAGCAAAGAUAGCUGUGUUAGUUCAUAGGAAGAGCUCAAAAAACCCCCAAGAUAUUAGGAAAUAACUUGAAUAGGGCCAACUAAAAAAGUUACAAAAUAGUGAGCAAGCUUUCUCCAGAAUUCUUCGUCAGGUUGGAUGCUGUACAAAGCUGGGGGGAGGAGAUAGGAGAAGAAAACACAAAGAGUACAUUAAAAAUUGACUGGGUAUUGUAGCCAUACGGUUUGCAUUUAGGCUCAGUCUCAAAAUUGAGGCUGCAGACUGGCUGAAUUAAUCUCUGCUAGGUGUUGCGGGUUUCAGGUUACACUUAGGAUUCUGAGACAAAGAAGCAAUGGCUGAAAAGCCAAUUUGGAAAGUAUAAAGCACCAACAGUAACCCGGAUCUGUCUCCAGCCUAAACGCGCAAGUUCCUAGCUGGGCGGCGAUCUGUAGUUCUCAUAAAGAUAGAGCUGCCACUUUUUCAACCUUGAAUAGUGUACGUCUGAGGCUCUGGCAAUUGUAAUGUUAACCCUAGUCAGCUUUCCACCACCCUCAGCUUUCUAGGUUGCAUAUAAUAAUGUUUUUAUGUCUUCACAGGUACUGGGAUCCUGGCCCCAGAGCUGACCCAGUGGAUGAUCUGCGUUACAUCUGGGGAGGGUUUGCGUAUCUGCAAGACAUGGUUGAGCAUGGAAUCAUCAAGGCGCAGACUGGAGUUGAAGUGCCUUCGGGGAUCUACCUGCAACAAAUGCCCUAUCCAUGCUUUGUAGAUGAUGUGUGAGUAAGAGCAGCCACAGUGAUCUGUUUCUGAUAACUAAUUGGGUGGCUGGGUGGGUGGCAGAUUGGAUUUUACAGGGGGCUUGGCUGCUUUUUGCCUUUGAUCUUGCUGAAAAGCUGGAGAAAUCCAGGAUGAAGGUAUUAGGCAAAUCUCCUCCCCACCCCCAAGGAGUCUGGGAUGUGCUGCUGCCCUGCUAAGUCUGAGAUAAGGAGGCUGGAACAAAAAAACAACAACACCAAAGCACUGGAGCGUUUUAAAACUUUAAAAUAGAGAACAGCAAGGUCUGGGAUAACUUCCAUUGGGAAAACAACAAUCCAUGGAUUCAUUAGCAGGAAUGUACAGGAGAAGUUGGAGUUUAUAGCUGUCUGAAUCUUCCCAUCAAACAAAAGGAGAGGGGAAAGAGCUUUUGUUUUUUUAAAAAUUCCUCUGGUUUUUAACAAGAACUUGAAGGAAGGUUUGGUGAAACGGUACAGUGUUCCAAAACAAUCAGUGGCUUUCCCUAUCUCUGGAAAACAUUUUACACUGACCGACCUAGCAGGAUUUUCUUCUCUUUUUCUCUCAUGCAGCCACAGAUAUUGUGUGGGCAGUUGUGCCCCAGAAAUGCCCUUGCAAAUCAGGGAGCCAGAGACUCUGCUAGCUGUGGAGCUGCCACUGGGGAUUCCAGUGCGGUGAAAUCGACAGUGUGUCUGACUAGAAUCAGGGAGACCCAUGUUAGGAACACAAGAUGGCCCAUCUGGUCUGUCGUCCUGCCCCCACGGUGGCCAACCAGAUGCCUGCGGGAAGCCCAAAAGCAAGGCCUGAGUGUACUCUCCUCACUUGUGAUUCCCAGCAACUGGCACUCAGAGCCACACUAUCAGAAGCAUAACCAUUGUGGUUGACAGCCUCGCCUUCCAUGCGUUUGUCUAAUCCUCUUUUAAGACCUCCCAAGUUGGAUGCUAUAACUGUUCCUUAUGGGACCGAACUGCAGCAUUUAUCUGGGCUGCGUGAAGAAGUACAGUCAUACCUCAGGUUACAGCCGCUUCAGGUUGCAUUUUUUCGGGUUGCAGACCACCGAAACCCGGAAGUACCGGAACAGGUUACUUCCGGGUUUUGGCGGUCGCGCUUUGUGCUUGCACAGAAGCACCAAAUCGCAACUCACGCGUGCGCAGACGCGGGUUGCGAACGUGCAUCCCGCAUGGAUCACGUUCGCGACACGAACGUCCACUGUAUUUUCUUUUGUCUGUCCCAAAUAUUCCAACGUUCAGCUUCACAGGAUCUUCCCCGAGUUCUAGUGGUAUGAGAGAGAGAGAGGGUCAAAAACUUCCUUGUCCGUAUCACGUUCAAACACCUGAUCAGCUAUUAAGCUCGCAGUUUUUUCCUUUCAGACUUACAUACCCCCCACAGGCCUGUUUUGAAGUUUUGUAUGUGAGUGGGGAGUGAUAAUAUGCCAUCCUGAGCUCCUUUGUAAAUGUAAAAAAAGUAAUAAAUGAUAAACGAAAUUUGAAUAACAUAUCAGCACCCUGCCCCUGUAACAAACAGUCUAUGAGCAGUCUAUGAAGAUAAUAAUGUUGCAGUAAAAAUACAAUACAAGCAACAAAUCAAGCACAAGAAUAAAACCAAAACAGGCAAUUCAAAAUAGGAAGCAAAGAAAUAAAACCGCAUACCAGAAAGAUAUAAGAGUAGGCACCAUGCCAGGCCUCUUUAGGCAGGGCAUUCCACAAUGGGUGGGUCUGCAGUUGGGGCUUGUCAACCUGGGAAGGUAGCCCAUUGAGGAGAAGGAAAACUGAUCCUAACCUCUGCUGCCUUGCAGCAUAUCUUUGGGAGAAGAAAAGGCUAAGGAGUAAACCCUACACAAAUUUGGAGUGGAGACGCUAAGAAGGUUGGAUGGUGCCUUGCAUGCCUCCUUCUGGCAACUCCUGCAGCCAAGCUGGUUCCAAACGUAUUGCUCUGCUUCCUUUUGGAUCGCAUCAGUGAGGCCAAGAGGGGGGUCUUGUUGUCUGACCCUCCAUGCACACUCCAUGCACCCUGGGGUGGUCACUUAGGUGCAGUUAACACAGUAGUUUGACUUCACCCUUGGAGGCACACUCCAUUGACAGACAGAUGCCAACAAAAAACAAGGCCUCUAAAAAGGCCUUUUCUCUCAUAGCCACCCACGGUCCCUCGCUAGGCGGGGACACUUGGAGAAGGGCCUCAGAUGAUGGCUUGGGUAGGGACAUGUGGGAAGAGGUCAUUCCUCAGAUACCAAAGCCUCCAAACAAUGAAGAGCUUUAAAUGUCACACCUCUGAAAGCUCAGCAUUGUUGAAUAGUUCUGCAGCUACAGUAUCUGAGCAUCUUCAUUUGCAGGGUUUUGUGGAGGCUCAGCUGCCUGUGCUGCUAUGCGCAGGAAUGGGGUAGGGGGUGGUGGGGUCAUAGUCAUGCAUACAGCAUUUGAGUUUUGUGUAUCGCCCCCCUAACAAAAACCUAACAAUAUCAAAUUCUUCAGCCUCUUACUUCAACUUCAGCUCUCCAUUAAGUUCAGCAGUCCUGAGGUUAGAAGCUGAAUGAACUUUCUUUUUCAGAUUACAGAGGGUAAGAGACCAGGCCCAGGGUCUAGCUUUUUCUAAAGGUUUCGCAUUCCUUUGAUUUAUCAUCAAUCAUCAUUAACCCCCAGGUCUCUUCUUUACAUACAGGGAAGGGCUCUUAAUGCCAUUUUAAAACUGGUUUCACAAUGGGGAAAUGCUCGUGUAAAACGAGAGCUAGAUUAAUAGCGUAGGCCCAACACAUAAUGAGACGAGAUCCCACUUACGUCGUCUUUUAUAAUUCCGCUUUCAAAGUUGCUUCAAGGCUGUCUCUUCUUCUAAAUCAUACUAUGCUGGGUAUGUGCUGCCAUAGCUGCUUGUCUGUGAAUGAAGUGCCUGCCUCUGAUGAAAGACAGCCCUCUGGUGGUUAGACCCAAUAGCAUAAUUCUUGAAUGUAAAUGCUAUUCUUUUAGAUUCAUGCAUUUUUAAAAAAUUAAAUUAAUUAAUUAAAUUAAGCAUUGAUAAUAUUGCACUGAACAUACAACCUUCCAUCAGGUAAGAGAUAUAUUUAAUAUGUGGCAUUUUUCCUACCUAGAAGGCACCUCAGUUUGGGGAAAAUACCGCAUAGGCUCAUUUUACAACAUCACGUGUGAAAAAUCACUUUCGUGUAUCUGUUGUCAUGACGGAUUAUGGAAAUACAGUCUCGCAUGGCUCCCUCCCCAGUGAAUAUACUGGCUCUAUGCAGGAAAAAAGUGGCACGAAUCAGGUUGCGGUCCUAACUUGGGAGUUGAACUCAGUGGGAGUUACUUAUGAGUAGACAUGUGUAGGAUUGCAUUGUCAGGAUAGCAAUGGGUUGAAGCUAACUAAAUUCUACUCAGAGUAGACCCAUUGACAUUAAUGGACCUAAGUUAGUCAUAUUUAUUGAUUUCAGUGGGUUUACUCAGAGUAUACUAAUGCGGAGUACCAACUCAGUGUGUGCACUGUAUAGCAGUAUCUCCCUGCAAAUAUACCAAUAUUUCUUACUUUCCUUGUAAGGUUGAAGUAUGUGAAAGUAAAGUCACAAGUAUUGUUCUAGUUGGGUGUCAUUUGUACAUUGUUUAUAUACUUAUCAUAUUGAUAUCCCAUCUUUUAUCCUAGGAACUCAUGAUCCACCCUCAUUUUCUCUCUCUCUAGACAACAUAGGCUGAAAGUCAGUGAACGGGCUUCAUGGCUAAAUGAGAAUUUAAACCCAGCUCUCCCCAUUCCUUGCCCAACACACUAGCUGCAACAUGCUGGCUCUUUGACAAGAUAUUGGUAGGGGGACAGGGGAAAUACACAGCAGCUUGGCACUCUGAAAAUGAAGUUUGGCAGGGAAGCCUUAUCAUGAAGCAAUAACAGCAGACUCCUCGAGGGCAUCAUUUUGUGGUCUCUAGUUUCUAUUUCUGUUUCCUUUUUAAACACAAGGGUCUGUCUGGGAGGCACCAGCUUCCAAAAUAUAUCCCUUCUCUGCCACAAAUAGCAUGGCCUAGAUUAAUUCUCAAAAACACUCUUUUUCUCCAUUUGUCCAGUAGCAACCUCACUUAGCAGCCAAGGUGAGAAAUAGUCUGCCUCUGCAUUCCUUUUGUUUUUGACUUGAUCUGUCUUGCCAUGAUCUUAUCUUUGGCUCCAGAUGCCACCCCCUCUCCUAGCAGCACAGACAAAACAGACGCAGAUAAUCCCAUAAACAUAUGAUACAGGUUUAUUUCCCCCCCCCUUUAAUUGCUACAUCUCCAUGUGCUGACUUGAUCAUAUCCUCAAGGAGGAGGCAUGGCUGUGCAAAAGGGCAGGAUCUACCUCUAGAUCAGGUAUUUGAGAAGGAUAAUUGAUCGCAGGGUUCAGCCACAGCACAAGAUUGCUACCUAUGCAUGGCAGGGAAAGAAUAUUCCCGCAGAAGUUGAUACACCUGUGAACAAUUUAAACCUGCUCCCCCCUCCCAUUUUUAAUUUGAUUUCUUCCAUUGAAUUGAGAUUGCCAUUAACACAGAGCUCACACAAUCAGAAGGUGUUUUCUGUUGUUCUCAUAAUGAAAAACCUUAACGGUAAAGGUAAAGGUACCCCUGCCCGUACGGGUCAGUCUUGACAGACUCUAGGGUUGUGCGCUCAUCUCACUCUAUAGGCCGGGAGCCAGCGCUGUCCGCAGACACUUCCGGGUCACGUGGCCAGCGUGACAAAGCUGCUCUGGCGAGCCAGAGCCGCACACGGAAACGCUGUUUACCUUCCCGCUAGUAAGCGGUCCCUAUUUAUCUACUUGCACCCGGGGGUGCUUUCGAACUGCUAGGUUGGCAGGCGCUGGGACCGAGCAACGGGAGCGCACCCUGCCGCGGGGAUUCGAACCGCCGACCAUGCGAUCGGCAAGUCCUAGGCGCUGAGGUUUUACCCACAGCGCCACCCGCGUCCCAUGAAAAACCUUAGACAGAUAAAUCAACCAUCAAGUGGAAAUAGCAGCGAGCAGGCUGGGGAUAAGGGCUGUUGCCAGCUCUACCGAAUCUUAAAUAUAUUGGGGGUUUGUAUGGGUUAUGAACUGUCUGCAAUAACAGAGGCAGGCGAUUUUCAAAAAGGCAGAACCCAUAAAUCCUUAUGGGGCAACAUUUCCUGUUCAAGCGAAAUCCAUUUUUUAAAUCCACUUUCCUAAUAAUGAAACUGCGCUGUCUUGGGGAUGCCGUGACGCUGUGCACUCACACCAGUUUUAUGCCAACUUAACUUUCACGACUUCCCCUAAAGAAAACUGGAAAGCAUAGUUUGAGGAUGCUCUGAAUUCUCAUGGAAAACAUCGGGAGUUUCCCUAGAGAGAAGGAACGGCUGUUAGACCAGUUUCAAUCCGUGCGUCCCUUAUGCACUGCCUCUUGGAGACUGUAUGAUUUUAACCUUCGUUUUAUUUCUUUCCUGGGCAGCUUCAUGGUUACUCUGAACCGUGCCUUCCCCAUCUUCAUGGUGCUUGCUUGGAUCUACUCUGUCUCCAUGACGGUAAAGAGUAUUGUGCUGGAAAAAGAAAUGAGGCUGAAAGAGACCAUGAAGAACAGGGGGGUCACUAACGGGGCUGUCUGGUUCACCUGGUUCCUAGACAGCUUCAUCAUGAUGGCUGUGAGCACAUUUCUUCUGACGACUCUCAUUACGGUAAGAGCAUCACCUCCAGGCGAGGAGCGUUUUUCUUUUUCAAGGCCCAGACGUGCCAUUUUGCACUCACGCUGCCGGUACUACCAAGGAAUAAUGGGAGCUAUACGAAAAAGAGACAGACAGACAGACAGACCUAUGCUGGAAGGAUCAGCCUCCUGAGCACGUAGCAGCAGGCACAUUCCUUUAGGUAGCCCCCAAAGGCAGCAUCAACACUUGACAGAGAUAGAUAUGUUUACUCCUGAGAGACUCGCAAGAUUGCCUUCAUGACAGUGCCUCAGGUUGGAUUAGGUUUGACAGGUCACGUUCUAAACAUUGCUGCUCACUUCAAGGAGGCCUCAGAAAACAGGAAUUUCUCUCUCUCACUCACUUCUUUUUAAACCUUACUGUGAGGCAUCUACCCUCUAAUUCAUUUGUCACAACCACCAGCUGUUCGCUUGGUUUGAAAAAAAUACGUUGCUUCUGGGAGGGGGCACACAGAGUCAUACCACUCAAGUGUGUCCCUCGGCGUUUGCUUUGAUCUUUUCAAUAAGCUUCUCCACAUUCCUCUAUUUGGUCUGCAAAGUCUUACAUAGGAAGCUGCCAGGUCAGACCACUGGUGCAUCUCACUCAGUGUCGUCUACAGUGACCAGCGGUGGUUUCAGACGGGUUUUGCUCAGUAAAAUUAACCACAAACCCCCCACAUUUUGGAUAACCUCCAAAGCUGUGCCAAACUUUUGCAGUUGUUUUGCCAGACCUAUUUAGAGGUGCUGUGGAUUUAACCUGGGGGACCUGUUGCAUGCUCCAUUACUGAGCUGCAGCCCACCCCUUUAACCUCUUUCUUUCCUUUUCUCUGACUUACUCGGCCUUCUAACGUCUGCCAGACAUGAUAACUGAGCAUUGCUUUGCAAAAUGUAGAAUGGCCCUCUUAGUGACUGCAAAUAUGCGCAACGCAGAGGGUGCCAUAAAAGGCCAGAAUCCACCUUUCAGCUUAAUUACUCACACAAAAUUAUCCAGACUGUUAAUUCUCUCAAGAAAUAAUAAUGUUGAUCUGCCUUGUCGAGUUGAACAACAAGAAAAUUUUUGAAUUCUCCAAAAGCUUUAUAUAAAUGCUGAAUGUUAUCCAAUGAGCAUUCUAGGAUAGUUCCCAAUGGAUUCUCCCUUGCUCAAAACACUCAUGGACAUCCAGUGAAGUGGAAUGUUGGAAGAUUCAGGACAGAAAAAAGGACAGCCCAUAAUUAAACAAUGGAACUCACUCCUGCAGGCCACCAACUUGGGUGGCUUUAAAAGAAGAUUAGACAAAUUCAUGGAGGAUAAAGUUAUCAGUGGUUACAAGCCAUGAUGGCUACAUUCCGCCUUCAUGCUUAGAGGCAGUACACAAGAAGGGAGAGUGCUGUUGUGCUCAGGUUCUGUUUGUGGGUUUCCCAUAGGCAUCAGGUUGGCCACUGUGAGAACAGGAUACUGGACUAGCUGGGCCCAAUGCCUGAUCCAACAGAGCUAUUCUUAAGUUCAUUAGAAGAUGGAACUCUUGCUUUUAAGUCACGGGUCAUCUUGGCAGCUGGUGGGUGGAGCGCACCUUUCAUGCCUCUGAGUAAAUAGUGCCUGGGAAAUUUCUCCUGACAAAGGCGAAGCCGAAAAUGCAGUGGGAACUAUUCUGUCAUAUUGGGAACUACUUAACAGCAUGAAAACAUACCUCUGUAUACCCAUUGGCUUGGCUUUUUUUGUUCUGUUUCUUCUUGUUGGGUGUGGCGCUCUUGUUUUUUCCUGGUGACCCUAAGGAUUUCUUUCUUUAUUUAAUGUUCUGCUUCCUCUUGCUGUUUGUUUAUUAUAAGGGUUCUAUGUUAUUUUGAUUGCUUUGUGAUCUGCUGCAUUCUAAAACAAAAGACAAAGCCUUCCUGAUAAAGAUGACUCUGGAUGCCAGAAUCUUAGCGCUUACUAAAGAACAAAUAUUUGUAAACAACUACUGCUAAAGCACAGUUUACUUUUAUGAGAAAAGCCUGCUCCUGUUCAAUUAUUCCUCUGCCAGGCCUACCUGAACUGAUAUGGUGUGUCAGCUUUGACAUUGUAGCUUGGCUUAGGUAUGCAGUCCUAUAGUUAGCACUUAACUUUGACACCACAUUAAUUUGGUGUUUAUUGUUUGUUUGAGUUCACCAGCAGGGCUGAUGUUAUUUAUAUCUGGUGUUUCCCCCCUGGACUGAGGUUGUUUCCCACUUCAAGUUCAGAUCAGUGUAUCCAAUAUAUCUUUUUCUUCUUCUCUAGAAUAGUUAAUGCCUUACGUGCCACAUGUACGUUGCCAAAUACUGCUGUUAAGAGAAUGGCUUUGGCAGUAUCUUUUGAAGAGUACAUUAGGGGAUCUGACAUCUGACAUAUUGGCAAACUAUGAGCUGGUUGUUGGCAAUAGACCCCUGGUGAUAUAAUCAGAUACACUAAAGGCCGACACAUUCCUCUAUAGGAGUUUAUGCCAGCAGUGAUAUCAUACCAGUAGUAAUUCAUACUGUAUACAGUGGUGCCUCGCAAGACGAAAUUAAUCCGUUCCGCGAGAGUCUUCGUCUAGCGGUUUUUUCGUCUUGCGAAGCAACCCUAUUAGCGGCUUAACGGAUUAGCGCUAUUAGCGGUUUAGCGGCUAUUAAAGGCUUAAAGGCUUAGGGGAUUAGCUGCUAAAAGGCUAUUAAAGGCUAUUAAAGGCUUAGCAGAUUAGAUAAAGGGGGGGGAAAGCGAAAAAAAAAUAUCAAGACUCGCAAGACAUUUUCGUCUUGCGAAGCAAGCCCAUAGGGGAAUUCGUCCUGCGAAGCAACUCCAAAACGGAAAACCCUUUCGUCUAGCGGUUUUUCCGUCUUGCGAGGCAUUCGUCUUGCGGGGCACCACUGUAUUGUGCUAUUCCAUUACUGCCACUUUUCGUGUGUCAUUCUUCCUUGCACAAGCAUAAUUAUACUUAAUGCUAAUAAUUACUGCUGCACAUGAACAAGCACACUUCCUGUGUGGGAUAAAACAACAAUGAUGGUCAAUUGCCAUUUGUAACUUUUGUCAAAAAAUAGCUGUAGAUAUGCAAGGCCUAAAAGUACAGAACAAUUAUCUGUCCCACUUGAUUAGAUAAAGCUAACAUCCAGUUGAGGUCCAACUGUUCACUGUAAUGGGUCCUUAAAGAUUCACAAAGAUCAUCCUUGGUUUACUUAGCAGUGCAAAAGAUCCUGGUAGAUCUUAGCCACCCUCAUGAGAGCUCCUUGGUUCUGGGUAUUUGAAUGUCAUUUAGCAGCAAAAUACUAUUUCAGCUUUUUAAAAGACAGCAACUUUUAAAAAGACAGUUGAUUCCCUUCUUCAUGGACCCUAUUUUUCAGAGGACUGUAAUUUGGGGAGAAGAGAUGACAUGCAUAAUCAGAAUAUGCUCUGAAAAUUCGGUAAUUUGGCUUUUUGGUUUAUUUAUUUUUAAGCAUCUGCUCUCAGGCAAAGGUGCAGUGUAUGAAUUUUUAUAAAAACACUUCAAGCAAACUAGGGAGGUGGAAGAACUUGUUUUUAGCCCCAUUCCAAAUCUCUUACUUUUCACAUUUUGUAAAAUUUUAGUCUGGUUGAACUAUCUGUUUGACUGCUAUAGGAUGCAAUGCUGUACAUGCUUAUCUGAGAAACAGUCGCAUUGAACUCAAUAGGAUGUCUGAGUAGACAUGCAUAGAGUUGCAGUCAUAGCAAAGUGAUUGUCCCUUGACCAACAGAGGGCAGCUGCACAAUUUAUGCUGGGAGGAGCAAUGAUAACCUGAUAUUUUUUUCAAUAACAACAAUCCACGCAAUGGCCUAAUGAUUACUGAAAGGCAGCUGCUUUUGUAAUUCAUGAUUCAGUCCACGAGACCCCCACAUGCUAGACUAGACCUGUGCCUUUGAACUGCACUUAGAGCAAGUGUGGGUGCUGCCUUAAUGAUGAGCCAGAAAUCUGGACAACAAGUCUUCUGAACUGCUGUAUUUGAACUCUACCCUGUGACAGUGGUACUCCUGCCUUGUUAUCACCCAGUGCUCGGUACAGGGAUGAGGAACCUGUGGCCCUUCUGAUGAUGUUGAACUACAACUCCCAGCAUCCCUGAGCAUUGGUCCUGCUAGCUGGAGCUGAUGGGAGUUGGAAUCCAACAACAUCUGGAGAGAAAUUCACCCAGUGCCUAUCUAGGAGUGUGCAGGGUCAUCCUGUCACCUUUUAAUCCAUGGCAGGCUACCUUCCCUGCAAGAUAGCUACUGGUAACCAUGCCCUGAUCUUAAAGGAGGCUGCAUUACCCAAAAUGCCUGAUCUUGAAGCUAAGGUUUUACUAGCAACUCUAUGACAUUGAGCAACCUGCUGCAGCAAUAUUGCAACACCUUGCGUAAAAGGAGAAGUAUGAUGAAGCCACACUGAUGACAUGCACAGCACAGAACAAACAGCACAUCUUAAGCUGCCUGUCACUAUGAUGUGGCAUUUUACAAGGAUUGGAUAUGUUGCAUGACUGCAUAGGAUACUUAAAGAAAUUCUCAUACAGGUUCAUCUUUCCAUAAAACACACACACAGUUGUUGAAUUGAGCUAGGUUCACCCUUCAUGUAUCUUAUUGUCUGGAAGAAGGUAGAAUAUCAGACCUACUGACUUGAGUUUCACCCCAGCCCUUCUUUUUCCAAUAGACUCUGAUAUAAAUGCCUAGGCAGAGAGGAUGGAUAGCAAUGAAUGAGCAGAGAUGAGUUCUGGUCUAAGCCAUGCCAUCAAUGGAGACUGUAAUUAACUGGAUCUUUCUCUUUCUUUCUUUCUUUCUUUCUUUCUUUCUUUCAAUGCAGUAUGGCAGAGUGCUUCAUUACAGCAACCCCCACCUCCUGUUCCUGUUCCUGUUGACCUUCACCACGGCCAGCAUCAUGCAGUGCUUCUUGCUCAGCACCUUCUUCUCCAAGGCUAAUCUGGCAGCUGCCUGCAGUGGCGUCAUCUACUUUACCCUAUACUUGCCUCACAUCGUUUGCUUUGCCUGGCAGGACAGGCUGACUUUUAAGCUAAAGAUUAUGGUGGUAAGAAAUCCUCUUCACCCACUACCUCCACCCAACUCAAUAGAAACCACAGUGCCCUCUAAAUUGUGUCAUUUAUAACUUUUAUAAUUUCAUCUUGUUUUCUCAACAUCUUGGAAGCCUCAUAGGUGGGAGAUCAGUGGAAACCCAUUGGAAGAGGUUAUAAACUUUAAAUACUUAGGCAUCCACUUCCAAUAUAAUGCUUCCUGUAAAUACCAUUGUAAGCUUGCACUUAAUGGAGUGGAUACUCUAACACUAGCUCUGGCUAUCACCUGUAUCUUCUUUAACAGAGGGAACCAGUUCGUCCCAGCUGCACUAAAGGUUUUCAACACCAAAGUAGCCCCAAACCUCCUGUAUGGCAUUCCAUUAUGGAUUGGUGCAGUUAAGCAAUUGUUAGAAUGCUUCCAAUCCAAAUUUAUGUGCAAAAUCCUGGCACUGCCAAAUUGUGUGCCAUAUGCAGCCAUUUGUCUGGAAACUGGACAAAGGCUGCUGGAAACCAAAGUGUGGCUCACCACUAUAAAAUUCUGGUUCAACCUACAUUUCAUAUCUGAUCUGUCUUCUUUAACUUUCCACAUGCUGGCAGAAUCCCACCACUCCAAAUUGCUAGGUUGCAUUGAGAGCAAAAUCAGAACCUGUGGCCUAUCACUCGAGUCACUGCUUACGUUCCCACAAUUGGAAGCAUACCAGACAAUCAAGUGCAGAAUACUAGAGUUUGAAUUCCAAACCCUUUGCAGUACAGCCAACAAAACCUGUUCCCCGUUGGGGUUGGGAAUUACACCCUUGUUUGGCCAGGACACUCCAUAUUUACACCAGCUUUACGAUCCCCACCUACGCAGAGCUCUUUCCCUCACAAGAUUUAAUGUCACCGGCUGCAGUUUUGCAAGGUAGAUUCUCGAAAACUCCACUCUCUGAAAUAUACUGCCCUUGUGGCACAAAACAGGUCGAAUCCAUCAGACAUGUUUUAUUUUUAUUGCCCAUUUUAUGCAAAAAUAUCUUUGGCCCCUUAUCAAAGGAGGGGAUUUUUCACACUGACUCUUCCAGGGUGUCUUAUUUGCUGAACAGUUGUAGUAAUGACAUUGUGGAGAAUGUGGCAAGAUUUUUGAGUGACACUAUUAAAUUAUGUCACCACAGGUCCUAAGAGCCAUCUUUGUACUUCAUAAUAUCUUGACAGUUUUAUCCUAAAGUAUCUCCUGCUAUGUUACUGUAUUGUGUUCUGAUCCAUGUAUACAAUGCACUUCUAUGCCUAUAAAAGAGAUUGAUUGAUUGAUUGAUAUUUGUGGGUGAGGAAAGGAGGAGGGGGGAUUUCACCAAAUAAUCUUUGUAGUGGGUUGAAAGGCAAAAUUCUCCAACAAUUUAGGGGUGCUUGAAAAUGUCUUGGAAAAUUGCUGUGCUUUCCAUUAGCUUAAAAACAACAAUAUUGUUUUAAUGUACAAAGUUGUAAAUUUUUAUCUGUAAAGGGGAGGAUAAUGCAAAUACAGACACUCUGAAAUUUAAAAAAAUUGGAAGAUGAGUGGAGUGGAUCAUUCAGGAAAAACUAAUCAAGGAAAUCUACCCAUCCCCUUUUCAUUCCUUUGUCUGCCAUAUGUUCAUUGCUAAGAGUUUCCCCUACCCCCAUCAAUGUAACUUGACACCCCCUUCCUCUUCCUCUUCCAGAGCUUCCUUUCACCUGUGGCAUUUGGGUUUGGUACAGAAUACUUGUCACGCUAUGAAGAGCAAGGCCUUGGGCUACAGUGGGAUAACAUCCGAACCAGCCCACUAGAAGGAGAUCAAUACAGUUUCUUGUUCUCUAUGGAGAUGAUGGUUUUGGAUGGUUUUAUCUAUGGAUUGCUUGCUUGGUACUUGGAUAAUGUCUUCCCAGGUAUGACCAUGUCUCUUCCCUGUCCAUUUUAAAUAGCGGUAGCCUUAUGGACUCUGUUGCUGCUAAAGAGUGAUUUUAAUAGAACUGGAUUUUAAAGUUAGAGCUUGCCUAACUAAACAUUAAAAUAAAUCAAAUAAAUAGCAUCUCAGAAUGUUCAAUGCCAACUAGUUGAAACCUAGUGCAAACACUAGGUCCUGUGGCUCUGUGUAGUUACCACUGCAAAAAAGCAGUUAAUAAACAUGAUUAUAGCCUUGAAUAUAAAAUUUUGGUCCCUGUCCCUUACAUUAUGGUGUUUUGUCCCUGCUGUCAGCAUUUUGGCAAAUUAUGCACAAGGGCAAAAGGGCAAAGGAAGUCUCAGGCCACUAUUUGCAAUUUGCCAGGAGAACAUAUCAUAUGAUCUUAUAUUCUUUUGCUUUUGUUCAGAAGAGUACAGUAUAUGGCAUUUUAAGAAACUUGUCCUGCCGCAUAUUAUAUUUGUUCAAAAGCUAAAACAAAGCACCUCAAAAGAUCUUAUCUGAACAAGGUAAUCUCACACCUUACCAUUGAUUUCCCUCUUAUACGGGUUUCUAAAAAUGACGCUGGUUACCACCAGAUUGUUUCAGAGCCUUUCCCCUCCUGUAAAAGACUUGUAAUCUACUCCAUUUUAAGGAACUUUAAAAUAGCAUUUUCAUAUCUUAUCCAUGGUGGAAGCAGAUAUAAGCUUCUCAUUUCCUCGUUUACCAAACCCUCCCUAUUUGUCCCACAAGGUAAUUUUCUUUGGGGGGGCGAACACCCACAUGACAUCAUAUAUGUCACAAGGUGCAGGGAAGAUAAAGACACCACUGGGCUGCAGGGGGUGUUGUUUGUCUGCACCUGCAAAGCUGUGUGUACAGUGCUUUGUAAACUGGUUCUUGGGACUUGCAAAGCACUGCACACACAGCUGUGGAAGUGGCUACAGUUAGCUGACCAUCUGCACAGGCAAAAAUAGAUCACCUAGUGUCAUUGUGAUGAUUGGCUGGCUUGUGGUGGAAGACGGGGAGUUUCCCACCCCUAUGUAAGGUCAUCAAAGAAAACAUCCUUAGUACAGACGCAGAUCCAGCUUGCUAUGUCUUGGUUUAGGUAUGAGCUUCAGGAGCUCUUAAAGAUAGACCGAAAGAAGAGGCGAGUUUUAUGAGCCUAGGGAUUAAAAUCUGAGCUGGAGAAGAAUUCCCACCUGAUCUGCAAAACAUCAUCCCUCCCUUCCCGUUAAAAAUGUACUGACUGGAAGCAGGAGCAGCACAAAAGGGAAGGAGGUCUGUUCCUGCUUCUCUGGUGCGCUGCUACACAGCACACCAGGAGGAUAGUUCUCUCAAGAGCCACCGACACUACAGAAAGAGAAACAGAAUGAAAUCUUUUAAGGCAGCUGGACAGUUUCAUCUGCUGUGGCCCCUUAAUCUUUGGAAUUUGGAAAUCAACUUUGAGGGUAGGAUUUGCCCACAGGAAUCAAGUCACUUCAUAGUGUAAUGGAAUGCAGAGUAAUAGUUAGUGUAACUGAUGAUGUAGUGGCUAAGAAAGUGAGCUAGGAAAUCCCUGUUUCAAACCUUGCCUUAGGCAGAACACAUACUGUACAGGCUUUCACUGCCUGCUUAUUAAAGAUUCAACCAAUCCCUGGUCUGGGGAAUAGCUUAAUUCCUUAAUUAAAUUGAGUUUCAGUUUUGAAAACAAAAGCAAUCGGGAAUGUGGUUAUUCUCCCUCUGUCCCUUUCCCUCUGUAAAAAAACUUUACAGCCAAGACGGUGGUGGGUGGCUGUGCUUUGUUUGAACUUCUAGUGCACAGCAAUGUUUGCUGCUAAUGAAACACCAAGUAAUUAUUGCAGCGUAAGAUUUGCAUAGAUGGGUUCUUCCCCAUGGCAAAACACAAAGAGGUUUAUGCACCCUACCAACUUGUUUUUGUUUCAGGAGACUAUGGGAUACCACGGCCUUGGUAUUUCCCUUUCCAGCAGUCUUACUGGCUAGGGUCAGGGCACCCAAAGGCUGAGAAAACAACAACUGUGGAUGGUGAGUUAUGUGGAAAAACUGGUGUUCAGAAAUAACUUGAGAACUGCUGAUCCGUUUAGAGGCGAAUGCUCUCUUGCAUUCAUUAUGGGAGCCAUUGUAAAGAUUAGACACAGGCUUACAGUGGGAAUCUUAGCAGGUGGCUUUGAACUCUGAGUGGCCCACUGUUAUUAAAAGUGUUGCCGGAGAGCGAGUCGGGGUUCUGUCUGAAAUCUUUCUAAAUUAUGCUGAGAUUAACUGGCGGCCUGCAAAUCAUGUCUCUCUUACUGAUCUGUCUGGAGAUAGUUGACAAGGACUAUUAUGACAACUGCUGAAGGAAGUAGCAUGAUUCUGAUGUUAACUGAGCUGGCACUGGAGUGACACUGGAGGUAUAGCAUUUCACUGUUCCUGGAAAUAUUCUGUAAUCUCCCUUCCCUCUUGCCCCCCACCCCAAGUGAAACCAUACUUCUGACGUGUCCCCAAACAUGGGCUAAAACUGGUCCAACACACAGAUGUGACCAACGCUUUUGCAAGUGGUCUGAACUAAGCCUGAUACUCAAAGACAACCCAUGUUCCCUUUAGUCUUACGAUAUCUGUUUUCUCAAUGCAAAUAUGUUGGAAGAUCCAGGUCCUCUCUUUCUGAUGCUGCCUUUUUUCAGCAGCAACCUGAGACUGGAGCAGACUUCUACAGACAUGGAGCAGGAUGCUCUCACAUCUACCAAGAGAUGCAUAAUAGAAAGGCAAUAUGCUUCAGCCCAUUUGAGAUAGGCGUGUUCUUGCAUCCUGACCAUUUGGGAACUGGUCCACACAUCCAAGAUACAUAGAAGCAGACUUGUUCCCUGCAUUUUUAGCAAAAGCCUUCAAGAGACUUAACAGCAUCUUAAAAGCAAACCAUUUGUUAUGACAUAAGCUUUCAUGGACUACAGCCCAACUUCAUCAGAUGUAUGAAGUGUGAACCUGAGUAUUUGUACAUGUAGUUUCAAACGUAUCAUUGGUGAUCUACGUAGAGCCCAUGCUGGAGAACUGCACUUCCUUCCAUUGGAGGUGGGCAUGUACUUGGUUAAAGAGAACCUCCCUCCUUAAAACAGCAACAACAGGUCACAAAAUGGAGCUGCAGACACAGGGAUCAGACCCAACUCUGCCCAGUGUCUACUCUGGCAACAAUACUGAGAUCAUUCACAUGAUCAUCUUCCAUUGUGAUAUAUGCCAUCAUCUGCCAGAAAGCCCUUCUGCAACAGGCCAGCCUCUUUGCAAAAGAAUAAAUGGGCAGAAGUCUGACAUUAGAAAUUGUGAUAUUCAAAGCCAGUGUGAAAAUUUCAAGCCUUAGCAUGACCAGCAAUGGAGUGAAGGAACUUCAAAUGAAGACUGCAAUGUGAAACCACUGAAUUACAACACACCAAGAGGUUCAAUGCUAUCACUUAUGGACUGAACCGAGAGGAUUUUGAGCACAUUAUAUGUGUUAAUUGACAUAUCAACGCCAGGAUGUCUUUGUCCCCCCCUCCCGCCCCAGAAUUACCACUGUUAAUAACAUAAUUAUAAUUGCUUGUGCUUUUCUAUAUUUCAUUUCCCUUUGACCUCAUGGUUUACAAUCCCCCCCCCCAAAAAAAGAGAAAUGAUGCUUAUAUAUAUACCUAUAACUCUGGAUGAUACUGCAUUCCAUUUAGCAAAGUCCACAAAGAAUAUGCCAUGAUAAAUUUGAUAACCUUUAAGGUGCUGAUGCAUCUGCAUUCCUGGCUUGGGUUUAACUUCCUAACAACAUCUCAUUGACACAGCACCUCUUCAGAUUUCUGAUACAUCCAAGGAAGAACCUGGUCAGAUGUUAUGUCCUCUGUUGGGUCCCUAGGAAUGGUCAUAUGAAGGAUACUCUGGAUUGUAUGAACUGGCUCGAUCUGCGUGCAUGUUAAGGAUGCUAAACUAGUUUCCAUUAAGAAAAACCUCCAAUCAUCCAGCUCCAUUGAAUUAUCAAUGAUGUUGAAAUCUAUACUGUGAGUCCAAGUGCCUGGAAUAGAUGCAUAAACAACUCAUUCCAGAAUCCACAAAACCACAGUGACAAACAGUUGCUAUACUACAGAGAAGGGAGGAGAAAAUCUGUUAUUUGCAUGGCUGUUCUGUUUCUCGCUGCCAUAGUACUUCACAGGCUAUGACAGGCUGUUUGAAUCUGGUUCUCAGCAGAGGAAGGUACUUCUGGGCCAGCAGGAGGCUACUCCCCUCUGCAAACAACCUGAAACCUCUCCCACCAGCACCAUCCCAGUCAUGGCACAUGUCAGGUUCAGAGUGGGAGAAAAGGGCAGCAACAUUGCCCCCCUUGGAAUCGGAUUUGCUUUUGUUGCAUUCUCAGCUGAAAGUACAGCUUUCCCACUGGAUGUCCUGUGAGAGGAAUUCAGAAGAACAGAGGAUGCAUCUGUUUGUUACUAUUGUCAUUGCUUCUGUUUUCCAGCUUCCAGGAUGCCACAUAUCAAAGCAGCCUUGCAAGGCUAUAUACUAUGAGGAAUAUUUAGGCAAAGCUUUUUAAGGCAUUGAUAGGUUGCAGGGGUAAGGUGGGCAGAACAAUUAAUGCAAAUGCUACAUUGUGCAGUAGGCUACAUGCAUUCACACAACAAACUCUCCUCCACCCAGGCAAUGAAGAGCCAUUAUCAGAGUUAAAGGACAUAAUCCAGUAAAGCAAAAACACUCCAGGAGGGUGCGAGACAGGCCUAAUAAGGAGUGAGGCUUGGGGAGAGUUCCAAGGGCCAGGUAGAGAGGCCUGGAGGGCCACAUCCAGCCCACAGUCCUGACUUAGAAAUUAGCGCACAACCGUUUGAUCCUUCUCUUUUGUCCUUUCAGCAUUUCUCUUGUUUGUUUUUCCAUAUAUGUCAUUUGCUUUUAUAUAUGCAAUUGCUCAUAUGUUUUUCCUGUAAAUUGCUCUGGGAUUUCUUUUAGGAAGCAAUUCCUAAAUGAAAUAAGUAAUCAGCAAUAGCAGCAUGGAUCUUCAUGUUGAGAGCAUCAGCAAAGCCCACUGAAAGACAUUAUUUUAAAAAUGUUGCCAGCUUCAGUUCAGCCUUUCUCCACCUUCAGUCCCCGAAUAAUGAUGGACUACAACUCCCUUCAUGCUUGACCACUGCUCCUGCUAGCUGGGGGUGAUGAGAGUUGUAGUCCAAUGACAUUGGGGGACCCGAGGCAGAGAAAGGCUGCUUUAAAUCUUUUAACAACAGAGUAGUGCAUCCAUGUCAUGUCCUUAGAAUCACCAUCUGCCUGGUGUUUUAUGGCCUCACCUGGUUAUUCGACACAUGUGCUGGCAGCCAAUAAAACACCUGGGUUAAACCUGUAUCAGUGCAGGUGCCCCCUCCUACCAUGGGACAGUGGCCACAAAUACACUGAUAGGGAAAAUGCAAUAGGUGCUGUGACACUGGCUCAGACACUGGGAGAUGAGGCAAGGGAUUAGCUCACCUUGCCACUUGCGUGUAACAAGCUAACAGAGCAAGGACUUGAACAUCACAGGAAUGCAAAGCAUACCCUGAUCACUGAGGCAGUAAGUACACUGUGAACACAAUACAUAGUGGAAUAGGAAACACUCACUCUAUAGUAGUAAGAAUCACAUCUAGUUUAAUAUUGUUUUCUGAGUCUCACUUGCAGUCAUUGUGAUUUAGGAACAAAACUUCCUGUUGGGAAAUUUUAAAAUUUAAGGUCCUAGUCCUCUAGAAGAGCUGUAAAAAAAGAGAUUUAAACCACAUAGAAUGCUUCUCCUUAAGCUUUGUUGGACAAGGGGCAAGAAGUUCCUGGCAUUUUGUAGUUUAAUUAACAAUUCUAUGUAUUUUAAAAGACCUAUACCCAACCAGAUGUGGCCUUCACUAUUUAGGCAUGUGCCUUCUGGUGGUCGUGAUACACACACACACACACACACACAGAGAGAGAGAGAGGGAGAGAGAGAGAGAGAGAGAGAGUCUUCUGUUAAAUGUUGCUGUUUAAAUGAAACUUACAAUCGCAUCCGCACCAUGCAUUGAAAGCACAUCUAAAUCACAGUACUUUCACCAAAGAAUCCUGAGAAAUGUAGUUUAUCCCUCACAAAGCUACCUUUCCACCCCCUCUCAAAGACUUAUGGGUAUGGUAGUUUACCCCUCAAAAAGUUACACUGCCCAGCAACCCUUAACAAAGUACAAUGCCCAGAAUUCUUUGAGGGGGGGAAUAUGUUUACAAUGUGCUAUAAAGGUGUAGUGUGUACUCGAGACUGACAGCAAUGGUUGCCUUUUAAAAAUUACUUGAUUUCUGAUUAACCUAGACAAAGGUUCAGAGAAGGAAGGCAGUGUCAACAUGAAGGCUGAAGAAGAAGAGAUGAGAAAGAGCAUGGCUGAUGAACCCGACAGGGGGAAAACCCAGACAGACAGCCCGUUGAAGAAGGAUGGUAAAGAAAACAAAUGUAAACACAAAAGGAAACCAGAGUACAUCGAGCAGGGGAAGCCUGAGGCAGAGGCAAAAGGCAAAGAUGAAAUGACUAGUAAGGAGAGAGAGAAGCGGAGUAAUCGCAACUCUUUUUGUGUUAUACAUUUGAACUUUGAUGUGCUCCUUUGUCGCCAGUUCGUUUGUCUGCCUAUGUGGUGGUGUGUGAAUAGCUCCAGGUGGGUGUAGCAGAGUAGCGGCAUCUCACUUUAUUGUCCCAGGAAGGCCAAUUCCAACAAAACAGUCUGAAGAACUCUUCGUUGGAGGUUGGCAUACAAAGUUAGCACAAUCAGGGUGAACAGUUCGGUCUAGCUUCCUCUCAGACAUCUAUAAAGCUUUUUAAAUGGGUCAGCAUUCAAACAUGGUAUGCACACUGAUGUGAUACAGGCCAGGGGAAAAAACACUUCUGCCUGAUUCUCUUUGCUGUGCAAACUGACCCUCUGAAGUAAUAUUUGGGCACAGGGAGUCACCUUCUGCAGAACUGGAGUUUUUGCACUUGGUGAAAAGUUGGUGAUUCAAGCACUGAGCACGAGCACACAUUCUUUCAAACUUAUUGAAUGAAACCCCAGGCCAUUUGGGUUCAUCCUGUGUGAUGAUGGGUGAAUGAAAGCAGGGAUCUUCCUUCAAAAAGAUCUAGCUUGUAAAGAAGCAAAGAUCUCUUUACCAUAUCUCCUCCUAGCACCUUGUUGGCUUAUUCCCCAGAUUGCUGCAAGUCCCAAAACUCUGCAGACGUUGGUCUGCCUUAGAAUAAAUAACUGACAUUCCCUUUUCUAGCCUGUGACCUUUAGGCAGCUUGUGUGAUGAAUGUGUUUUUGAAAAACACAGAUUUGAAAAGAACAUAAUUCAGGAUCCAUUGAAUUGAAUUUCUUCUCAGCUUCCUUUAUUGUAUUUGGAAUGGGGAAAGCUAAAUCCAUGUCCUAGAAACUUUCAUAUAUCUUUGUAGUAUUGAAUCCAAGGACUUUAUGCAUCAGUAGUAUCAGGAAACUUAAAAAAUAUCCUGCACAGAUGACUGAUGACUAAAACAAGCUAUCCAUGUUGCAGUGCUCCAUGUUUUCUUGCUAAAAAAAAGUAAUGAAUUUUAAAUUUAAAAUAUACUGCUGUCCCACCAACACAAAUACCUGCGUUGAAAAUGUACGCACAAAACAUCUUGUGUUCUCAUGUCUCCAGCCCAUCAUACGUGAUUGAAAAGGCACUCUGGUGCCUUGCUGUGUCAGCCUGAGUCUGGGAGCAUAGGAUGGAUCCAAGCCUCUCUUCUUCCAAGUUUUGCCCACCAAACCUGAAUGCUGAAUAUGCCAUCAGAAGCCAUCAUGAAGGCAUGGUUGUAAACCUGUGCCCUGUUAGGUCACUUCAGACUGCAAGUGGAAGGAAGGUUUUUUAAAAAAAACAAAAAAAAAUAGGGCAGGAGAGUCACAUACAUUUCUCGACAAUACCUUAUUAGUAGAAAGGGACAUGCCUGGACUGAGUUGACUGCACCCUAACAUAACUCUUCUGAUCCUGAAAAGUUAAGUAAGCAAACCCUUAUGGAAACUCCUCUUGCAAAUCUUAAGGUAACUUGGAUAAACACAAGUCAAAAGACUCUUGAUUUACAUCAUCUCAAAUGCCCAAGGGGGUCGUUUACUUCAAAGGCUGUUUCUUUGGCCCAGAAUUAAGCAAAAUAAAACAGUCCCCAUGGUGGCAUUUAAAAUGGCAGUCUUAUGAGCUCAGUCUUCUGGAUGGUCUGUAUUCAGUGGGAAACCCAGGCCUUGAUCUUUCCUCCUGCACAAGGGUGAGUUUCUCCCACCAAGACAAAAAGAAAACAAUGUUAUUCUAAACUCUGGUGAUCUCAUUCUGUUCCCCUUUUUUUGUGUGUGGGGAGGAGUGGAAUAAGAAAAAAAUAAAGUUGUUCAAGUGGACAGAUGGAUUGUUUCCAUGCCAGAUUUUGUUGUCACUGCUGAUAAAGGCCUCCUGCUGCUUUCUCCUGUGCACCAUAAGAGGCCACUUUAAAUUGCCCUGUGCCAUGGCUGUGACUCUGUAGUGAACUAUUGUUCACAGUUGCUGGUCAGUUUGCAGAUUGGGCUCCCCCGCACCCUCAGGGAGGUUGGGGGUUCAAUUGGUGGCUGGAAAAAAAAGCCCUUUGUAUGUUUGGGAGGGGAAAUUCUCAGAAAUUACCUUCUCAUAAGUCUCUUAUCAGAAAUUUUGACUUGGUUCUCCACAUAGUUGGCUAUACCGGCAAGUGGAGCAAUUUAAAGUAGUCCUAAUAUGAAUAUUCGUAAUGGCCAAGGGCGAUCCUCAGUGUGAUAGAAGGUCCACGAAAGCUUUGUCAGCAACAAAUGUCCAUGACCAUUAUUGUUAGCUCUGACCUGACAGUUUCCACAAAAAUCACUGCAGGUCCGAUUCUUUGUGGGCUAACCAUGAUGCAACCCAGGAAAAAAAAUGUGUACUGUUAAGGGGACAGUGAACCAGAAUGUGUUGCAAUGCAACUGCUUCUUCUAAUAAUUAUAAUAUGCUGUGUUUCUUAGAGCUGUAGUCACACACCUCUACAGCUCACCUCUGCAGUUGUUUCAUUAUUAUUUUUUUAAUAUUAAAAAAAUCUUUGUUUCAAGCAAACUUGCACUUUGAAGAGGAGCCUUCUGGUCUGGUCCCAGGCGUGUGUAUUCAGAACCUGGUGAAGAUCUUCCCCGGUUGCUCUAAGCCAGCUGUUGACGGAAUGACUAUUACGUUCUAUGAGGGUCAGAUCACUGCUUUUCUUGGCCACAAUGGAGCUGGGAAGACAACCACUAUGUGAGUCAGCCAGAGAUAAGAUUAUCAUGCUGCUAAUUCCAUUUUUUCCCCUUGCACUUGAUAUUCUGCCUUCCUUCCAUCAUGGAACCCAAGGUAGCAGACACGGUUUCCAGGUGGCUACCCAUCCGGGCACUUAGCAGAUCCAGACCUGCUUAGUUUCAUCAAGAUGCUAGCCUCUUAUGCUAUAUACUAACAUUACACGCAUACACACACUAUACUUGCACAGGUACAGGUUUUAUACAUAGCCACCUUUGUUAUUGUUCUUAAGUUAUAUUCAUAAUUUUAGUUCACUGACAAUAAGACAAAACUAGGAUGUAAUGCCCUUUUUUAAAAGGGAGGGAGGGAAAAGAAGGUGUGGCUUGUAAAACUCCAGUUACAGAUAAGAGUUGAAGAGUGAAGAUACAUUUCACACCUGUAACCUCAGCAAACACUUUCUGAAAUAAAGUGCUGUAGGUAGUAUGUGUGGGAUGAAGGAGGAGGGUAAACCUGCUGAUAAGUGAGCUCCCAGCGGUUCAGAGUGGUCUCUGUAUUCAGAAAAUAUUUGUGUAUUUUUUUUAGCAUUCUCUCCAGACUUGUCAUGUUGGCAUUGGUGUGUAUGCAGGUGUGAUCAUUUUGGCCUUGAGACUGUAAUUUAGUUUCCUGUGCCCCAGUGGAGAAUCAGCCAUGAUGGAAAGUUCAACCACUGCCACUCUCAUUACCAACAAACACGCCUGAGAACAAGAGAGGGGUUUCAAUCUAGAUAUGGGACACUAACCACAACCAAAUGCAUGUAAAUAACAAUCAAGGGAAGUGAUUGACCCUCAUAGAGUCUCACUAAACAAACUGCUCUUUGUUUAUCAGGUGAUCUGGUAGUUUGCAGUGAUCAUCACAUGAUUAGUGAAGAGUAAGCAAUGAACAUAAUUUUUUUUUUUUAAAUGUGCAGUAGGUUUGGGGUGCUUGGUCAGCAGAAUCUCAUUUAACGUUCUGAGCCAGAGAAGAACUUCUCAGGAAAAUGGUAUUCAAUUCAUAAUAAAGCUGAGCAUUCUAAAAUGGACAAGCUCAUGUGCUGAGCCAAGUAGUUACAAAAUUCACUAACAUCGCUAGAGAUGACAGGAGGCUGAGCUUGCAUUUAUCUCUCUACUCUGAUGCUAGUUCCUGUUAAUUUCACUGAAUGGUUCUUCAUUUCACAAACAAAACUGAAAUUCUCUAAUGUGUGUGGCUCAAAAGAUAGGCACAACAACCUUAAAUGCUUAUUGCUGCUGACAAUUAUACUUGGGUAUGCAUAGCUAAGAACAAUAUGGAGGAUAGAACAUAUGUGUGUGUUCCCCUCUAAAUUGCAUGCCAAUUGUUGUUGUCAUAGUGAUUCGGUCCAUUUAAUCAACUCUCCAAAUAACCUGUUCUGCUUUGCAGCCCAGGCACAUAGUUAGGUAUUGGGGUUUAUUUUAAUUUCUGCAUGUAUUGUAAAUUUACAUAGCCAUAUAUUUUGUUUCCUGGGGCAGUUCUGGUUUUAGAUACAGCAGUAAAUAUUGUUUAAAAUGAAGGUAAUCGUCUUGUUUCCUACAGAGGAUUGCUCUUACUCUCCCGUCUUAACUAGUGUGAAUUAUAAACAUGGAUCACCCUUAUCGGUGAUCACAUUGGCUUGUGCGGGGGUGGGGGGAUAAUUCCAAGACCUCGGGAGAAGGAAAUGCCUAUCUUAUAAAAGUGGAAGUAAUAGGAGAAACAAAAGCAGAUGUCUCUCUGGAAGAGCAGCAUUUUUUUCCUGGGGUCAGGUCUUCUUAAAUAUGCUCAGAGAGACGGGGAGUCUUUAGUCUGAAAGAAUUGAAAAAGCAAUGAAGUCAGCAAAGUUGAUAUGCCCCUCAGGCUUAGGAGAGUUCCAGGUGCAUUGUUUCUCAGGGGUCUGGACAAACAUUUCCUUGGCUUUUGGUUUCUACUGCCCCCAGGUUUCUUCCUGAGUAGCUAUUAUAUGCUGUGGCCAGGUCAGUUUUUCAAAAACUGUGGACACUGCAGAUCUGCUCCAUCUUUCCUUUCUUGUCACUUGGCUUGUACUUUGGGGGUUUUCUGCAAUCUGAGCUGCACAUUAUGUUCUCUUGGGUUCUGUUCUUGAGCUAGAACAGACAUUAUCUUUGCAAAUGUGUGUGCCCCAUCCCAUGUUUGACAAGAUCAAUGGGGAAUUCAGGGGUGGGAAGCGCUGAAAGGGGGGAGGAUCAGCAAGAAAAAGCCUACUUCCCCUAUCCUGUGCCUGCUUGUUGUCCCCCCACCCCCGAGUGCCACCACUUCAAGGGUAGAGAUGGGGGAGAAAUUAGAUGUGGUUCACAUUUUAAGGUGAAACAACCCGAUUUGCCCUUUCCAAAACAGUGCAGGAACUGAAACACAGCCAUCCUUCAAAAUUCACACUUCUCUGAAUUUUGCAAUGUAGUUAUUCAUCCAAGCAAUGUGUGCCAAAUAUAUAUAUAAUACUUAUUCUAGAUCAAAGAGCACAUAAAAUGUGCAUGUUGGCAACAUGUUAACAUUCAGUUUUAUGUGCAUGGCAAAAAAUAAUAAUUCAAAAGGGGACAGGGUUCCAGGAAAAGUGACUUUGGAAAUCCAAUGUGUUUUGACUAUAUGCGAUUUUGGCUUUAGGUGCAAUACCCAAAAAUAUAACAACCGUGUAAAUUGUGGGUUUCUGUAGUAGGCAAAAUUGCACACAAAUGUGUGUAUAUUAGAAGAUAUUCACUGAUGACUUUUCAUUUAAAAAAUGCAGACUGGUGCAAAAAACUGAAAGAUGAGCGCCGCAACCCCAGAGUCGUUCACGACUGGACUUAACUGUCAGGGGUCCUUUACUUUUUUUAUUCCUUUCCUAGGCCCACUCAGUCUUACUUCCACUUGCAGAGCCAGGAUGAAAUGUUUUUGUUUUAAUGUUCCAAGGGUUGCAUUUGCAAGGAACAGAUAAACUUCCAUUUGAAAAUGCAAGUUAUUUAAUUUUUGACCAAAACCGUCUCAGUAUUACAAGUGUUUCAGGUUCUGCCUACAGCCUCCUCAGAUCUCAUGUAGUCUUUUGUGAAAGAAAAAACAGAGAGUUCUGUUCCGAUAGUUUUCAUCAAAAAUAAAACUUAAACCGUUUUUCUUUCAGUAUCCCUUUAAUGAUAUAGCUCAGCAGAACUAAUAAUAAUGACUUAAUGUUGUUCUCCCCCUAUAAAUGUGUGCAUGUGCGUAUGUCUUGUUCUUGUUCAUUCUUAAGUUUAGAUCCAGCAAGCAGAUCUGUAAAGCUGUCUUUAGAUUUGCAUUUUUUCCAAAACGUGUCUAUAGACAAAAGCGCCACCUAGUGGUGCCCCAGGACAUUAUCUCAACUGAUCUGAUACUGCUUUGUUUUUUUUAUUUUGUAAAUAACAGCUGUAUAAUUAUUGAUAAACAUCACCUGUUUCUCAUGUUGUUUGGCCAGGUCUAUCCUCACAGGUCUGUUUCCACCUACAUCUGGAACAAUACUGGUUGGUGGGAAAGACAUCCAGACAGACUUGGACUCCAUACAGCAGAGUCUAGGCAUGUGCCCGCAGUACAACAUUUUGUUCAGUCAGUAAGUGCUGCCAGGGAUUUGCUUCAAAUUUGCUUCCAAGUAAUGUGUUUCCCGACUGAAAGGCCGCAAUUGUUCUGACUACCUGAUGCAAGUCUUCUGUUCGCCUAGCAGACACACAUUGAUACAAGCAACCCCAACAUGAAAGUGUGCUUGUGUUGGUUUUGCUCUGUGAUGAUUAUUUAGGCUUUAGUUAGGACCAUAAUUCACACUCGUGGGAAUGAACUUAGGCAAAAUGUCAACACUGACACUCAAAAGGAUUAUAUCAUUCUGCAACUCAGAGGCAAGUUUGUGGGUGUUUGUUACCAUUUUGAGAGAAGAAGACAGCCAAUCCCUUUUGAACCUGCAAAACUUUUUCUAUGAUGAUGUUGCAUUUCCAGCAGACUGUUACUUCUUCUCCCCCUCACAAAAUCUUCUAGGUUGUAGACAGAAGUGGUUAGAGAAAAGCUUAGCUCUGACAUUAUAGUACUGUAUUCCCUUUUCCCUUAUGUCACCUCUGGAUAAACAAGGUUUGCAGGCUUCUGAAACGUUUCAGAAACCUUGCACCAGAUGAGCUUACAGCAGAGGCCUCUCUGUCAAACUGGCUUCAGCUCUCUGUGGGUGGAAGCUUUUGCAUCUUGUUUCUACAGUAUAAUAGUGCAACAUGCUUUGUCUCUUUUGGCCAACUUAAAACAGCACUGUUUCUUUUCUAUAGCCUUACUGUUGCAGAACACCUCCUGUUUUAUGCCCAGCUAAAAGGGAGAACCAGAGAGGAGGCAGAAUUGGAAAUGGAAAUGAUGCUGGAAGACAUAGGCCUUCCACAUAAAAGGAAUGAAGAGGCUCAAAACUUAUCAGGUAUCCAAAGGUUUGAACCCUCAAAGUCCUGUGUACCUUUUUAGCUCUUGAAUAUUAACCAUUCACUGCUGCCCCUGAGGGCAGAGUUAGAUGCUCUGUUUAACCUCACCCAUGUUCAUCCCAGCACAUAUUGGCAAAAUUGUAGUAAAAGUACAGUAAAAAGUAGAGUGCAUGAUUAAAUAGCUGAUAUUUUUGCACCUCUUAGUGGCAUGAGAAGCCCACCACCUGAUGAAGCUACAGCACUUUAUUUUAUAACAGGGUCUUCCCCACAUAUGGUUUUGUUCACUGAUACGUAAUAGAAGAGUAUUCUCCUUCUGUGACUGCAUGUUGUUUGCUUAUCCUAAGGCUGAAAAGGAUGUGAUGUUCACACAGUCCGAGCCAUUCCUGAGACUGGGAUAUUCUAUACUCGGAUAUCUAAUUUCUCUGAAGGAUUGAAGAAAUGUGCUUUUGCUUUUAACCUAUUUUGCAUGUUGAUGUUCUUUGUCGUUUUCUUUGUGAGCUGCUUUGAGUUAUUUUAUAUGGUAAAGCAGAAUAUAGCUUUUUAAGAAAUCCCAAAGCAACAGCAGUGUUUUGCCAGUUGUAUCAGAAUCAGGCGUCUUGUGGCGCCUUGCAGUCUUAACGCAUUUAUUGCGGCAAAAGCUUUUAAGUGGUCUCUGGUCUAAAAAAAGCUUAUCCUACAUUUAACAUGUUAGCCUUUAAGUGCUAAAUCGUCUGUUACAUUAAAUAUUUGAUUAUUGCUUGUUGAGGAGCAGUCUCUUUUUUCUAGCUGACUCUAGCUGCGCUCUCUUGUUUUCCUUAGGUGGCAUGCAGCGAAAGCUGUCCAUCGCCAUUGCGUUUGUAGGCGAAGCAAAGGUGGUUGUCCUAGAUGAACCCACUUCAGGAGUUGAUCCGUAUUCCAGACGAUCCAUUUGGGACCUCCUGCUGAAGUAUCGUUCAGGUAAUCUGUCCUCAGAAUGAAAACUUGGUUUGGUUUUUUUCUUUAAAACCUUUUAAUAGCAUUCCCUUGUUUCAAAGCUUCUUGAUGAUGUAAAGAUAGCAGUCUCUCUGUGUGUGUAUACACAGAAAAGGACCAUGGAUUUCAGACAAAGCAGACUGUGCUUGAUCUCUCACUGUCUAAGGCUGCAAUUUGUGCUCCAUCUACCCGUUAAUAAUUAUACAUUCUUUCUGAAGAACUAUGAAGGAAUCUUCCCAUUCAAAUGAAAAGGCAGCAAAGAUUGACAGAUUAUAGGCUCUGCAUAUGGGGUGCACUGAGUAUCUGUUUUGGCUAAAUUCAGCAAAUUACGUAGUUGUUGAUUGUUAGUAGCGGUGACAAUGCUUAGAUAUUUUUUCCCCCUUGGGUGGGUGGAAUAUCUGCCCCAGCCUCUCAGCUUUACAUAAUUGUCCCAUGUUAUUGACUGUCAAGCUUUUGCAUGCUAACUCCCUAAGGUUAUUAAGUAAUGUCUGAUUAUAUAAUAGACAAGAGGCCUGCAGCCAGUGUUUUCACAGGUGAUUUACUAUUUUUUUAUCCCAUUUAGGGAGAACCAUCAUUCUGUCUACUCACCACAUGGAUGAGGCAGACAUCCUUGGCGACCGGGUUGCUAUCAUUUCCCAGGGAAGGCUGCACUGCUCAGGAUCGCCUGUUUUCCUAAAGAAUUCCUUUGGCACAGGCUUCUAUCUCACCUUAGUCCGCAAGAUGAAAAACAUCCAAGACAGUGGAGGAAAGGAGGCUGUAAGUGUUUGGCACCAUUUUGCACAAGUAACCUGUAAGCAUUAUUCAUCCCCCAAUAUUCAAAUACAAAUACAGUACACUGCGAGUGACAUUUUAUUUGUAUACAUUCUGCUUAAUGGGGGGGGGGGGGAGGAACAAGAGGCACUUUGAUUAAUCAGGGACAGGUAACUGACCUUUCCUGUCCGCAAUUGUUCAGAACUCUCUCCAGCUCCGCACCCUUGAAGGUUUGCCAAUGAGGUUCUAUAAUUCCUACUCCAUUGACACCAUAGAACACAGGGCAGUUGAGUGGAAGGGCCUCUAAUGUUGGGACAGAAAAAGUGGGUGACAAUUGGGUGGAGAGGGGAAGUUGAAAAUAAGGAGAUGAUAAUAUGCUGAAAAAAGACCAUGCAGCUCUAACUCAGUGUUUUCAAAACCUAAAAGUCUAAAAUAAAGAACAAGAAAUGCUAUGAUGAAACAAGUCCUUGAUCUGAAAGUUCCUAUGUGUAAACCAGAAGCUGUUUCUGAGCAAUAAAACAACUUACCUUUCUUUGCAAUGUAUUGAUUGUUAACAGUGAUUAAUUAAUCGGCUGUGUUAGCUGGUUUAAUAUAUCAUAUAAAGAAAGGUCAUUCAGGUUAGUUAGACCAGACAGUGAAUUCUAGUCUGCAUCUCCUCAAAUCAUUUUUAUGCCCAAAAUGAUAGGGGGGGUCGUCUAUGAGGAAAAGUUGCAGCAUUUGAGAUUUUUUUAGUUUAUAGAAGGGCAAGUACAGUGGUACCUCGGUUUAUGAACAGCCCUGUUUAUGAACUAUUCGGUUUACGGACUCUGCAAAACCGGAAGUAGUGUUUCGGUUUGUGAACCUUACCUUGGUCUACAAAUGGAAGCCGAAUGGUGGAAGGGCACCGGUGGCGGGAGGCCUCAUUAUGGAAAGCACGCUUUGGUUUAAGAACGGAUUUGGUUUAAGAAUGGACUUCAGGAACGGAUUAAGUUUGUAAACCGAGGUACCACUGUAAGAGAUAUUUAUAAAAUUAUGUAUGGCGUUGAUGAAUUGGAUAGAGAAAAGUUUUUCUCCGUCACUUAUGGCACUAGAAGUCGUGGACAUACAGUGAAGAGGAAGGGUGGAAGAUUCAGGACAGAAAUAAGGAGAGCUUAGUUAAAGAGUGGAACUUGCUGCCACAGGGGUGGCCACGAAUUUGGAUGGCUUAAAAAAAAUGAUAAGAUGAAUUCAUGGAGGAUAAAGCUAUCAAUGGCUGGACAACAUGGGCCAUUGGCCUGAUCCAGCCGGCUCGUCUUAUGUUCUCAUGUCCUCACUCAUAAUCAAGAACAGCGUACAUUGCAGUACCACUUGAAUGCAAAGGUUACACAAGCCCUUAUUAUUCUCCUUAUUUAUUUGUUUUUCCCUCUUAAGGUUUACAGCUCACCUUUCCACCAUUGUCCGCAAGGUAAUUUUAACGAUUGCAUGUGACUUAUGAUAGGACAGCCUUGAACUGCAAAAUACAAGGAACACUAUAAAAGGCAUGCCUACAAAAUUGCCAACUCCCAACCGAAGUAUCAAGCAGUUCCCAAGAAUAGCUGGUUCAACAAAGGUUGAAAACAAUUAUUUGGAAAGCCUGAUCAGCAAUCAUUCCUGAUAAACACUAUACUUAGCGCGUAUUAUGAUCACAUUGAAGCUGAUAAUGUGACUUGUUCCUCGUUCACCUUCCUCUUGCUUAUCUGAUUUUAGACCUCUUGCAGCCUGGGAUCAAAAUGCUCGUGUUCCUGCUCCAGCUGUGUGCCCACAAACAAAGCCGAAACUGUGGAACAGGAACUGGAUGGUGAGAACAGGGUUUGGCCGACUUGUUCAUUGCACAACAUUAUGAAAAUGUUUAUUGAGUUACUUAUACCUUCAUGGGCCGUAACCAUGAUAACUAAAUGGAGUGUCCAUGUUCAGAGGCAGCUGGGACAAAUAAACUGGGAAGGGCGUUCAUGCCUUGCUUGUGCCCCUCUUAAGAGGCCUCUCUGAGGUGUCAUCCUUGGAAACAGGAUGCUAGGUGGAUCCUACUUCUGACCCAGGGGAGAUCUUCCUGUGUUGUUUUUUUAUAGUCUGCAGGGGUGCCAACGAAUAAAAUAUUGGGGGGCAGGUAAGUCCUGCCCCACAUAAUAGAUCACAAGAAGCAGCACACACACACCAUUCAAAUGGCAAUGCCCAUCAACUUUGGGGGCCCCUGGCUCCCUCAAAUAUUUUAUUUAGGGGGGCAAAGGGACCUUGGCUCCAAGGAGUUGGCUCCUAUGGUGAUUACAGUCUCUAGUAAGCCUCUACAUGAACUGUGUAUCUUGGGAGGACAGCUCUUCCUAACUGGCUUGUUGAAAUUCAAACAACUGUCGAUUCAGUAUGGCGUAGUGAUCAGUGUCAGACUAGGAUGUGGGAGACCAGGGCUCAAAUCUUCACUCAUUUAUGAAGCUUACUGGAUGACCUUAUUCCAGUCAUAACCUUCAAGGCCUAGCCUGUAUCACAUGGUUGUUACGAGGAUAAAAUGGGGAGGGGGAGAAGAACAAUGGAAGGCACCUUCAACUCCUUUGGGGAAACAUGGGAUAUAAAGGUCGGAAGCAAGUAAAUACUUAAACAAACAAGCAAUUUGCCAUUCAUUUUUUCCAAACUCUGUUCUGCCUCUUUGCAGGUGAUGUGAAUGAACUAAAUGAACUGAUCCACCACCAUGUUCCAGAAGCCAAGUUAAUAGAAAGUAUUGGUCAGGAACUUAUCUAUCUUCUACCCAGUAAGAAUUUCAAACAGCGAGCAUAUGCAAGUCUCUUCAGGGAAUUGGAGGAAACCCUGGCAGAUGUGGGACUCAGCAGUUUUGGGAUCUCCGACACGCCCCUUGAAGAGGUUGUUAACUUUGUGGAGUGUUCUCGCUCUCUGUCCCGCCCGUCUUUUCUUUCAUAAUUUUGGGUUGACGUUUAUACCCCAUCAGUAAUAAGAUUUUUGUAAAUAUUAAGUGUGUGUCUGAGUUCUUAAGAGAACAAGAAUCCUAUCUGGAUUUAUGGGGAGCUAAUGGUACAGUAGGUUCUACUGUUUUCCAGUAAAUUCAGGCUCUUCGCCUACAUUACUGUGGGGCAGAGGGAAGAGGGUGCUCCAAGACCCUCAUGUCCCCACAGAACAUAUUUAUGCAUCUCUCUUGCAGGUUUUCUUGAAGGUUACAGCAAAGGCUGACCCUGGAAUACAGAAUGCAGGUAAACUCUCUUGUCAUCUAGUACCAUGCUAAAAAGUUGAUUUAAAUAUCUGCCAUAUCUUAAUAGACUACUGAUUUGAAAACAAGAGCCACUAGUGUGUGGGAAGGGCUGUAGCUCAGUGGCAGAACUGUAGAAAGUCCCAGCUCCAUUCCCUGGAAGGGUGCCUUCUUACAUCCCUAGCCAUUGGUAGGGUGGGGAUAGGGAACUCCAGACCAUUAUGAUCUUAAGCUAUGGGUGUUUUUCUAGAGGUUCCCAGGUGAGGGCAUUCUUCAACAAUGAAAGGGUUAGGGAAUCUAUUUGAGAAUCGGUUCUAGGUCUUUUGGGGCCAUGCUUUUAUUUUAGCCAUAGUGAUGCAAAUCCAGAAUCAAAUUGAUGUAGCUCAUCAGCUCACAAACUGAUGGAAAAUGGGGAAGACCUGGACCAGUACAGUAGGCAUUUGCUGAGUUUAUUUUCUAUUAGAUCUGUAAAUGUUUCCUGCUGUAAGAGUAGCUGCGCUAUUAUCGUGCCACUUUGGAAGUGGUGUUUUCUAAAAGAUCAAACCCUGGAGAAACUCAACAGUUUCAUGAAUGGCAAGGCAAAAAAUGUAAAUGUAAAUGAAGUAAUUGGCAUGGCAACUUUGAUCUGCAAACUUUAGGAGCUGCACAGGAGAACGGUGCUGCUGGACAAGAAGAGGGAGCCCACCAGACUGCUCCAGCAGCCAAUGGCACUUCUCGGAUGCCUGUGGCACAGGAAGGGGAUGGGAGCGGUGGGAAAGGAUCAAGGCAAAACAAAGGUUGCCAACUUACCUUUCAGCAGAUCAAAGCACUUUUCAUCAAACGAUUCCACCACAGUACACGUAGCUUUAAAGACUUCCUUGCUCAGGUAUGUGCUCCUCCAUUACAGUCACAAGAGCUUCUUCCAGGCCCAUGUGGGGUGGGGGCAGCCCAGUAUACUGCCCCAUUUUUCAGAGGGCUAAGCUGGCCAGGGGCCCCACCCUCCGUUUUUGUUUGUUUGAGUUUAUAAUUUUAUUCUAACAAGACUUCCGCUCCGGGCCUCAGACAAGCUCUGCACAUGCCUGGUUUCUUCCAUAUGGCAUUCACAAUUAUACACACCUGCAUUUAUAACAGGCUUAAGGGGAGAAAGAAGUACAAUCUUAUUGUAAAAGCACCUCACUACAUUAUAAGCCUAUCACUGGGCUGUACUUAAAAAUGAAGCCCAAUAAACCAGAUCCUAAAACGUUCUAUCCAGAUACAAAUCAAGCUAAGGCCGGUUUCUGUCAAUUAAUUUCAUUGGGUGUAUACAGUCUACAACAAAUUAUACCAGGUCUUCAGAAUUACCCAGAGAAGCAUACAUACGUACUUCCAAUAAUUUGCUAUUGACAUCAGGGUGAUGAUAUAAAUUCUGCUUUCAACUUGCUGCACAUUUUAAUAACAGUAGCCAAGAAUGUAGUUGUUUUUGUUUUUUUAAAUGAUGAGAUCUUAGAACAAAGCCAUCCACCUGAGUAGGUGGCCUAUUGUCCUUUCUUGUCAAUGAUGCAUCCCAUACACUGAAGAAAACAAUAAGCUUCUGUAAGAGAGACCCAAUUGUGCAAGUUCGAUUUGGGUGGAGAACAAGGUAUCCAAAUACAGACAAAAACUGAGAACAAAAAAGUCCUAUUCUAUAGGUACUGAAAACUCCACAUAAUUCAUAUAUGUGGAGAGGCCGUAGCUCUGGCAGAGCAUUGAUUUGUGUGCAGAAGGUCCCAUUGUAAACCGUACUGAGCUUAAUGGAGCAAUGGUCUGACUCGUGAAGAGGGGUCUUCCUAUGUUCCUACAUUCUUAUAAUCUUCCUAUGUUCCUACAUUCUUAUAAUCUCUAGUUAUAUGCUAAUAUGCUAUUAGCAUAAUAUGCUAUAGCAUAAUACAGUGGUACCUCGGGUUAAGAACUUAAUUCGUUCCAGAGGUCCGUUCUUAACCUGAGGCGUACUUUCGCUAAUGGGGCCUCCUGCUGCUGCUGGCACGUGAUUUUCGUUCUUAUUCUGGGGCAAAGUUAUUAACCUGAAGCAACCACUUUCUGGUUAGCGGAGUUUGUAACCCGAAGCGUCUGUAACCUGAGGUAUCACUGUGUGCUAUUAGUAUAUGCUGCCAUUCUCUUUAAAUUUGGGAGGAUUGAAGAAAAACCUGAGUUAUAAAAUGCAGCAGAUUUGACUCUGAUUCUUUGAUGUAUGACAUGUAGUGUUAUCAGACCUAGGUGGACUUCCAGCGUAAGUGUCCACUGUCAGUGCGCUUGUGUGUUAUCUGAGUGGUACUUAGAUACCACUGGUGUGCUGUAAACCCUGCCGAUGGCUGACAUUUUCCAUAUUGCCUGCAGAUUGUUCUACCUGCCAGCUUUGUGCUGCUGGCUCUGAUACUUACAGUAAUCAUUCCUCCAUUUGGUGAAUACCCCAGUUUAACUCUCCACCCUUGGAUCUAUGGGCACCAGUUCACUUUCUUCAGGUCAGAGAAGACCUUCCUCGCUUGUUCCUAGAUAGCACUUGUGGUGCCUUGUUGCUGAGUGGAUUCUAGUUCCCUGCUGCUAUGCAAAUGUAGUCCGUAGUUAGUUGCUGAAGUCAUUGUCAGACUUCUUCAGAUCACGACUGAUCUUUUCUCCCAGCCUAGAUUUUGCAUCUUCCUCCUGGCUAGCUAGUGUCAUGUUUAUGACAAAAUAGCAAUGCACUACCUUCUAGGAUUGUUGCUAGCUAAUUCAGUAGACCCAUUAAAAUGCCGUGUGUACAAUUUCUGCUUUGUUUGAGAUACUUUGGCUUCUGUGUAAUGAAAACAAGACGCUGGGUUUGCUGCUCAGUAUUUUUCUUUUUCUGUCCAUCCACACUGCUCUAAAUAGCUAAGUGGUGCAGUGUCAAAAAUAUGCAGUUAGGUGCUGUCUGGGUGAAUGUGAACACUUGUCACUUAUGGCCAGUUUGUUUAACCUCAAACAUGAAAAAACCUGUGGGCACACACACCAUAUUGAUGUGACUUGUAUACAUGUGUGUGCUCCAUUUCCAUAAUUUUUCCACCUAGAAAGCAGGAUAGAAAGAUUGUAUGAAACCAGUACAAAAUACAUACAGACUCUGUGAACCAGCCCAAAGCAUUAGACUAUAUGGAAAAUGUGUGGAUAACCAGGAGAUAUGGAUGGACAAGGUACAGCACAGGGAAUUAUCUCUCUGACACAAAAACUAUUGUGUGUGUGUGGUUUUCACCUUACAUUUAGAAAUCAAUGCCUUGGUCAUGGGUCGAAAAUACCCUUGUCCUUCCUAUAAUCCUUUUACACUUAGUAUGCCUUAUCCUACAAUGGGCAGUUGAUCAUUAACAUAUCCUGUGGCUUGACCCUACCUGUGUGAUCAGCCGAUUUUCAUUCGCCACUGUCUUGCUUCUGCAGUCAGCAUCUUUUUAUAACCUUAAAUCUCAUCCAAUCUCAUUAGCAAUGAGCGGCCUGGCAGUGAGCAGAUGGUUUCUCUUAUUGACGCCUUCUUAAAUAAACCGGGAUUUGGAAAUCGCUGCUUGAAGAAAGAGACCCUUCAGUAAGUCACUUUGUUCUCUCUACUAAUCUAAUCUAUUCAAUUGCAGGGUGGCAUCAGUAGUGCUUGAAACAGUAGGGAGCUGGCCUCGGAAGUUUCCCAGCCAGUGAAAAUCUCGGAGAAUGUUGUUGUCACCAGUGACAAAACUGGGGAUUUUGUCUGUUGGUUUAAUUAUUUUAUUUCCGAAUUUGUAAACUGCUUUUCACCGUAGAAGGUCACAGAGCGGUUUACCGAACAAUGAUGAAAUAAAUUCAUCAAUCAAAUGACAUGGUGAGGUUACAGGGAACCAGGCAGAGGGCCUUCUUGGUAGUGGUGCCUGCCCUGUGGAAAACCCUCCCAUCAAAUGUCAAAGAUACAACCUUCCAUAGACAUCUGAAGGCAGCCCUGUUUUGGGAAGCUUUUCGUGUGUGAUGUUCUGCUGUGUUUUUGUAUAUUCUGUUGGAAGCUGCCCAGAGUGGCGGGGGAAACCGAGUAAGAUGGGCAGUGUGUAUAUAUAUAAUAGUGCAAACCUAAAAUAAGCAUAAUGCAAUUUACUUAAAAUACCUCCUGUAAUAAAAAGUGCCUUAAGUUCAGCAGGGCAAGGGGCCUUUCUGAUCUCAGCUGUGAGGGAGUUCCACAAAGUCAGACCCACAAUUGAAUUCAUGUCCCCUGUGCUGUGUAGAGAAACACAGCAAAGCACCCCAAAUUUAAGAGAAUAAAAAUAUGAAAUACAAAGAAAGGAAUGGUUCUGUGUAAGGACUUAGGGGUUGCUCCACACAUGGGUUGCCUCCACAAUAUCUAUUGGUGUCCACAAUAGCUCCAUCAAUGUUAAAAUGUGCCCCUUGGCUCAAAAAGCUUGAGAAUCCCUGGCCUAGAUGUGCCCCAAACAGGUUUACUGGUGACAAGUAUGGGCUUGUAGUAUAAAUAGCCCUUUAGUUACAGGAUAGGUGAUUAGGACUGGGCGAUGUAUUGAUACACCGUCCAAAAUUGGUUUGAAGUCCACAUUGUGGUAACGGUUUUGUAACAUUGGACAUGACGAUAUAUCACAAAUCACAAUGUGUCCCUGUGCUAUGUAAAAAAUCAUGAUAUGGGAAAAAUCAUGAAACCAGUCAUCACUUCUCUCAUGAUUCUUGUUGUGCCCCUGUUGCUCUGUACUAUACAAUACCAAUUGCAACAAUAUUUUAAAAAUAAAAAUGGAUCCAUUUUAGACUCCUAAGUAGUAGCAGUUGCCAGAACAUCACCUUCAUUCACCUCUACAUAAUUCCAUCCUUGUUUCAGACAUUGUGAUAUAUUGCAAUGUUUAGCUGGUAAUACUGUAUAUCAUGAAGUUGAAAACCUGACAUCGCUCAGCCCUAUACCUGAUACAUGGGGUUUGUAAUGUGUUUAAGGAAACUGCUCCUUUUUAACGGUUGGUACUGUAAAGGCGAGAUAUAUAAUUGCAAAUUUUCCGAGAUCUAGCAUGGCCCGUUUGAUAUUAACAUUGCUAAUGAGAUCAUCUGUGCUCUUGUCUCCUUGUGUAGGAACUACCCUUGCAUUAAUGCAUCAACUGCCUGGAGGACACCGGCUGUCCCUUAUAACAUAGCUGCUCUUUUCCAAACUAAUACAUGGCAUCCCCAGAACCCCUCACCAUCCUGCAAAUGCAGUACUCGGAAGAAACUCACCAUGCUACCUGAGUGCCCUUUGGGAGCUGGAGGACUUCCUCCCCCACAGGUAAGAAAGACUGCUUGGUUGCCAUUUGCCUGUUUGAAGCACUGUGGUUGCCACUGAAUUGGUUUCAGGUGGAUUGAAAGUGUGCUAAAACACACACACACCCCAAAUUUUGCAUUUACAAUACAUUUGUGUUACUUUCCAUAAUUUGCUUCACUUACUCAGUUGGUCAGUUGUAGUAUUUGGCCAUCUUGGAAGGAUUGCUAUAGUGGAAAUAAGCAUGUGGGGAUAUGGGGAGCCACAGUAGAAGGGCAGCAGCUAUGAUAUUUUUUAAAGUUUGAGACACUCCUUUGGAAACAUGCAGGUUUCUUUCGGCCACUUUUCUAUAACCAAACGCUCCCAAAAGAACCCAGUUUUGAACCAAAUUCUACAUAGCAUAUAUUGAAAACAUAUAGAGAAAAUCCUUUUAAUACACAAAGGAGCAAUUCACAAGUAAAAUGUAAAUGGAUGUUAAGGGAGUCCUGUUGAGUAUCCUUAUACAAUUCUGGUUCAAAUGUAACAUUAAACCAUGGUUAUGACAACAAGCCAUUGUGAGCCUCAGGUCUGUGUCCAGCUGGCUCUUCUUAUUCAGUUACACCUUGUGUAACAAGCUUAUUGUGGAUUUGCUUUUUGUGGAGUUGAUCCAAUGUGCUUGUGAAAUGCAGCUUGGAUCUGGGAGACCCGAGUUCAAAUCCUAUUCAGCUUUUGUGGGCUCACUUUUGGAGUAUGUCCCAAGCUUUCUACCUCAAUGCCCUGAUCUGUUAAAACAGAAUAGAGAUUUGCCUCUCACGAUGGUUGUAAAGAUAAUUUAGAAAAGUAAUAUCACUUUUAAUAGUUAAGCUGCAAGAGAGAGAUUCAUUUGUUAAUAAUCUUGUUGGGCAACUGCCAAACUGAACAUUGAGGUUUCAUUAUCUGCUUUUUUCCCAGAAAACAGGGCUGUGCAGAAAAACAAUUUCACAACGCUCUUCCUGAAAUAGCUUGUUGGUCAUAUUUUGUUAACUUUGAAAAAACCCUCAUGCAGUCUCAUUUCUUCUAAUGAAGGGUAGUGCUGCCACUCUGUGGUUAAAUUCAUAUACUACUUGAAUGGGUGGUUGUUUUUGCUAGCUGCCGAGUUGUUUCUUGUCUUUUAAUUCCCCAAAGCUGUAAUGACACUAGUUUGCGAUCGAGAAGAUUCAUUGCUAGGGUUUUGAGUGUCAUUUGCAUACAUUUUUAGGGUGAGGUUUAUCAAAGCUUACAAAUAUUUUGGCAGUCUUCAGUGAAACCUGCCUGGCUUUUGAUUGCAAAUCACUGGUAUUUUAUGUGAUCUGAAUUCAAAAUAGAGAAAAAGACCAGAAGUUCCUCUUGAAAUUUCAAGUAGAGUCAGGACAGUUCUAUGGUUUCAGCAGGGGAGCCAUUUCUUACUGUAAAUCAAAAUUAGCAAUCACUGCUGUGUGACCUCUUUCUGUGCCUGCCUCUCUGAACUGCCAAAUUCGAACCAUGAGGGGUUUAAGAGUUGUUUUCUUAAUCCAUUUGUCCUUUUCUUUGCCUUUUAGAGAGCUCAGCGUAGCACAGAAAUUCUUCAGGAUCUCACUCAUCGAAAUAUUUCCGAUUUCCUGGUGAAAACCUAUCCCACCCUCAUAAGAAGCAGGUUGGAAACUUCUUUUUUUACAAAUCUAUGGCAGCUUGUAUAGCCUGAGGCUCUGAACAAUUACCUUGAAAUGGUUUGAAGAGUUUUGAAUACCCAGCCCACUGUUCAGUUCUCCAUUCGUUAGGACACUGAAUAAAAUAACUGUGGUUUAUAAUAUCAGCCCCAACUAUCAAUUAGUGGUCAGGGUUGAUGGGAGUUGUAGUCCGACAAUAUUUGGAGGGCCACAGCUUAACCAUCCCUGGUUUUGUGCAGAGCCAGCCUUUGCUUCCAAUUAACUUUGCUGCUCCUAACUCUGCACAAGAUUGGGUUGUGAGGGCAAACUAUGUUAUACACAAAUAUGUUUAACGAAGCCUCAACAGCUUUGUUUUUGCUUUUUAUUAAAAGCAGCUUUAGUGUUGCGAUGCUCUUGCCACUGUUCCUGUUCAGCAUCACAGCUUUUCAAGCUUUGUCAUGCACAGUUAGGAGUUGGAAGGGAUCUGAGGGUCAUCUAGUCCAACCCCCUGCAAUGCAGGAAUCUCAGCUAAGUCAUCCUUGACAGAUGGCCAUCCAACAUCUGCACAGAAAAAGCAUAGAACAGGUGUACAUGCAUAGGCUAUCUCUGGGCAAUCCAUCUGUACCUCUACAAGAAGGUCAGAUUAAUGAGUGGUAGUCAGGAACAAUGAUAGAGGGUAAGAUCACUCGCCAUCCGAGUAUGGAUUAGACAUUCUUGUAAAGUCACACUCAGUAGCAUCCAAUGAAGUACUUCCACUUGUGCAAUGGAACGUCCCCUCCCUCUCCUCCCAGCCCGUGUCCUCCCCAAAUCUGUGGGGAGAUGAGGGGAAAUUCCAUUGCAAAGCCAAAUGUCCUUGCGCUUUGAAAAUACUCUUUUUGAAAACACUCUUAUACCGCCCAUUGUCCCCAGAUAUUUUAUUCAGCAGUUCCCUGAAUCUGAAAGAACCCGACUUUGUGUGGAAUAUAAUAUUUUCAUUUUCUUUUGCAGUUUGAAGAGCAAAUACUGGGUCAAUGAGAAAAGGUAGGAAAGCACUGUAGGUUUUCUGUUGAAUUUUGAAGCCUAAAGACUUUGCUAAAGGAUAACAGAUAGCAUGAUAUGACUAACCUAAUCGUAAUCUGGUUUAUAAUUAUAUUCCAUGCUCAACAUUGAGUAAUGUACUUCUUUUCUCUAAGAAAGGCACAUUUAUUCUUAAGGGAAUGUUCAGUAUAUCAAUCUAUUCAUAGAAAGAUGGGGUUCUCCAUGACCAAUUGAUGGUCAUGUCCUCUUUGUGUUUUAGAUAUGGAGGAAUCUCCAUUGGAGGAAAACUCCCAAUACUGCAUGUCACUGGAGAGCAGAUUGUUGGUUUUCUGAGAGAUCUUGGUCAGAUGAUGAACAUAACAGGGGUAAGCAAGGAUUGUUCUGAUUUUAUGCAAUCGUAAACUCUCCCCACCCCAUGUCUAUAGGCAUUAAAGUAUGUUUACACUGCAGAAAAAUUUAGCCCUUGCUUUCUGCUAUUUAGGGUGAAGCAACAAUGGCUGCCUCGAAAGAAAUGGCAAAUUUUCUUAAGUACAUGGAAACCGAAUACAAUAUUAAGGUAUUUUUUUAUAUUUAAGACUAAACCUUUCAAUGUUUAGAAGCACUAUAUCAGGGAUAGGGAACCUGUGUCCUUACCAAUGAUGUUGCAUUUCAACUCCCAUCUUCCUUGACCACCGGCCCUGCUGCCUGUGGCCGAUGUAGUCCCAGCAUCUGGAGGGCCACAGGUUUCCCAUCCAUGCACUAUGGGAUCCUGCAAAACCUAGGGCUUAUCAACACUUCCUCUUGUCCCACUGCUUUCCCCUGGGGGGAAACCACUCUUUAAUGCUCAGUCAGAGCAAAUGGCAAUUCGGGCUUCCUCCAGGUAGACAUUUGCUCCAAUUGAGCACUAAAGAGUGAGGUUUCCCUGGGAAAGGAGUGGGACAAAUAAAAAAACCACUCGAACCCAUUGCUUUCUAGGCACAGGACCCCUAGUAAAAAAUAGACAAGUUUUCCCUUUCCUGGCAUUUAACACUCACACCUAAGGGAACAGUGGCUUUGUUGUAUUACCUUAACUGAGAAGGAAGGAAGGAAGGUAGGAAGGAAAAGAAAGAAAGAAAGAAAGAAAGAAAGAAAGAAAGACUAUUUAAGAUAUGAAAAGGGGUUUUUAUUUGCUUUUUAGAGGGAAAGGCAAGCAUGAAAUUUUGGGAUAAAUGCCACCUGUUUCAAGACAUGAAGUACCACUCCAACAAAGUUCUGAGAUCUUGACCCAUUUCCACUUAUAUAGCCAGGUUGUGAAAUAAAGAAGAGGCAGAACUUGCCUUGCUCAAGUUGCUAAUGAGCUAACUUCCUCUGCCAGGUGUGGUUUAACAACAAAGGCUGGCAUGCCAUGGUCAGUUUUCUCAACAUAGCCAACAAUGCAAUCCUGAGAGCCAAUCUGCAGACUGGCAAAGACCCCGAGGAAUACGGCAUAACUGCUAUCAAUCAUCCACUGAACCUCACGAAGGAGCAGCUCUCUGAAGUCACUGUGUAAGCAAUUAAAGUUUGCUGUUAUGUAUCCGUCCCUUCUUGCUAGCAUGGGUACCGUGACUUGGAAUGUGCCUGUAUGAAAGAUAAAAAUAUUUAUGAUACUUUCACUAAGUAUAGUGCAGAAAUCAAGCUACUCUUUAAUUUAGUUAGAACCUGUCCUUUCAUUUAGCAACAGGUUUAGGGUGAACAGAAGACAGGUUGCUUUCAGGUAGUAGUUUAUUGUGGAAUUGGUGCUGCUCAUGUAUGCAGGGGUUUUUUCCCGGUGUCAUCAAAUGCCAGCCCAUACUUUUUUUUUUAACAUUUAAUCUAUAUUUCCUCUUACUUAUUUAAAAAUACUCUGUUUUUCACCUAGAUUCACUGCUGGUGUGGCAACCCAAUGGCACAUUUUCCAAGUUAUUUCUGGGUGGGCAGGUUUGUCACAUAUGUAGUGACAUUUUGAUAGGUGCUCGUGAACGCUACACCACUACUUCUGUUUGUUCAAUGGCGUGCAUCCUAGCCACGUUGCUUCUGGCUGCUCAGAUGAUGUGAGGGGGCUUAUAUUCACCAAUUGCCACAUGCUUGGAGAUGUAAUCUUGUGAGAUCUUGAGAGAACCUCAGUUCUGUGGUGACAGUACACAUACAUCGAGGUGUUGUUGUUUGUUUUUUAAACAAUAAUAAUACAACUCUUGAUCAUUAGCUGUCCCCAUCUACUUUUCUCCCUGCAGGCUGACCACUUCGGUAGAUGCUGUUGUUGCCAUCUGUGUGAUCUUUGCCAUGUCUUUCAUCCCAGCAAGCUUUGUCUUAUACCUUAUCCAAGAACGGAUGACCAAAGCCAAGCACCUUCAGUUCGUCAGCGGUGUGAGGCCUUUCGUUUACUGGUUUACCAAUUUCCUUUGGGACAUUGUAAGUAGCCGAUGGGCAUGAUGUAAGAAAGUACAGAGGAGGCCCACAGCUCAGUGGUAGUGCAUGCAAAAUGCUGUAGGUUCAGUCCCUGGCAUCUCCAGGUAGGGCUAAGAUACACCUCUAUUUGAAAUCCUGGAGACCUGCUGCCAGCCACUGUAGACAGUACUGAGCUAGAUGGAGCAAUUGCCCGACUUGUUAUAAGGCAGCUCCUUAUAUAUAUGUCACAUAUGUUGUCACAUAUGUUGUCACAUAUGUCCAAUGAGCCCAGUAAAAUACUGUCAUGCAGCCUUUCCAAAAACCUUGUUGCAGCAGACACCCAGCUCUUUCUAAUCAGAUAAAUCAGCCCAAUCCAUGUCAUAUUAUUUACCUUGAAGUGAUGAAUUUAAAUUUUCAUUGUGAUUUAUGCAGUUGUCUGAUGUUGAAUCGUAUCACUGAUUGCCCCAGCAAUGCCACAAGAUCCUUUACUGUAGGUGCCAGAGCCCAUUCUAGCACUUAUCCAUAUAAAAAUGUUUUGCCCAUUAUGGACAGUGCAGCUAACCCCCGGCCUGGGACCCUUAAGCAAUUUUUUCUAAGAUGCUGUCAAGUUUGGUGGUGGUGGUGGCAAAAAGGAGAAGAAAUAAAAGCAGGCACAGUGCUGAAACAAAUUGCCCUCUUCCUCAUUCCUAAAGUCAGACAUUUGAUAAGGAGGUGAUAACUCAGUUAGCUGAUCUGCACUGAUCAGCUGGGAAGGGGGCCUGUGUGCAUGUGAGAAGGAGUGUGGGGUUGCCACACCUCAAGGUUGGUCAAGGGUGAAUGCAGCCCAUCAGAGCAACAAUGGUUAGCCAACCCUGAUAUGCACAUGCGUCUCUUCCUGCCACCUUCUUUUUAAAGAAGACCCAACAAAAAUAUUCCAAACUCAAGUAUAUAAUAUAAUAUAAUAUAAUAUAAUAUAAUAUAAUAUAAUAUGCUGAUUGAUGAUGAUGAUGAUUUUCUAGCUAAGGCCUAUAUUUCUGGGCAGCUUUCCUGUUUUACCAGGAGAAUAAUAUACACAGUAGCAUGCAUCCUGGAAAAUAUUAGAAAAGCUGGUGCAAAAUUUGGGGAUAUGGCUCUAAAUGAUUUCCAGGUGUUUUAUUUGUUUGUAAUGAGUUUUCAUUUUCUUCCCCCUGUGCCAGGUCAAUUAUGCAGUGAGUGCUGGCUUGGUAGUGGGAAUAUUCAUUGGUUUCAAAAAGAAAGCAUACACGUCCCCAAGCAACCUUCCCGCACUUAUCACAUUGCUGCUUCUAUAUGGGUAAGUAAUUUCAUUAAUUCUUAACAAGGCCAGACACAAUCAAAAUAUGGGUGUCUGUUGUAUUGAGUGGGUGCUUGUUUCAUUUAUUUAAAUACCAGUUUAUACUUUUCAGAAACAAAGUCUCAAAGCGGUUUGCAACCUAUAUUAAAAGCAACAAAUGAAGCAUUACAGAAUAUCAAGAUAAAAUAUUACAGAUGAAGGUCAAAUAUAAAAUACAGAUUCAAAGUGGCAUAGUUUUUUAAAAAGUAUUCUCUUAAAGUUGACAUUAAGGAUAAAAAUCACCUGAAAAAAUGCAAUAAACUUCCACAAAACAGCAUUGUUAGCAACUAGAAAUAACGGUGAUAGUAACACAAUAUGUUAUGUGGAAAUUCUUUAUUAGGCGAGUGUUUGCAUAAAAAGUCCAUGAUUUCCAAUGGAAUAAGGAGUAUUUUCCUAUGUGUGAAUAAGUGAAUUUUUGCAUAUCAAGUGGGCAGAUAGUGGGGGAUCUGCAUGUAUAUCUUACACAUCCAAGCCUCACUCUCAACCAUGCAGAUAACUAAUGCCAAGCCAACAAGUUAUUAAAAGAGCAAAUGUUGGAUCUACAAAAAUGCAUAGCAGCAUCUAGUAACUCUUUCGCCGGCUCUUGGACGUGACAACACAGACUCUCACUCAGGCAACCAAAACACAAUUCCGAUUACCACCCAAUAAUACAUCACUCACCAGGUAUGCAGUACAGAAUUAAAGGGGAAGUGCUUUCAUAGGGAUCCCAAAAGGCCUACACUGCACCAGCCUUCUUCUCUGAAGGCAAGUCAGUUAGCUACAGAUGUUAACACACUUGUUCUCUGGAAUCAACUGCCUGGCAGGGCACCCAGGAAGAGGGUGGCCAAGAAAUGACCUCUUCCCUAUCCCAAGACCUCUCACCACCAGCAAAAUAAAAAAGCAGAGAAGGUCAGACAUAGUUUGUUCACCAAGCAGAUAAUUUAUUACCCCACUUUUUACUGUUUUUGCAUGCAGAUGGGCCAUAAUUCCUAUGAUGUACCCAUUGUCCUGCUUCUUCAGCAUCCCAAGCACUGCCUACGUUGCCUUGUCUUGCAUUAACCUCUUCAUUGGUAUCAACAGUAGUGCCAUUACAUUUGUCCUGGAGCUCUUUGAGAACAACCCAGUGAGUGACUUUUCAUCAUAGACAUUAUUGUGACAAGAGUACUGUACUUUUUAACCUAUGAUCCAGCAAGGGUAUUUAUGUGCGGAUGUGUGCCAAGUCAGAUAUUGCUAGAAACAGUUGCUGAAACUGCCAUGAACUUUUGCCAUCUAUGAGCCUCUCUGCUGUGGCCAGCGUAAGAUGUUUAGAAAUUCUAAAGGGGGAUUGGCCAAAAACAGCAUCCACUUUUAUAGGUCCACUUUUCCUUUAAUCCAGUAGCACUGGAUAAAGGGGUGGGGGCAUUCAUAUGCCACCUAAAUUUCCUGUUUGGUACAUCCCAAUUGCACAUCCUCAUUUACACGGCAAUUACUGCAUCCUAUUUCACUUGCCAAUAAAAGCUAGUAAGGUAAAGAAUUGUGUAGCCUUUCAUCCUAACUCCCAACGUUUUCUUAAAUUAUAAAGGAACUCUUGAGUAAAUCUGGAUAGCGCUAGCAUAUUGUGUAUUUCUGUUUCUUGCAGGUUCUGCUGCAGUUCAAUAAAACAUUGAAAAAUAUCCUGUUAGUAUUUCCUCAUUUCUGCCUGGGUCGUGGACUCAUUGACUUAGCCAUGAACCAAGCUGUGACUGAUGUAUAUGCUCGGUUUGGUAAGUACAGAUGGAACGUGGAAUUGUUCUGUUUUGCCCCAUGCCCAAGUAAGCUUUUGAACACGGAGCUGGCCCUUUCCGAACUUAAUAUACACCCUGGAGGGGUAGGGAGGGUGCAGAACUUUGAUCCAGUUCACAUUUAAAGGGCAUACCUAAUUUUCACUUUCCAGAAGAAAAUGCCAAUUAAAACACAGCCAUACUUUGAAAUUCCGAAUUUAGUGAAAAUAAAACAAUGAGUUAUAUCAUAUAUUAGCAAACUGCAUACAAAAUUGUGUGCAUUUGGCCCUUCUAAAAAUGAUAGAUUAUUUUAUUUCUCUAUCUGAGGCAGCAUAACUGAGGUGGGUUGGGGUUUUUUGGAAGGUACCAGCAUAGCAUAUUCAUUAGGAGGAAACACCUAGAGAAAUUGCAAAAUAGUUCAUUGAUAAUGGUAAAAUAAAGUCCACCUUUGUAUUUGAAAACAAUUACUUAAGUGGCUGCCGAUGAAGCACAUUGUCUAUUUUGGUAGUAAUUCAGGUUGAUUUUGGUUGGUUUCAUCUCUAAGGGGAAGAACAUGUCUUGAACCCGUUUCACUGGGAUUUUGCUGGAAAAAACAUGGUUGCCCUGGCGGUGCAAGGCGUCGUCUAUUUUGUUCUGAAUCUUCUGUCGCAACAUAGUUUCUUCUCUACAGGAUGGUAUGUUGGAAAACUCUUGGCCUGUAAAGGUCUCGUAUGUAUGAAAUUAGUUAGUUUUAAUGCAUCUGCCUUCUAAAGUACCGUUCUGAGUGUGGGAUGUGUGUUUCAAUAUGUAUAUGAAGGCUGCUCUUCACACCUGGAACUUGUUCUGUCUGGCUUCUUCAGGUUUGCCCAAAACACGAUGGUGCCCGUUAUGGAUGAAGAUGAGGAUGUUGCAGAGGAAAGGCAACGAAUCUUGAAUGGAGGCAGCAGAAUGGAUAUUUUGAAAUUACAAGAACUGACCAAGGUAAUCUUCUUCCAGGCAGCGUUUCAAAAAGUGUGUUUGCUUUACUUUUAUCUUGGAAAUGGAAGACAGUAUGCCCAGCAUGAAACCUCUGUUUGGGGCUGGGGCAUCCUGGACCCUUAUUUCCUUGACUUUUGAUCAUCAGUCUGAAGCUGCUUGCAUCCCUUGGAGCAUCUGGAAUGUAUUAUUUUCCUUCCUGUUACUCCAUUGUUGAAGAUUUAACACAUAACUGUAAAGCAUCAUUUUCCUGGCUUUCUGUUGACACUACCUCUGAAUCACUCCUUGCAACUUCCAUUUACUGUACUUCAUUAUGAAAAAUAUGAAGAAUAUUCUAAAUGUGCAAACAAAAAGUCGAUGUUUGCAUAAAAAAAAAUUAUUGAGAACUUACUCACCUUGACAUACUCAUCAGUAAGAUUGUUAAAUUGUUAGAGACCAUACGUAUGCUUUUAGCAGUUUUUACCUAGACCUCUCUUAUUUAACUUUGCUGAUGGUAUGCUAAUUUCCAUUAUGUUGUACCCUCUUGUCCCUGUAAACGGUAGAUGCCAAGUUCCAAUAUAUUCCUUCAGCUGUAGAUUUCAUAGAAGAGAUUAUUAUUUUAAAAAGUUCCUCCUCUUAUUCUAGAUUUAUGCAGGUAGACACACACCGGCAGUGGACAGACUCUGUGUUGGCAUUCGUCCCGGAGAGGUGGGUUGUGAAUCAACUUUGUAAAGCCUUGAAGUGAUUCACUUUUACAACCUUCUGGAAUUAACAAAGUGUGUGAUUACUUUAAAAUUCAGUGCUUUGGUCUCUUGGGUGUGAAUGGAGCUGGCAAGACAACAACAUUCAAAAUGCUGACUGGAGACACUCAAGUAACAUCUGGAGAUGCUGUAGUUGCCGGUCACAGGUAUGUCGUGAAAAAUGCCAGAAGGCGUCAGCCCAGCCCGGUGAACAAUGAAAUUAUUUAUUUAGGAAAAUUUACAUGCCACUUGAUUGUAGGAAUAAAAACACCCUGUAACUUGAGUAACUGUCAUUGCACUGCCAGUUAGCAAUAUUUCCCUGUUCUGUGGCUGAGGGCAGGAGAAAAAGUCACACAUACACACACGUAUUAUGUUUUUGGUGGCUGGAGAAGGAAGUAGGCUCACCUAACACCUCCGGCUCCUACAAAAUGCACGUGGCCUGAGGUGAGCUUGUUUUGGUUUCUUUCCCCUAUCCUACAUGGCAGGAAUGGAAUAAAAUUGGAGAUGUUGUGUAUGUUAGCAUGCAUUUCUUCUUAACUACAUGGUAACUCCUGUUCUGUGCAAUUUAUCUUAUAAUGGUGGGGUUUUUUCCUUCAGCAUAUUGACUCACAUAUUUGAUGUUCAUCAAAACAUGGGCUACUGCCCCCAGUGUGAUGCGCUUGAUGACCUGCUCACGGGGAGAGAGCACUUGCGUCUUUAUGCCAAUCUGCGUGGUGUCCCAGCAGCAGAAGUUGAGAGGGUAAGGACAAAUUCUUCCUCAACGUUUAUUAUUUUUAAAAACUAUGAUGCUUUAAAAAACAACAACCAUGAUUUCUGAUCAGUCAAGAGUUGUUUAUAUAUUCUUUGAACUUCAUCCCAAGAUAUCCAGGCCCAAAAGGCAGUUACGUACCGUAUUUUUCGCUCUAUAGGACGCACUUUUUCCCCUUCAAAAAUGAAGGGGAAAUGUGUGUGCGUCCUAUGGAGCGAAGAUGCCAUAGCCCCGCGACCCUCUCCCGGCUGGAGAGGUGAUGCGCGGCUAUGGCAGGAACCUCUACAGCCCCGUGUCACCUCUCCAGCCGGGAGAGUGUGCGCGCGGGGCUAAAGCAGCCCCCCGCGACCCUCUCCCAGCUGGAGAGGUGACGCGUGGCUAUUGAGGCUCCUGCCAUAGCCGCGCAUCACCUCUCCAGCUGGGAGAGCGCGCGCGGGGCUCAAGAAGCACCCCGCGACCCUCUCCCGGCCGGAGAGGUUACGCGCGGCUAUGGCAGGAGCCUCUAAAGCCCCGCGUCACCUGUCCAGCCAGGAGAGCGCCCGCGGGGCUAAGAAGCACCCCGCGACCCUCUCCCAGCUGGAGAGGUGACGCGCGGCUAUGGCAGGAGCCUCUAUAGCCGCGCGUCACCUCUCCAGCCGGGAGAGCACUCGCGGGGCUAAGAAGCACCCGCGACCCUCUCCCGGCGGGAGAGGUGACGCGCGGCUAUGGCAGGAGCCUCUACAGCCCCGCGUCACCUCUGCAGCCGGGAGAGCGCGCGCGGGGCUAAAGAAGCCAUAGCCGUGCAACCCUCUCCCGGCUGGAGAGGUGAUGCGCGGCUAUGGCAGGAGCCUCUCCGCUGCGCCUUCCGCUGCUCCCUGACCUGCUCUUUGGGGCUGGUGGUGGGCUUCCCCCCGCCAGCCCCAAAGAGCAGGUCGAAAGGAACCUGAAGCCUGGAGAGCGAAAAGGGUCAGUGCACACCGACCCUCUCGCUCUCCAGGCUCCAAGGUAGCCGCCUGAACACACCUUAAACGGCACCUUGUUUUAGAGCGGGAAAACAAGAGGGUGAAAGUUCUCCCCCUCUCUGUGCAGCGCCUCCUGCUGCUUCACUGAAGGGGCGCUGGGCAGAGAGGGGAAAAUUUUUUUUUCUUGUUCUCCCCCCUCUAAAACAAAGUGCGUCCUAUUGUCCGGUGCGUCCUAUGGUGCGAAAAAUAUGGUAUGUUGUUAGAUCCCUGGGCGGCUCUUUGAUGUCCAUGCAUAUUCUUAUCUAUGUUGCGGUACAGAUAUGCAUUCACCCCUGUGAAAAUUUCAGGUAGCCAGUCUGGCUAGUCACGCCACCUUGCUGCUGUUGUUUCCACGUGCCAACCUUGCACCUGGUAAAAUAAUUCUGCAAAUCCAUCCUGCCAAUCUGCAGAGUUUUCUUGCGUUACCAAUGCAUAAUAAGAGUUCUGUGUGGAUUCUGGAGAAUUAACACAAUAACUGCAUUCCUUAAUAGACUCUGCUCCCAUCAUGGACUGGAUUGAGCCCAUUGUCUUUUAAGUAACUACCAGUCCUUUGACCUCCUUUAUCCCUUCUUCACAGGUUGCAGAGUGGGGAAUUCAGAAGCUUGGUCUCCUGAUGUAUGCAGAUCAGUUGGCAGGCACAUACAGCGGUGGGAACAAGCGCAAGCUCUCUACUGCCAUUGCGCUGAUAGGCUGCCCUCCUUUAGUCCUGCUGGUAAGUCAUUUUGCGGCAAGGAGGCCAGGUAAAAAGUAGCCUCUUUAGGUGAAGGCAAUUCUGUACGGUUGUGGAAAACUCCAGUUGGACACCGUGUGGUGUGCAAAUUAUUUUACUUCUAAAAGUAAUUUCUAUGUCACCAUGUCGUAAAGUAUCAGGACGGUACACAACACACUAUUAAAAACACCAAUUUCUCUGAGAAACACCCCAAACAGUGCCAAACUCCAGUUGUGUCUUCUUGCCUGGGGUGGUUCUUUGCAAAAGUUAGUGCCCUGCUUUUCUUGCUGUCCUCUGCUGAACCACCAGUAGUAUACCCUCUUCAAAUGGUGUUUCUGAUAUUUUUGGAAGGUUAAGUCGCACUUUCCCCCCAAAUUAAAUUUGGCAGCAUGUUUCAUCGUAACACCUGAAAAAGUGUAUUUUUUAGAAUGUGUGAGAGUAAGAAUACUAAAAUGCAAACCUGAGCCUUGCAGGAGUAUGAAAAAUAAAAUAAAAAGGUGUAUCUGUCCUUCCCUCACUGAGCUCCAAAUAGCACUAACAAAGCUCCUGUUCCAGGCUGGCUGGAGCCCUUAGCAGGAAAUGCUAUUGGGUUACGUAUAGGGCAUAUGCUGCAAUAUUUUGCUGAGGGUACCCACAUCAUUAUUAUUAUCCACAUCUCACAGGAUGAGCCAACUACAGGAAUGGACCCUCAGUCCCGACGCUUCUUAUGGAACUCAAUUGUCAGUGUGAUCAGAGACGGAAGAGCUGUGGUCCUUACGUCACACAGGUAAUACAAACCUCCCCAUGUAAAAUCAGUAUGGGAAUCUAACAACCUUUUAAAAAAAAUACUUUCCACUGUUGUAAACCUUCAGAGAAAGCAUGUGAUACAGUACUCCUAGCAAUAAUAAUAAUAAUAAUAAUAGUAAUAAUAAUAAUUUAUUAUUUGUACCCCGCCCAUCUGGCUGGGUUUCCCCAGCCACUCUGGGCGGCUUCCAACAAAGAUGAAAAAUACACUAAAAUGUCACAUAUUAAAAACUUCCCUGAACAGGGCUGCCUUCAGAUGUCUUCUGAAUGUCAGGUAGUUGUUUAUUUCCUUGACAUCUGAUGGGAGGGCGUUCCACAGGGCGGGCGCCACUACCGAGAAGGCCCUCUGUCUGGUUCCCUGUAACUUGGCCUCUCGCAGUGAGGGAACUGCCAGAAGGCCCUCGGAGCUGGACCUCAGUGUCCGGGCAGAACGAUGGGGGAGGAGACGCUCCUUCAGAUAUACUGGACCGAGGCCGUUUAGGGCUUUAAAGGUCAGCACCAACACUUUGAAUUGUGCUCGGAAACGUACUGGGAGCCAAUGUAGGUCUUUCAAGACCGGUGUUAUAUGGUCUCGGCGGCCGCUCCCAGUCACCAGUCUAGCUGCCGCGUUCUGGAUUAGUUGUAGUUUCCGGGUCACCUUCAAAGGUAGCCCCACGUAGAGCGGAUUGCAGUAGUCCAAGCGGGAGAUAACCAGAGCAUGCACCACUCUGGCGAGACAGUCUGCAGGCAGAUAGGGUCUCAGCCUACGUACCAGAUGGAGCUGGUAAACAGCUGCCCUGGAUACAGAUUUGACCUGUGCCUCCAUGGACAGCUGUGAGUCCAAAAUGACUCCCAGGCUGCGCACCUGGUCCUUCAGGGGCACAGUUACCCCAUUCAGGACCAGGGAAUCCUCCACACCUGCCCGCCUCCUGUCCCCAAAAAACAGUACUUCUGUCUUGUCAGGAUUCAACCUCAAUCUGUUAGCCGCCAUCCAUCCUCCAACCGCCUCCAGACACUCACACAGGACCUUCACUGCCUUCACUGGUUCUGAUUUGAAAGAGAGGUAGAGCUGGGUAUCAUCCGCAUACUGAUGGUGAGUGGCAGGAAGGAGCAGGGCCCUCAGACACUCACACAGGAGAGUCCUCCUGGGCAGCAGAGCGCAGCAGUCCCUGUGAGGCUUCACGCCCUGCCCUGGGCCAGGUAGGUGGUAAGCGGCAAGAGCAGGGCCCUCAGACACUCACACAGGAGAGUCCUAUGUACUACUUCAGUUUGCAGGUGGCAAUCUACCAUUUCCCCUAUCACAGAAAAAGACCACACAUUUGGAAAGUUAAAAAUGGUUUACUUACAAACUCUCUGAAGGUCCGAUUCAUGUGCUUUUCCAUACAGCAGUCAGAAAAUGCAGGUAGCAAAACUUAGGUUAGUUCCAAAGUGGCGAAAGUUCCUAAAUUAUUUGUAUAGGAAUACAAGGAUGGCUUUGUUUUUUUAAAAAAGGCCAUGUGGUCUAAGCUUGGAGCAACCUCUUUUCAGACCUCUUUACAUACUGGAGUUCAUGUGGCAGACUGAGGGAAGCAAGACUUUCCUCCCAAGUGGACAGAGCAACUUAGCUAAGACUGGCAGGACAGCUUACUAUGGCAUUAACCUCUUCGUGCAUUAAUUAGACUUAAUCGUGUUGGUUAUACAGGCACUCCCCAUUAGCAUGGGGGUUGCAUUCCAAGGCACCGUGCAUGUCAGUCGGCCCCCUUGCGGUGCUGAACAGCACGUGUGCCAUGAACGCGCACAAAUGGGGAGUUGCCUGUAUGAGGCUGGUUAUCCCACAAAUGUUAGGGUCUCUCUCUAGACCCCUAUCAGAAGCAAGCCUGCAAUAACGGCUGAGCAUCCUGACAAAGUUACAACGCAAUGGAGCAUUUACUGGCUGGGGUCAAUAUGAGUAAGUGGGACUACAGACCUUUUUUACAUCAAGCUCUCUCUCUUUACAAGCAUGGAAGAAUGUGAAGCACUCUGCACACGUCUAGCUAUCAUGGUUAAGGGAACCUUCAAAUGCCUGGGCACCAUCCAGCAUCUCAAGUACAAGUAAGCUGAUGAUUCAUUUCUCAGGUUUAUUGAUUGAUUUAGUGUAAUUUAGUGUAGUUGAUGGAUGAAUCUUAUUUACUGGGGUAGUAAAUCCGUCACUUCAUAUACCAUGGGUAUUUCACAGAUAUGGAGAUGGCUACAUUAUCAGCAUGAAAAUAAAGGCCUCUAAACCCGGACUGCCUCCAGACCUGAGCCUAGCUGAACACUUCGUAGAAGUGAACUUCCCUGGCAGCAUACAAAGGGAAAAGCACCAUAACAUGCUCCAGUACCAGAUAUGCGCCUACUCGCUGGCCAAGAUCUUCCGGCUGAUUCUCUCUAACAAGGACAACCUGAAUAUUGAAGAAUACUCUGUCACACAAACCACCCUGGAUCAGGUAAAAAAAAUAUGCUAAAAAUGGGGAGGGGGACCUAACUCAACAAAUGCAAGCCCUCCGCCACUUAGGAAGCCCCCCCCCCCAAUGCCUAGUAUGUUUUAGUAACAGGCAAUUCUUUUUAAAAGGCUGUGUGCUUCCAGAUUCCAUUCAUCUGAAAACAGAGAGUGGCAAUAAGUGAGGAAAGUGUUGAUUUAAAGAGGAGAUAAUGGUGGUCAGUCAUUUUCAGUAGAACCAAGCUUUGCAGACCAAUUAUACUAAUUAAGGUGAUGCACUUGUCAUAAGAAUGGCCUUCGCUUCACAAGACAUGGCUCUUCCUUUGCAGAACAAAAAGAUCAAUUUCUUUCUCACAAAAAACCUUACAUGUAUGCUUUUUGAAAAUUCUUGUUAGUAAGAAGCAGGCUUAUUUCUGCACACAUUGUAUGAGAAUUGCCUUGUCAAUCACACCACAUCUCAUGACUUCUGCCAGGUCAACCUGUGCAUGUGUCUAAUCGGAGGAGGAGAGCUUAUUUCCCCUAUGUUUCACUCCAGCUCUAAAGCAACAUCUGGUUGGCCACAGGUUAUUUGUUUUCCAAUGGAAAGGCCAAUUCUUGUGUUGCCAUCUUCCUAACUUUGUUUGGGGAUGCACAAAAAGAAGGGCCUCAUAUGGUGAUUGCAGUUCAUGUGGGAUAGACAGGUCCUUGGGUCCUGACCUUAGAGGUACUGGGCUUAGCCACCAGGCUUGAUCUAGAAAACUGCAUGCAUGAGAUGAACAUCUGGGGGGAGGGGGGCGUGGAGAGAUCUUUCCAAGGUCAACACUGGAGUCAUGAGUCACCUCUGUUCUUGAUAUUGUCACAGACAUUCUGGAUUUCCCUACUUCCUUCUAGUAAGUGCAGUUCUGAUUAUGCAUUUACUGGUUUCCUUCCACAGGUUUUUGUGAACUUUGCUAAACAACAGAUGGAGGAUGAGGAAAUUCAUCUCCACCCUCGUGCAGCGGGAGCUAGUAGAGAGGUGAAGGUGACCCCCGCUUUCUAUCGGAAGACAACUGCAUAG